AUGCUGCUGGAGCACUGGAAGAAGAAGCCAAAUGGUAUGUGCAACCAUCAGAUAUUCACUAAAGCAAAGUCAGUAGGUGUGAAAUCAGUUGACAGGGUUCCAGCAGUGCAAUAUUCCGUUCGCUACAAAAGAAAUAAGGUCAAGUUAGUCAUCAGCUGCAUCGUAGAAUCAUAGUUUUGUAGAGCUGGAAGUAGCCCUGAGGGUCAUCUAGUCCAGCCCCCUGGAAUGCAGGAAUCUCAGCUAGAUCAUGCAUGACAGAUGGCCACCCAAGCUCUGCUUAAAAGCCCCCAGGGAAGGAGAGUCCAUCACCCUUCGUGGGAGUCUCUUCCACUCUUGAACAACUCUUGGGGCAACCCAGCGAGAUGGGUGGGGUCAAAUCAUAAUUAUCAUUACUAUUAUUACUAUUAAUGUCAAAAAGCUCUUCCUGAUGUUUAGUCGGGAUCUCCUUUCUUGUAAUGUGAAGCCAUUGGUUAGGGUCCAUGCUCAGUUAAGUAACUGUUGCCUCUGCAUUCAAGAGCAUAAAUGGUAAUUACAGAGCAACAUUUUAUGUGAUUCUUAACACUAUUACAUUUAACUUCCCAUAAUAAUAUAAAUGGGCUCCUUAAAGCCUUGUGGUUCUCAGAGUGUCAAGUGCUUCUAUUUCCAGAAUGGCAACAGUGUUUGGGGAAAAAAUAUUGUGUCACCUUAAAGACUAACAAAUUUGGCUUAUGUCACAGCUGAUUUGAGUUUAUUUAAUAUAUAACAUUUGUCAUAUGGUAAUAAGAUGUUUUUUGUAGUACUUCCCUUGGGAAAACAUUGUUUGUACUGUUCUUGUAAGAAUAUUUGUGCACAGGUAUUACAGCUUAAUAUUUUUUGUUAAAAUGUGAUUUAUUAUUUUUUGACAGAUUUAUCCUUUUAUUUUUUUAGUUUAAAAAUUCACUAUGAAAAAUGCAAAGUAACCCUUUAUCAAAGACGACAUCUGUUUUUCAAAUGUAAAUUUUUUUGAUUCACCUAAGCACUCAUUAUAAUAUUUAUUAUUCUUAAAGAUUUUCCUUUCAAAAACACAUCUUGAAUUACAAUAAAGUCAUUCUAAUUAUAAAUGCAAUGGAAUCUAGCAGCUCUUGUUGAUUUUACCAUAGUAAAAUGUCAUAGAUUACGUUGGUCAUAUUCUGGAUUUUAUCUUUGCUGUACCAGAGUCAUUUGUUCUGCUCAUAAUCACUUUAACAAAAACAGAAUAAUUUUGCCUUAGAAGCUGUCUUGCAAAGUAAGCAUAUUUGAAAAUGGCUAUUAAAUGAUUUUGAUAUUCAUUGCUAAGUAAAUUAUGUUCCCCUCAUCUUGAGCUCUCAUCUAACAGGCCAAUGCAGGAGAAAGAGAAAACUUGCUCAGUGUCCAGAUGGGUUGAGCAAGGUGUGUUAAUGAAAAUGAGAAUAUGUGGUAUUCAGAUUAAAAUGGGCACGAGGCAGAAUUAUAUGCUUGACAAGUAAACAAGAAAUUGUCGCUGAAAAUAGAAAUAAAUAUAACGUUAAUAGAUAAAAUUAUUAUGAGUAGGUAUAAUUGAAAUUUGUAUUCUGAUGGCCCAAGAAGACGGUGACACUAAAUGUUAGAUACUUUGCGGUGAACAGAAUAAUUCUGAAGUUGGAGAUUGCACCUCAAAAAGGAUAUUGUUAAAAAAAAAAGUUUCAGAAUAGGGCAAUCAAAAAGAUCCAAGGGUAAAAUAAAAUAAAAUAGCGGAAAUAAAAUCUCAAGAUUUAAAACGUUUGGGCUAAAAGAUUGCUGAAAAGCCCUAAAACCUCUCCCAAUACAUAUGCUUCAGGCCUUCAGCAAAUGUUUCAAUCCAAUCAGCACUUGCACACCCAUAGGCAGACAAUGUCCAGUAAGAAUAUUUUAUUUAAUAGCAGAAAAUAAAUAACCCAACCACAGCCUUUCACAGCAAAGCAUGCAAACUCAGGAGGACAAAAGAAUACAAUGUAACUCAGCAAAUUUUGGCUGGAAAAAAAAAUAGUGUCUUCCCUAUUUUAAGCCUGGUUCAACUCAGUUUCCAGGUCUUAAUGGAUAAGAGUUCCCUAGCUCUGAAGCCUAUCAUCUUUCAGAUACAAGCAAAGCUGAAGUCACAGAUCCUCAUAGGGUGACCGGAGGUCCUGUACCUGUAACAGUUGUGCAGAACUUGUGUGUGACAAGUUACUUCUGUUGAAAUUCUCUUUUCUGCACAACUAUUAAAGAUGCAGAAACCCUGGCCCCCUUCUCACCUGGUCACCCUAAAGCAAUAUAUCUCAUUGCCUCCUAUUUGUGAAAUAUUAUAUUGAUUUACACACCUUUGUCUUCAGGUUUAUUGUAUUGUCAUUCAUCUUCUGACCUCAGGUCUUAUAUGCUUCCUUCUACCUUGGUUCUUAUUUUCAGCAGUUCAGUUGAAACUGAACUUUCAGUUCCUUUCAGCUCCUUUCUCACAGAAGCUAAUUUUGUUUUAGGUUUCAUACAUUUCCAUUUGGCAGCCUGCUGUUUCACAGUAUCACUUUCCUUGCAAAACAUUUUCUAACAUAUUUCUAGAUAUAGAAAACUGCAUCCAGAUCUCUCUAUCUGUUACUGUGAUUUCCUUUAAAAUAUCCUCCUCCUCCUCCUCAUUAUUAUUUUGAAGGGUGAAGGGUAUCCUCAGAUAUCGAUUGAGAUAUUUCAGGCACUGCUAGAUGAUUUCUGUUAAUGUUUUCAUGGAAGAGAAAUAUUAUCAAUAUUAACCCGAAUGAUUCAGCUGUGUGGAAGUGAUGUGUGAACAGAAUGCACAGUCCUGUGGUAACAUUUCUCUUCUUGUGGUUUAACCAGUAUUCCAACGUUUGCAAUUCUUUGCCCUCCAGAACUUGCAGCUGUAGGUGUAUAUUUUCCUUAACCACAGACAUUUGAUCUUCUAAAGUAGCAUCUCCUUUGUUGGAGAGUAGGAAGAAAUUAUUUGUUAUGAUCCCACAUUACAGAAUAUGGAUUGAGCUAUAUGCGUAUCCAGAAAUUGUCAACAGCUUCCAAUGGUUCCUACUUUUGAGUAGGUGGAGUUGACACACUCUCUGUCCUUGAAUGUCUAUAUUAGUAGAACGGGGGCGGGGGGGGGGGGCGGGGGAGAGACUAUGACAAAAGCAAUUGCUGGUGAGUGAUUUUCCUUUUCAUCCAUAAAAUACAAAGUGUCAAAUGCUUUAGCAGUCACUACCUCACUCAGCGCUGAGAAAGCAUUUCACAGGGCUGAAUGGCCUUCUCCCUUUCAUUCACUUUAUAAAAGUUUGGCUUUGCUGAUAACUUUAUUGGAUGAGUCAAGGCAGAGUACAUCAGUGAUGGCAGUCACACUGAAUUUUUCUCUUUCCCUGUUGGAGAAAGCUACUCUGUCUUUUUCCAUAUCUGUCUUCCUUUAAAAGAAAAAAAGAGAGAGUAAUGCUCAUAGUUUCUGGAGAUAUGUGUUUUAAUCAAACACCUCUAUCACAUAUCUGCAGGAACUAUGAGCAUAAUAUUUUUUCUUAAAGGGAGACAAAUAUGAGAGAGACAGAGCAGCUGCCUUCUAAAUACACUGCAUGGAGGAAGGAGAAUUCAGUGUGACUGCCAUCGUUGAUAUACUCUGUCUUGACUCAUCCAAUAAAGUUGCUAGCAAAGCCAAACUUUUAAUCAAAGAUUAAGCGCAGAGCUCCAGUAGUCAUGCAACUAUCCUUCAUCUUUCCUUAAGUGAUCCACAGUGAUCCAUCACAGUAUAGUAUGCCAUGGUCUAGAUGAUUCUGUCAUUUCUUCUGGAAACUGAAACUAGCUUAAUACUGAAAUAUCUGCAUAUCAUUUUCCUUUUAUAAAACCUGUGCUUAAGCAGGCUUGCUUAAGCAUAAAAAUAAAUAUUAAUGGAAAAUCAUUAAACUAAAGUUCAUUAAACUAAAUACUCAGAGUAUCUCAAAGUGCACAGCUCAAGAUCCUGAUGAAUGGUCUCAAUUGCUGAUUUCCUCCAUGGGCAGGAUUAAAAUAAAGAAGAAGGCGGCUGUGAUUAGACUUGUGCAUAUCUUUGACUUAAAUUGCCUGCUAAAACAUUUAUCUUCUUCAGUAAAAUGUUCUGAUACUUUCUGAGACUCGCAAGACAGAUCAGGAAGGAAGUAUUAAAAGUUCUGGAAGUAGACUUAAGACAUUGAAAGUCUUGGUUUAUUUCAUUAUUAUUUUUGCAUAUUAUAUUGGAGCUGCAGUCUGCUUGAUCCUUCUAGACCAGCACACAUAUCAUGCUGUCUCAGCAUGGAGAGAAACAUGACUUCAUUUUCUCACUUCCCUUUCAAAAAUACUUUCAUCUCUCUCUCCUUGGUUAAGGGCUUCAAAUAAUCUAAAAACGAAGCUUUUAAUUAAUACCACAUGGAAUUUGACAUCUUCCAGUAAUCAUGCACUGAAAUAAGCCUCUAGUGUUAUUUUUCUGUUGCAGUCCUUGAAAGAAAGCUUUCUGUGUUGAACCAGAGAUGAAAUUCAUUUGCAGCUGAAUAUGACAAGAAACAUAUAAGCAAGCUUAGAGCCAAAACAGUUGCUAGCUUACAGUUCUUAAGGUCAGUCACCUUGUCCACAUGAUCCAAUAAGCCAAACCAUGUCUUAUUGAGAACUCACAAAGAAACAUUGGGUAUGGCUGAUGGUUAGCAAGGAGAGAGCUUAAACAUGGAUCCUGCUUUGGACAACACAGGGGUCAGCAAACUUUUUCAGCAGGGGGCCAGUCCACUGUCCCUUAGACCUUGUGGGGAGCCAGACUAUAUUUUGGAGGAAAAAAUGAAUGAAUUCCUAUCCCCACAAAUAACCCAGAGAUGCAUUUUAAAUAAAAGGACGCAUUCUACUCAUGUAGAAACACCAGGCAGGCCCCACAAAUAACCCAGAGAUGCAUUUUAAAUAAAAGGACACAUUCUACUCAUGUAAAAACACGCUGAUUCCCAGACCGUCCACAGGCCAGGUUUAGAAGGCGAUUGGGCCUGAUCCAGCCCCCGGGCUUAGUUUGCCUACCCAUGCACUAAGCCAUACUGUGCUGUAGCAGUAAAAAUGAUCAGGGAUCAGCAAAGCAGCUGCCGGCCCCAUUCCGGAGGCUACAUACUUGUAUGGACCCACUAAACCAUAGUUCACCUUACCAUUUUGUGCAAAGCAGACCAUUAUCUUUGCAGCUGUGAAAGUUUUUCUUUUUUAGAAAAGAAUCCUAGAAAUUACUUUCCAAUUAUCAACAUUUAUUCUAAAAAGUCACUUGUUGUUGUUUUGCCCCUUUUACUCCUUGAUUUUUGAGGGGCUGCAUUUUCUUUAUGCUUGUGAGGCAUGAUGGAUGCUGGCUUGUUCAGAAGGACCCUCCUCUCUGCCCAGUCUGUGUUGGGGAGGAACUGGGACACUGGCAACAUGGAUUAUAGUACAGUGGUUCCUCGGGUUAAGAACUUAAUUCGUUCCGGAGGUCCGUUCUUAACCUGAAGCACCACUUUAGCUAAUAGGGCCUCCUGCUGCCGCCGUGCUGCCAGAGCAUGAUUUCUGUUUUCAUCCUGAAGCAAAGUUCUUAACCCGAGGUACUAUUUCUGGGUUAGCAGAGUCUGUAACCUGAAGCGUCUGUAACCUGAAGCGUAUGUAAUCCAAGGUACCACUGUAUAGAAUCUCCAAAGAAGGGUGGGGAAAUAAAAAAAGACAUUUAAACAUUUGGGGAGAGGUCCAGUGCAGUGGAAGCAACAUGCGCACAGCGUUGCCCUCUCCUUUGGAAUGAAUGGGGAAACGCAGGUGUGAUGUGAUGGACAGCUUCAUGUGGACACUGGAGCAUCUUUGAGAUACUUUUAGAAUGGGUUUUCUUUAGUGUAUCUUGGAAUAGCAAAUAAAAGUCAAGACCCUGUAACAAACCCAGAUGCCAGCCCUAACACAAAAGUAUCAAUGAACACAAAUUUGGCACCAGAAAUGGCAAUAUUUAGAAACAAGUAAAAGAACAUUUCAACUCAGCAGGACUCUCUGUACUUGACUUUAAAGUGGUCAUCCUUGAACAGAGGAAUUUCAGUGGGAGGAAAGAGAACCACAAUGAAUCAGAAUUUGUUAGGGAAAUUAAGUUUUAAUACCUGUGGGCAUGAAUCGGGGUUAUAGAUUUAUCACACUCCUAUGUGUUAAUUAGUUACCAUUUCCAGGAUGCUUCAUGGUAUGAAACCUUGUGCCAUAAAGCCGCAAGACUCGUUGUUGUUCUAGAUUGGGAUGAAUGAGUUUGGGAAAGGAAUGUGAGCCUUAGAUGGCAGAAGGUGCAGCUUACAAAAACAUUGGAUGAACAACAGAGAUGGAAAUCAUUUCGACCUGAGAUGUUACAGUUUAUAUACACCACUCUUUCCUUUUUGCUUUGUCUGCUCUAUAAAAUUAUAGGGAGCUAUAUUUUGUAAAUAUUUGUAUAAUAGUAAACUGCUGUGAGUCACCCAGAAUGUUAAGGAGUGUCCAUAGUCCUGGGAUGAACCUGGCAUGUCUUAGUUCUAAUGGUGGCCCACUUCACCAAAAUGGCUUGGGAUGUUAAUAUCUGCCUUAUGUUUUAGAAGAAAAAUAAUAUAUAAAUAUAUUAAAUAACCACACCCAUUUUUCAGCAAGACUAGCUCAAAUAUUAUGAGCAUCAAUGAGUUUUUAAAUAGCUAUGAGGAUGGAGGAAGAAAGCUAAAAGUUGCUGUUGCAAAUAAGGACUCUUAGAAUCACAUAGGUCAGGCAUAGGCAAACUCAGCCCUCCAGAUGUUUUGGGACUGCAACUCCCAUCAUCCCUAGCCAACAGGACCAGUGGUCAGGGAUGAUGGGAGUUGUAGUCCCAAAACAUCUGGAGGGCCAAGUUUGCCCAUGCCUGACAUAGGCAGUCCCCACUGUUUUAGUCGUUUUCUGUGCUGAACAUUACAGGCAGAAAAUUCCUGGGUUUUAAUUUUAAUUUAAAGUGGAGAAGAUUCUACUUUUGCUCUCAUAGGCAUAAAAAAUAUAUAAAGAAAUUCAGACAGCAUAUAUAACCCUUUCCUAUUCCUCUGCCUAAUAAAACAUAUUUUAGAAAUGCUAAAGCAUUUUGCUAGGGAUAUGAUUUAGAGAAUGGAAUGACCUUAUUAAGUGUUAUUCACACAGGUCUCUUAAUCUGUGAACCAUAUGAAUGCCUAUACCAGAACAAAGAGGUUCUGUUAACAUUCAGGCCUUUGAUCUCUUAUGUACACUAAUUAUCAGUUAUGACUUACAUUGUGCUGUUCCUUUUGUUCUCUUGUUGGAUGCAAUUCACUUUCUCUCCCACACUUAAAUUCUUUUGUCCUGCUAUCUCAUAUUAUGUUUGGGAAACUUUUUUUUUUUUAAUGUGACUGGUUCAAGUAUUGCAUCAUUGUCAUGCUAACUAUCUUAAGCUUUUGUUUAUGUCUCAAUAAGUAUUAUAAAAUUCAUACAGUGACUGCUAAAUUACAUUAUCUUUAUCCUGGUAGAUAGGUAUAUACAAUUCCCUGAAGCUGGGGUAGGGAGGCGAGGAGAAGGAACAGAUCAUUUCCAGUGAAUCAGGCACAGUAACUGAAUGAACUUUAUGUUGGGAAUCUUUCCAUGUAUAUUUCCCCUUUAUUUCAUUUAACAUUUAUAAACAAACAUUGUCACUCUUUUCUGCCAAUCUUAUGUCCACAGUUAUUUAACUGCUGCUGUUUUGUUUUCUAUUAUAUAGGUAUGCAUACUGUAAAUUACUGUGUCCCCCCCCAAAAAAAAACCUCCCAGGAACAAGGAUGUGCAAAAUUUAUUUGUUCUCAUUAGCUUUUCCAAAAUCUAUGAUAAAAUUGGUAGUUGUCUAAAAAUAAACUACAGUUGCUCAAACAUUGAUCUCAAGUUAGGUCCAUUUAUUUCAGGCGGUCUAUGCUGAGUAAAACUUAGUUGAUACCUAAAUAAAAAAAUUCCUUCCAGUAACACCUUAGAGACCAACUACGUUUGUUAUUGGUAUGAGCUUUCGUGUGCAUGCACACUUCUUCAGAUACAGUUGAUACCUGUGAGACUACUCUCCAAUAUUUACAGUGUCUGAUCAAUGGACCACCGGUAGGAAAUCAUAAGGUAUCAAAUAGUGGCCCCUUUUCACUUAUUAAGAGGAUGGUUUGGCCUGGUUUGAAUAACAUUCUAAGCUGAACCUUGACCGCAUGAACAUGCUGGGUCUGGAGAGGAACCAGUAGCCGCCGAUCCUUUUCCUGCUGUGCAGUGCUGAGUUAAACCAAGGUUAGCUUUCCCUUCACAUGCUUGUGUGGUCUUGCUAAACCAAGGUUUUGCUAAUUAUGUCAUGAAAGCUAGGCCAUUGUGGAAAAGGCACCAACAUCCUAGAAGUGGAAUGGGUUCUUCUGAAUUGAGUAAUUUCAUGAUUUUUGCUUUCCUUCAUGAGUGAAAUCUGAUAAUCUUUACUCCCAGGUUGGCUUACACACCAGUCUUUUUAAGGCCUAUAAACCAAUAGAAACUGAAAAACAACAUUAAUAUGUAUUCUUGCUUUCAAAAUACCUGAUUUUAAUGUUGCAAGGCAAGUCCAGGAAAUCCAGCUUCAAAAUCCAUCUCUACCAACCUUUCAAUAGUUUUCAAGGUAGAUUUUGAGGACAUAUAUAUUCAGCAUAGGUAAAUUAAACAAUCUCUUCCUAGAUACACCUAUUCGCUUCCUUCUGCAUUUAAAUUUAAUAUUGCUAUUAAUAGCUCCAUCCUCUUUGAGGAUAACCUAUUUUGAUAUUCAUAAAGGAUCAAGUAACUUGUUCAAAUAUUCUGCAGUCAAGGCAAGUAACAAGCUGUUGCACAUUUAUUCCAAGUCCAAUCUGAUGUGCCUAGUUUCUAAACCUCAUGUGUGUGUUCAAUGGUUAGAUCUAGUUUUUCAGUAGUUUAAAUACGUAAUAAUACCUUCCAUGUACUCUAAUGCAUUUUCACAUAAAAGUUGACUUCCAGAUGGAGCAGGAGUGGAACAGCUUUUCAGCUGAUUCACAAUAUAAUUUAAAUUAGCUCACUGAUAGCCAUAACAUUUCCAUAUGUAGAAUUACAUGAAUUGUUAUUUCAUCUGUCUGUUAUAUAGCUUUACAAAAAUGCAAAACACCCAGAAAAGUGAUAUAUCAGUAGGUCGAUGUCAGUACGAAAAUGUGUGCAGUGUAGAUAAACGUGAAACCGUAAUUUCAUGACAACGUACAAAGUAAGGCCAGUCAGUACGUUUAACUCAUAUAUGUAUGAUUUGAAAACUGGGGAUAAGGCAGCUCAUGAGCACCAAAAAGGAAGUACAACACUAGAAAGCAUGCUUUCUGCGAAGCAUUUUAUUUUCUGAAGUUCCUGAAAGUGUUGCAUAGAACGAGCCAUGCUCAUGACUGUUUAUGAGAAUAACCGCGCACCCAUCAGAGGUGGGCACCAUUUGCGGCCCUGCAUAAUCCACCUUCGAUCUUCUGGGUGACAUGCUGGGUUGCCAGCUGGCCCACCUUCCCGGCACCGCGGAGCGCUGGGGGUUCCCGCCAAACCCCUAUUCAAAUAAGCCAAUCUGCGGUGCUGCUGGGGGUGUGGCCACAGGAGCGGACCAAAAGUGAGAAGGCUUCACUCAGGUCCACUCACUCGGUUUAAAUAGAGGGCGGAGAUUCAUUGCUCUUGGUCCGUCGCCUGGAGGGGUGGGGGUUUCCACAUAGGCAUGCAAAGAGUGCACCACCUCUUAUUCUCCAUGGUGUGUGUUGUUGUUGUUGGUGGUGGUGUUUUGCGCUGGCUGCUGCUAUUUGUGCUUAGAAGUAGAUAAACAUCUAGCAUGCAGUUAUUAUGGCACUGCAUUUCAUAAUAUUCCUUUCCUUCAAAGGGCUUUGGAUACCGUGCUGCAAAUGUGGAGAUCCUGUUUGAGCAACUGUUUCACUGUUCAUUCUCCAGAUGAGCUGCCAGCUAAUAAAUCCACAUAAUAUCAGAAUGCAUUAAGGAAUGUGUGAAACUGCUAUCUUCACAGUUUCAGAUUUUUAUCUGUGGAACUGCAAAUCUCUGUGUAAUUGCAAAUGUACGAGUGUGUUUUGUUGUAUUUCAGGAGAAGCAGAGGUUCCUGACAGAUGUUUUACAUGAAGUAAUGCUGCUUGAUGGCUUGGCUAGUUCACACCCGGUGUCACAGGAAGUUCAGCAAGCCACAGACAUUGACAGAGUGUUUGACUGGAUUGCGUAUAAAAAGGUGGGAGCAGAACAAAAGUCAUGUUUGUUGGAUUUGGGGGGCGGGGUAUUUAUCAUCUCACAUACUGUUAUUUCCAUAGCUUGGAGUUACUACGCUUUAAUUGCAUGGUGAUGUGGGCUUUUGAUUCUUCCACAGCAAGGAAAAGGCUAUAUUUGGCAAAGUCUGUUCAUUAUUCUCCCUUAUAACCAGCUCCAAAAGUGGAGGCAAUCGGUCCACUGUCCAUUUUAAAAAACUGAUUUUGUGUCAGGCUGGCCAUGUGUCCUAAAUCAACUACAGAUAUAAUAUUCUUCACAUGGCAAUUUGCAGAAGUUGAUUUAUAAAUUGCAUUUAUAAAUGCAUUUUAAAAAUGUAAUCAGUUUAUUAGUUUAAUAUCCUUCCUUUCUCCCAGUGCAGAACCCAAGGCAGUUCACAGCAUGAAUUACAACAGAUACAACUAAAAGCACAAAUAAUAAAAAAGAAAUAAGUCCUCAUAUUUAAAACAGCACUGAAAACACUUUAAACCAUUUUAAAAGUGUGCAUGCACAUAGUCCAACACGCAUCCUAAGAAUAAGAUCCAGUAGCAUUAACCAGUUAGUGGCCAAAGGCUUCAAAGGAAUAUUUGAAACCAGACUGCAAAAGAUUAAAUGCCUUUUCACUUUAACAAGUAUUUUUACUUAAAUAAUGGGUAACAUCCAGUGAUAGCAUCCUAAAAAUAUCUAAUUUUCAACGUGAAAUCGAAAUGCAUUUAUUAAUGCUAUUUUUAAAACAAACAAAAAACACAAGGAUCACACUCCUGGAACACAGAUGAGUGCAGUUAUGAAGGAUAGAUUGUGGUUAUUAUUCUUAUUCCACAGUUCUGGCCCAUCAGGUUCAUAUAUUUUUACCCAUCUCUGACAUUUGCAGAACACCCUCUCCUUUUCUCUGGGAGCUCAAACUCAAUCAGAACCAGGACAGAAUAUUAUUAUGGAUAUGUGCCCAAGUAAAGUUUCAUUUUGGCAUUUUUCCAUACUCAAAUUCUCUCUUGCUGUCAUAUCUGGAAAUUCUGUCUGAUUCAUAUCUGAGAUCAGGGAGCUUUCCAUCUGUGUGGUGUUGAUUACUUCUUUGAGUCAUCUGGUGUGACUUGCUCUGCUCUUUCUCCAAAGCUGUUUGUGAAAUUUCCCCCUAACCACUUUUACUCCUUUCACAGAAGCUGCACCGUCGGGCAGUAUUUCUUGGGCUGAUUCAUCCUCCUAGCCUCUAGAGUAUCAUAAAUUCUCUUGAUAUCCGAGCAGGUCAGCCAAUGUGUAGGUUGAACUCCCACACAGAUAAUAGGAAUAUUUUGGUUUAUAACAGUUAAAUUAGUUUGUCUUUAAAUAACAAAAAGUCCUACAUUUUUGUUUCUGUCUUUAAUUUUCUUCUAUCCAUAUUCAUUUCUCAACCAAACACUAAGAUAGAGUUUGUCUAUGUUUUCUUAAGUGUAGUGCCUAUCAGGAAUGUUACUGUUAAUAGAUUCAUUCAACAUUCUGAAUAAAACAAUGCUUUAGGGGUAUUACCUUGAUUCUCCUUAUCUUAAUGCACUCUGGAAAGAAACCUGACACUCUCUGAGAUGCAAGCCUGAGCAGUGUGUAUGGAAGUCCUGGGCUGCCCAGCCAACAAGACCCCAUUCUUGCGCUUGCUGAUGUGGUCCAAAGGAAAAUGAGACAAGGCAGUGGGUAUGGAUUGUUCUUCAGUGUAUAUUCCUGAAGCCUUUCUCAUGAAUGAGUAUAGCUGCAAGACAGUGGAUCAGAGUUUUCCUUCUCCUAGAUGGGCUAUCUUGGCAGGUUGAUGAAACCCAUCUGGCCCUCAUUUCCCUCUACAGCAAAUGCAGAAAUCACCUUCUUGACCAUUGCACCCACAAUUGGUUUUGUCUGUUCAAUCUGCCAGAUCCUGGUUUUGCAUGUAGGGGAUAAGACAAGUCUUUAAUUUCCUGAGGGUUUGAGACCCAUUGGCUAUCCUCACCUGGUUUAGGUGGCAUUGUGGUCUAAACCACUGAGCCUCUUGGGCUUACCAAUCAGAAGAUCGGUGGUUUGAAUCCCUGCGAUGGUGUGAGCUCCUGUUGCUCUGUCCCCGCUCCUGCCAACCUAGCAGUUCAAAAGCAUACCAGUACGAGUAGAUAAAUAGAUACUGCUGCAGUGGGAAGGUAAACAGUGUUUCUGUGCACUCUGGCUUCUGUCACGGUGUUCCGUUGCUCCAGAAGUGGUUUAGUCAUGCUGGCCACAUGACCCGGAAAGCUGUCUGUGGACAUACGCUAGCUCACUCAGCCUGAAACGAGAUGAGCGCUGCACCCCCAUAGUCCCCUUUAACUGGACUUUACUUUUACCUUACCUUUACCUUAGUUGACCAGUUGAAGCUGCUUCCUAGGGUGUGGCCACUGACACAUGCUAACAGCUUCCAGGAGCCACAGAUGAAUGCUGAGUGCUGGGUGGGGACCAAUGAUGGAUGAACUACCCCAGAAGAUGCACAACGUGUUCCCCACCAGACAUACUGCUCAUCCCUUGGCAUCCCAUACAAUGCAUGCUGCUUAAAUAUCUAUCAAGCUAAAUGUACUUGUCAUUUCCACUUUCUUCCCUCCAUGGCUACCAUGUAUAGAAGCAGAUAACCUGGAACUAGGAAACAGUUUUUCCAUCUGGAUGAUUUUUAAUUCUUUCGUUGAAUCCAUUAAAAAGAGCAUCAUGUACUAGUACAUGUACUUUGGCAACUGCAGUUUUCCCUUCUCAAAUCAAACUUGUGUUUAAAGAAAGCUAUAAAGGUAAAGGGACCCUUGACCAUUAGGUCCAGUCAUGGCCGACUCUGGGGUUGUGGUGCUCAUCUCGCUUUAUUGGCCGAGGGAGCCGGCGUACAGCUUCCGAGUCAUGUGGCCAGCGUGACUAAGCUGCUUCUGGCGAACCAGCGGUACCUGUUUAUCUACUUGCACUUUGACGUGCUUUCGAACUGCUAGGUUGGCAGGAGCAGGGACCGAGCAAUGGGAGCUCACCCCGUCGCAGGGAUUCGAACCGCCGACCUUCUGAUCGGCAAGUCUUAGGCUCCGUGGUUUAACCCACAGUGCCACCCGCGUCCAAAGAAAGCUAUAAUAGAUGUCAAAUAAUGUUAUGAUAAUAAAUAAAUCUCUUUUUCCUUCUAUUUUCAUUUCUCGGGGCUGGCUUCAAGCUUUCCUGUACUUCAUCGUUGUCUUCUUUUCCAGCUUCUUAUUUGACUCUCUCUCUGGAAGAGCUAUGCCUAACCCCCAAAACCUUUCAGCCAGACCUCCCCUCAAACUAAUCACACUUUACUUUGCCAGCUUGUAUUUGCCUAUAACAAUGAGCCAAUAAAUAAACAUAGAAUGUUUCUAUCACAUCCCAACUUUGCCCUCCCACCCCGACAAAUGUAAAAAGAUUGACUCCUAAUGUACUGACAACUGUAAACUUCCUUGGGGAUGGAUAUGUUUCUAUGCUGAUAGACUAUGAUUCUUGGUAGGGAGCCAACUAUAGGUAGGCAACAGGUAAACAUUGUACCCCAAGAUCUCAGAGGUAACUGCCAAUUGUUUGACCUCCUACAAUUAACCAUAAAAACAUUGUGUCCCUGGAUCGCAAAGGUAAUUGCUGGCCUUUUGACCUCCUGCAGGUAACUGUAUAAACAUCAUAUCCCUGGACCUCAGAGGUAGCUGCCAACCUAUUGACCUCCUGUAGUUAAUCAUAUAAACCUAACUGACCUUUUCAAACAUUCCCAUUUAUAAUUCUGUGUGCAUUCUGACCAACCUUUCUUUCAAGAUUUCCCUGAUUCUCCACACAUUGAUUUUAGCUGUACAAGCUAGUCUUCAGAAAGGGACAUCAUCACAACUGUGCUGCAACUUUGGGGCACUGUUUCAGUCCACAACUAUCUAUGUAGCAUGCAACUUGCAUAGGGGAAAGCCAGAAGCCUGCAACUAUUGACCUUAGACCUAGUGGACAACUAUUUCUGCUCAUACUACUGCUUUAGAAAGACAGAAUGUUAACGCCACAUUUUGUCCCCUCUUGGCAAUUCAUAAGGAUGUUCCCCAAUCUUCUUUUAACAACAUCAGAUUUUAAGUCUCUUUCAUUUAUUAUUUGUCUCUGUAGGCAGGUUCAAACUACUUGGAAUACAUUUUCCUCUUAUUGUGAAAAUGCUCAAACCAUACUUUGCUACUAUGAUUCCAUUACAAUGAGCAUUUUUGUUGUACAUUAGUGCAUUUGGGACGCUAUUUCAGUGUACAGAGCUAGUUUAAUAUCCAAAAUAAGUUAAUGAAGCAGUGGAAGUUGUGAUAAGCAUUUAAGUACUAUUUUUAUUCAGUAUUGUACUUGAACUUCAGUGAUGGCUCAUCUGUGUAAAUAAUUUCAUCAACCUCCUGUGUUUGCCCAUCCUUGAAGAUUUUCUCAUAAGGAUGCUUAAUGAAAAAAUAUAUUGUGCUUUUGUCCUUGUCAGUGGUGUCAGAACACAUAAGAGAGGCCCUGGUGGAGGGGCUAAAUGGAACUGCUGAUAUAAAUGAAGUCCCAGCAACAUUUUGUCUGAACAACUAAGCAGGCUGCACUAUGUUUUUAUAUUUACAAUGAAUGGUUGGGGAGGAUAUUUUCAAGUCCAUUUGAAGGACAUGUUUGUUUAUGUUUAUUUCCUGUUGAAUCUCAUUUUCUUUUACACGCUCUUAUAAAAAUACUAGAAAAGCACUGACUUCUAAUAGACUCUAAAGCACAAACCUAGGCUUCAUAUAUUUUAACAAGAGUUAUCAGUGGUAGAAUACAUCAGUGGAGUUUUUUCACCCCUAUGUUGACAGGAUGGCCAUACUAUGAAGAUGCUAGAUAGCUUUCUUUUGAGAAGGGGAAGUACAUUUUUUGCAGUCCACCCACAUGAAAAGCUUGGAGGAGUUAGAAAAAGCAGAGAUGCAGUCCCCUUUGUGUUGAGCCUACCUUUUCAAAAUACUGUGCAACACUCCUGGAAAUGUGGGGAGAGUUACAUGGAUCGCAGGAGGAAACUCCAUUAUAUGUCUUCCAAACCUCACCUAUGGCAACAUUAUUGAUUUCAUUCCAUUUAUGAGGCACUUCCUAUAAAAUAUCCCAAAAUGUUUUAACAAUAAAACCAGCAGCAAGUAAAACAAUUUAUAUAAAACAAUUUCAAAUGUAAUACAGGUAUAGAUUUGGGGGGGGAAUCAGCACCCUUGGAGCUCUAGUUUAGAAAAAGAUUGUGGGUGUACAAAGGUAUCCAUAUUUUCUGCUUCUCCUAUUUCUUUUCCUUUGCUUUCAUUGUCAUGAUAAACAUAUGGAAAAAUGCUCUCUGAAUCCUAAGUUUUAAAAGCCUGUCCGCAAUUGUUCUCUGAGAUCUUCUGACCAUUUAGAGCUCAAGAGUGUUCAAUUUAGUUUGUUAGUUUGGGAGCUAUUGAUGUUUUGAGCAAGAAAUAUAGCAGCAAUUCUCGGAACUCUUAUUUUGUGGUACCUUCAGUAUUUAUUUUUUAUCAUCGAUAUAAAAAGAACAUGCUUUGCAAUUUUUAGCUUUUUGUUCUAAUGUCUGGGUUGGGCUCAUAAUUUUAAUACCUACACUGUAUUAGCAUGCCAUCCUCAUACCCCAACCAACCUCCAUACCAUCUCAUAUUAUUCUUAACAGGAAGAAACUAUUAACCAUUUAGGCAAAACCAAGAAAUCACUCAGUAUGUGAAGUAGCUACAUAUUACGAAGAGCAUUCACAGAUAAAGAACUGCAUAAUAGUAGUUAAUAUUUAUACUGUACUCCCCUUAAGUAUUCAAAGAGCUACAUAUCUUUGCUCAGUAUCCUUAUCUCUAGAAUAUCCCAGUGUAAUUCUCUCAUUAUUUUUGGAGACUGGAGUUUAGUGGAAUCCCUAAGGCUACCCAGUGAGCUUUAAAACUAAACUGAGAUUUGAAUUGAGAACACCUCUUGCUCAUAGCUUGUGUUCUUAACAACUGUACUCCACCAGGACAGUGCGCUUUUUUUUUUUAGUAAUAUGAUUGAUAAAUACAAAGUAUAAAGUUGUUCCCUCAAGAUACACUGUCAGUUUGUAUUCAUGAUGCUUCCCCAUCUGAUCAUUUUCCUCAAAGAUUUAUUCUAUCUUUAGUAUGUCUAUAUCCAUCCCAGAGAAGAAUUGUUCAGUACUGUAAAGUGUACCAGGAGGCAGAGCUGCAUUUUCUCAUUCUCUGUCAGAUAGAUUUCUCUACAUUUUCUCAGAUAAAUCGUAGAGCAGACCCUUAACUAUUUCAGCAAAGCAUCUUCUUUCCUCCUGUAAAAUAUUGCUGGAGUUCUCAGUGACAUCACCAUCCAUUUCAGAAGGAGUAUGCAGAUAUUUCAUGAUCUAUAAGUAUCCUCCACUGAGCUGAUGCAGCCUUCCUUGUAGGUAAACCUCAAGCAUAUAUAGAAGAACUUCUGAUGUGUAAUUACCAUUAUAAAUGACUGUUUCUCCCAGAGAAAUAUUGCAUUGGCUGUUGCCAGCACUCACAAAACAUACUAGGCAAUACCUGCAUUAUUUGUGUGGUAUGUGGUCUGCAGGUAUACCUGUGGUUUACUGGGAUAAAUCUACAGGUUUAGUGUAUCUGUGUGUGGAACAGUCACAACAAAGCAAUGGAGAGUCGUUUCUCAUUUAUUGUUACGGAGAAAUUAAGUCGUCACCUGCUAAGUUAAUUCAUUUUCUAAUUGAGUAAACCAUUGGUUGUCUCAGCCGUAAUCAAGCAAGGAAGCAACAUGGUAGGCAAAUCUUAAACUGUAUUUUUUCCUGCAAAAUGCAGUUUGGUGUUGCUUAUUGUGAUAUUUGCUUUUUGAAAAAGCUGAAGUAGAAACUGCCUGGUGAUUCACAGAUAUAUUUAGGUCUGUUCUAAAUUUAUUGUUUAGAGCUUUGGCCCCAGAGCGCAAAGUUUUUGCCCUACGUAGUAAAAAUAAAAAUGGCUUACAAAAUGAAGUAAAGCUAUAGAAUACAAACAAAUUUAUUAACCAAUUAAUGUCAAUAAAAUAUUAAAUAAUAACUAUUAAACAAUAAAUAUUAGAGUGGGGGUAGGUACCAUCUGCCUUGAAGGAGGCAAUGGUGUGCUCCUUCCUUAAGAAGACCUCCUAGGACCCAGAAGUGUUAAACAACUAUCAUUUAGUGGUAAGUAUUUACUUUUUUGGCAAGGUGGGGCUGCCUCUGGAUAUGGUUCAGAAACUUCCGCUGGUGCAGAAUUCAGUAGCCGGGUUGCUCACUGGAGCAAUAUAGUUUGAACAUAUAACGCCAGUCUUGACCCAGCUGCACUGGCUUCCAGUUGGUGUCUGCUAGUUUUAACUUAUAAAGCCUUAAGCAGCUCAGGACUGCAAUUCUUCAAGGAUCACCACUUCCCAUAUGAACGGACCCAGACCCUGUGAUCAUCAUCUGAGGCUCUUUUUAAUCUAUCUCCUCUGCGAGAGGUCUGGAGGGUGGCAACACAAUAAUGGUCUUUUCUGCAGUCUAUGUAAUGCUCUCACCUGGGAGGCUUGCCUGGCCCCUUCAUUACAUAUCUUUAGGCGUCGGGCGAAAACAUUCCUCUUCUACCAUGCCUUUGGCCAAUUAAACAAUUUAUGGCCUUUUGAACUUGUAUGUGUGUGCGGGGGCUGAGGGUUAUUAUUUUUGUUUGUUAUUAUGCUAAGUAUUUUUGUGUUAUAUUGUAAACUGCUCUGCGAUCUUCAGAUGAAGGACAGUAUAAAAACCAAAUAAAUAAAUAAAUAAAUACAUAAAUCAAUAUUUGUUCUGCAGGAAGUCCCACUGAGUUCAUUGGGGUCUAAUUCUGGGUACUUGUGUUUAGGAUUUCAGCUUUAACCCACCAUCAUUUUAAAAAGCUAAACAAAAAACAAAACAAAACAAAACCCCGCUUAUGUACAUUACAGGGAAAUCAUAUUGAUUUCACUGAAACUUCCUCUACCUUUAGGAUUUGGAAAUUUAUCAAAACACAUUUGAUGAUGCUCAUGAAGGUGCUUCAAAUCUAAUUUAUUUAUUUUAUGAAAGAUUUUUCAAAUGUCAUUUUAAGAACCAAGUUUGACAUGCUUUGUUCUCAAACUUUAAUUCAUGCUGUGAAUUUCCUAAUGAGCUAAAUUUCAUACUGGCAUCCAGCUGUGUCUGUCUAGUGUCAACAAAAUAAUUGUUUGGUAAAAGUGACUUGGAUAUUGCUUGUUGGCUGCUAUUCAAAUGACAGAAAUGUGCAGAUUCUUGUGUGAGUGCUUUGCAACCUGUUGUCGUCUUUUUGUUUAAAUGGAUUUGAGAUCACAGGGUGGUCUGAGUUUCUGAAAAAUGAAUGGUGAUUAAUUAUUUCAGAAAUGUUUUUAGUGAAAUGAAAGAAGAUUCACAACCUGCAUGGGCCUGCUCUCAUUCCUAUUGUUUGUGAGUUAUAAAAUUACUUUGUUCUCCUAGAAAGAGAAGGAAGCUCAGCCAGCAACUGCUUCUAAGCAGCUUCAGUCACUGUUCGCUAGUGUAGGUGAGAAUGAAGACUUUGUGAUUGUGAUAUCAAAUAACGAGGAGGUGAUGCUGAUAUAACAAAUUGGUUUUGAGAGUAGGUUUCAAUUCAACUAUUAAGUUUAAUAACCUUAAUGGGUUUAACAAGGUAGUGUUCAUACAUAAACUCAGCAUGUAUUGGAACAUUCAGAAGAUGUGUUCUUCUUGACGAACUCCACACCCAUCAUCUUAGGUCACGUUAUGAGGAUUUCACUGCAUAACCACCUUGAAGUGGUUAUGUUCAUUGACUCUAGGUCAUUUUAGAUGUCUUCAAAAGGUCAAUGAUUCAUACUUUUCUCUCUGCUUUUGUAAAAUGCAGUGGUAUGUUAAUGCAAAAGAUUUUGAAUGUUUCCAAACUUACCUUUCUUUCACAGCUAUUGGAUGGUUUCCACCUCUCCAGUUCAGCUAUGUGAUCUAGAGGCAGCAUCUAGCAUGCUUACUUGUUCUCUACUGGCUAUUGGAAUCCCAUAAUAUAUUUUGGGAAAUAAUUAUGCUUUUCAGGACAGAAGACAGUGAAGUUCUUACUGAACUUACUGAACUUACUGAUGUUCUGCACAGUUUGUUGCAGUGGAACUGGUUUGUUUCAGUGGAAUUGAUUAUAAUGUUGACUAAUGCUCAGAACAAGAACCUACCUUAAACUACAAAUUAGUUUAUGAAAUGUCUAAGUUUUCUUUAAUGGUAAACAGAAGGUAUGAUUAACAUACUUACUGUUAACAUAAGGUAUGAUUUAAAAAACCUAUGAAUUUAUCAUUUGUUAAAUGUGUUUGUUUAAUAUGAUUAAAAGAUAGGCAUUUUUUCUUACUUUUGCAAAGUUGUCUUUAAAAAUAAAAUAAAACCUGUUUUGCAAACUGCAUUGGGCUUGCCACAAAAUAAAAUGUCCAAUCUGGUCACCGUUGAAGCCUCUGACAAGCUAAGCAUUAUAAUCACCAACUUGAAGCUCAAGAGUGUAUUCUGAUUGCUCUGGUGCACAUGCAACUUCUCUGUGAACAGUUCUGGUUGCCACAUCUCAAAAAGGAUAUUGUAGAGCUGGAAAAGGUGCAGAAAAGAGCAACUAAAAUGAACAAGGGGCUGGACAAACUCCCUAUAAUGAAAGCAUACAACUUCUUGGGCUUGGGGGAAAGGUGGGAGGCUUGUUAGAUGUGUAUAACAUUAUUAUUGACAUGUGUGAAAAAGGUGGAGAAAGAUAAGUUCUCUCUCUCAUAAUGCCUGGGGUUAUCCAAUGAAUCUGAAGAGUAGAAGAUCUAGGACAGACAACAGGCAGUACUUCUUCACACAGCGCAUAGUUAAAUAGUGGAAUUUGCUAUGUGUGGUUCUGCCCACCACCUUAGAUGGCUUUAAAAUGGGAAUAAGAAAAAUGAUGGAGGACAACAAGGGUUAUCAAUUGAGGAUAGCCAUGAUGGCUAUUUGUUACCUUCAGACAACAUGCCAGUAUCAUGAACAUGGUUUGAAGUCUGCUUGUUUCCUAAGGCUAACCACAUUCUGCCUGCCUUUAGACAAAACAGGUAACCAAUGUAAGUUAAAAAGAGCUGCACCCAAGGAGGAGGGCAGAGGGCAGGAGCCCAUGACUCAUGUAUGUAAUGUCAACCCAUAAUUUAACAUUACAUAGGGGCUUGUGACUGGACCUCAAUCAGCCAUGUUUCCUUAGCCUAGUUCAAUCUGAUAUACUCUAGGUGUGUUGCACCUGUCAUAUUUUAUUUUUGUUUCAUCCAUCUCAUUACACUUUUCUUCUUAAGGUGAAACAGUGUUGUGGUAGCUAAUGAAAAUAAUGUGCUUUUCUAACAUGUCACUACAUUUGGUAAUAUUUAUGUUUUAUGGUUUAUUAGCUUCCCACUUCCAAAUAAUAUGUUUCUUUUAUCUCUUGCUUCCACAAGCAUGUGUGAGUUCGUACUCGGCAUAUGUUGAAUAAAAAAUUGCCUGCUUCUAAAUGUAAUUAUUUAUGAUAAGCCUAUAAUAGUAAUUAAAAGGACUAAAUGUAUAUUGCAUAUGCUAUUGCUAUAAGAAUGUUUGUGUAAUUUUUUUUUCAACAUUUCCUUUUGUGAAUUAUGUUCACAGGGCGCAGCUUUAAUUCGAAUGCUGGCUAAUUUUAUGGGUCACUCAGUGUUUCAGAUGGGCCUACAAGUAUGUAGAAAACAUUCCUUCUUUUCUUGUGUGCUUGUGCUUGCAUUUCUGCCAUUGUGUUUUUGUUGCAUAUAUUUCUGUUAGUUUUUGAAACUACAGCUGUUGCAUUGCUGAUAUAUAUUUAAGACAAGCUUUAGCAGGAAAAAAUAGAUAGUGCAGUGUAAAACCUUGGGCCAUUUAAGAAAAUAAAGUGCCUUCCGCCAUUUUUUAAUCCAUUUGUGAAUCCAUCAUGAACUUGCACCUUUCUGAGAAAAAUCGCUAUCUUCACUGAUAUAUAUAUAUAUAUAUAUAAGUUUAAGUGAUUUCAGAAGGAAUGGGGUUAGAUUUUUAAAGUACAAAAGCAAUGAAAACUCAAGCUAUAUUUUUUUAAAACUAUCAUAAUAUUGUGAAGAAAUAGUUCUCUCUCAUCAAAACCCUUUUGCUUUUGAUUAGCAUGAUUUCUUCAUUGCCUUAAUGAUAUUUCGGAAACUCAUUUUGCAUUUAACAGUAAAUUAAUGGCCAACACAUCUGGAUGAAAUUUUGAAUGGCGUGAAUGUUAGCUUGCGCUUUGCCAAGGAUAAACUCUUUCCAAGAACAAUUCCAAGUAAAUUAAAGUUUCCAAAACAAUUUAAAAGCAAACAAGCCAAUGCAGAAAAACAAUGCAACUCCCUUUAUUCCAUUGAAAUCUGUUUAAGUAAAUCAUGUAACAGGCAGCUGUGAUUGAUGAAUUAUGUAUGAUGCAGUCUGUUACUUAGAGGUGUCCUUUAAAGUAAAUUGAUGUUCACCUGAAAUACAAUUAUGCUAAAAUGGAAGGAGCAAUCAAUCUUAUCUGUUCUUAGUAAGCUUUUCAAUCUGAAAUUUAAAUAAACUACAUCUGGGAUCAGGUCAUAUUUUAACAUGGUAAUUCUAUCUUCAACCCUGUAGACUGGAAGGUAAAAUAGAAAACAAAAGUUAAAUAAGCAUACCAUCUGUACCAUAUAAAGAUGUGUGUAAUAUGGCAAUGACUGAAAUAAUAUCAGAGUACUUUUUCUCUCUCCCAGAAAUUUGGCAGGAUUUUGAUUGGUGGUGUUUUGAAAUAGAGUUUUGCUGAAUUGCCUCCAAACAUCUGGUUUUCUUGUUUCUAUAAUAUGUAUGCAUAUAGACCUUUCUUUUCAGGCUUGCUUGCCUCAGGGGAAGGGAAUCCACCAGAAACUUGUGUGCAGGAACUUAAAAAUGGUUAAUAUACCCAUUCUAAACUAAUCAUGUUUACCUGCAUUUUGGUUUUAGUAUUGUUAUGCUUGUCUGGAUGUUCUUGUUGCUAUUGAUAAUCCUGUUUUUACUGUUAAAUUGGGAAUAUAUGGCAGUUUAUGGUUACAUUUGAGUGUUGGUUGGAUAUUCCGUGUCUUUUUAAUACACUGGAAGCCACCUUGAAAGACCUGGUGCUAUAAAUGUGCAAAAAUGUAUUAAAUAAAUAAAUGGAAAUGAUUACCUGAAGAAAUAGAAGGUAGAAAUAGACAGCUAGUAUGGCUUUAUAGCACUGGGGGACUGAGGUUCAAAUGCUCCCUACCUACAAAUCUCAACAAGUAAACUUUUAUGUCACUAUGUCGCACCCUAACCCUAGUCCAACUGCUGCUGUGAGGAUAAUAUGGUAUAACCCAUCAACAUCAUUUUCAAGUAUUUGGAGGUUGUUGUAAUUAAUAACACUGUACUUUUCCGUGUAUAAGACAAGGGUUUUUUUAUUUUAAAAUUAUGUUGGGGGUCGUCUUAUACACGGAUAGUGCAUGGGGGGGGGGACGUGGGAUUGGUUACUGCCAAGAGCAGGAGAUUGUGAGCGAUGAUUGGGCGUGUUAUUGGUGGCUGAGGCAAGGGCUGGUGUUGAUGGGCUGUCACUGCGGCAACUGGGCGGGUGAUUGUUGGCUUCUGUUGGCGAGGGGACAGACGAUAGGUGGCUUUGGCGACGCGUGUGAGUGGCAGCAUAGGUCAGGCGGGUGAGUGAUUUUCGGCAAUGCCCCCUAAUAAAGCUCCAUAACUCUGGGCCAUCCCCCACCCUCCAAAGCUCAACAACUCUCAACAAUCUCCCCCCAUUUUCUAAAUUUGGAGUCCCCGAAAACAGGGGGCGUCUUGUGCAUGGGGGCAUGUUAUAUGGUAAUUCCCAUCAUGCAUUUUGUAUGUUUUACAUUUAUAUCCCACUUUUCUUGUACAGAGUUCUCCUCCUACCCAUUUUAGCCUUACAACAAACUUGUGAAGUUAGCCUGGUGGCUGAGCUUCAUGACUGAGUGGGGAUUUUAGCCCUGGUCUCCCAGUUCCUAGUCCAACAUUCACCACUGCAUUAAGCUGUCUCUGCAGUGCCUAUUUCUGGUAGAAGUUUUAAAGGUAAUAUGGCAGCUGAUGGGGGUGGGUGGGUGGGAUGGGGAAAUGGUUAGCAUUCUUCUAAAGCCCUCCUUAGGUAAAGGUAAAGGGACCCCUGACCAUUAGGUCCAGUCGUGACCAACUCUGGGGUUGUGGCACUCAUUUCGCUUUAUUGGCCGAGGGAGCCGGUGUUUGUCCACAGACAGCUUCCGGGUCAUGUGGCCAGCAUGACUAAGCCGCUUCUGGUGAACCAGAGCAGCACACGGAAACGCCGUUUACCUUCCUGCUGGAGCGGUACCUAUUUAUCUACUUGCACUUUGUGCUUUCGAACUGCUAGGUUGGCAGGAGAAAGCCCUCCUUACAUCACUGUAAAUGGAUGUCUAUAUCAAACCAUUAGGGGAAAGUUUUCUCUCUCGCCUGGCUGACGGCCAUUGACUGAUGUGUGAUGAUUUCAUUUAAAAUAGUUUUGUUUGUGGUUAUUCCUUACAUGAACUGACAUUGGUAGAGUUCAGUUUGGAUAACUUGGCCUGUUUUUAAGAAUGAAGUAUCCUAGUAAAACUGUGUGUGUGUGUGUGAAUAAACACAUUUUUUUAUCCAUACAUUAUUAUUUUUAACGAAAAAUCAGUUUCUAUAUUCAUGUUGUGCUUUGGACAUGGGUUGUAACUUUAGUGUUGAAGAUCAAAUAUACCUUAGUAUGGCUUUGUUUAAAGAGGUAUAUGCUGUCAUAUCCAGCCCUAAGGGGAUAGCUAGCUUAGAGUCCUUUUGCAUUUAUCUUUUGCAUGAUUUGAUUAUUCUUAGACCAAUGUGUAUUUCUGUGAGUUUGUCUACAUUACAUUUCAUUUGCCAUUUGGCAGCUCAUUGAUCACACAGAUCUGUAUCCUUUUGAACUUCAGUUGCUGCUAUAUUUGUGUUCAUCACUCACUUUGAUUUAGUGCAUCAUCAGCAGUUUGCAUUAGUUUACUGUGGGAUCUCCUGUCUCUGUGAUAAAUUAACAUCUUUUGUGGUUUUGGUUGUACUGUAUACAUCAUGCCAAGGACCUUUUAUCCACUCUACUAGACAGACACUUAAAGCUGAGAGGCCCUUUAAAUGUUAGCCUAGCUGCCUGGGAAGUAUUUUUAAGGAAUGCCACCCAAGUUGCUGGGAAAAUAUGUAAUUUAUAAAACCACAUGAGCUUAUCACAUAAGUCUUUCUCACAGAACUGACCCACACAUGCUUAGGACUUCCAAGAUACACCCCACACUCCCAGUUAUGUGGUUGGGCUUACUUAUUUGUUUAUUCUCACACAUUGCCUCAAGGUAUCUUACAAUACAGUGGUACCUCUGGUUAUGUACUUAAUUCAUUCCGAAGGUCCGUUCUUAACCUGAAACUGUUCUUAACCUGAAGCACCACUUUAGCUAACGGGGCCUCCUGCUGCUGCCGUGAGAUUUCUGUUCUCAUCCUGAAAGUUCUUAACCCGAGGUACUAUUUCUGGGUUAGCAGAGUCUGUAACCUGAAGCGUAUGUAACCUGAGGUACUAAAUAACCCCUAAAUAAAAGAUAAAAUCCAUAAAAGCAGUAGGAAAACACUCACACCUAAACAGUAAAAUACAAUAGCAGGUAAAGCCAAAGAUCAAUAAAAUCAACAGAGAAUUUUCAAGUAUUAAAAACAAUUAGAGGCAGGAGAGAUCACAGGAUAUACCUUAGCUGAUGUUUGUAAAAUGGUGUAGAGGAUGCUAAGGAUUGUCCAUGGAUACUCCUAGAUCAGAUUACAAGUGAAGAUAAUUAGUUGUCAUGAUACCACCCAGUUCCUAUGUUCUAAAACAGCAUAGGAAACAUGCCACAGCACUAAGCUAAAAUUCCCUGCCAUCACCUUUUGGAAUCUGACAUCUUCAUAAGAGUGAAAACAAGAGCACAGUGUUCCCAGUCCCCAUCUCUACCAGCUGGUUGACAAGAAUUUAGUGGCCUGGGAUACCGAAAGCCAGUGUUCAGCUGGACUCAUUUUGAGUUUCAUUCCAUUUGUGUUCCUCCUGUCUCCUCAACUGCUUCAUUAACACCCCCCCCCAAAAUCCCAGAAAACCAGGGGUGCAGUUGAGUUUUAAUUAUUGGGAGGUGGUACUUAGGAGUGAUCAGUUGCACCCAACAUUGGGGUGUGUGUGUGUUGUGUUUGUGCGCCGUCAUUCGCACAACGCCCCCCCCAAUCCGUCCAGGCCUACUGGGAUGCGCAGGUGUCCCUUUGAGGAUUGCCAGAGUGCCUUCCUGGAAGGCUUUCUAGCAAUUGCGGCGGGGAGCAUGGAGGGCGAAAAUUGCCCUCCAAGCCUCCAACCUCCACCCAGUGGGUCAGCUGAGGAGAGGGGCGGCAACUCUGCUGUGAUGCUCCUGCCUCUUUCUGCCUCCUGAAUCAGAACUGACGCAGGAGCGGAGCUGUGGCUGGGCGCCGCACAGGCCUGUACAGCAAUGCUGCCCCUCCUUCACUCCACCCCCAGGUCAGACCUGACUCCUUUUUUCCGUCAUAAUCUAGUACUUACUCUUUACUGGAGCAGGAAUGUGCACAGACAUUGCAGCAAUUAACUAGUCCCCCAACCAAAUGCAAACAGGAAGAAAUAAGGCUGGAUUACUUGGAGGAAAUCAGUGUUGCACAUAACAAAAUAUUAUUUAUUUUGCUUCCUGGAAACCACUGUUUGGGUCUUUAAAACAUGCAUGAUAUUUUAAUUUUCCUUGAGUCUUCUUUUUUCCUAUCCAUUGGUAGGCUCUUUAGUUUUUUGGGGGUGGUCUAUAGCUAAAUUGAAAAUAUUCUGUACAUUUCCUGCACAUUUCUCUUUCACACACUCUGUCUCUUUCUGUUUGUGUAUUCUUGCCUGGAUUUUCAAUAAUGCAUGAUAAUCUAUUAAGAUAUCCAAUUGCUUGUUAAGAUCUGUCUAGUAAUACUUGAAACUGAGGCUGAUUAAAAAAAAGUCCUGGGUGGUUGGGCAGAGUGCACUGCAUGGCAGGUUUUCAUCUUAUUUCAAUAAGAAAAAUUAAUAAAUCAUUUUUUUCCUGCUCUAUUUCUUAGAGACAUUACCACUAUACGAGAAGGAAUAUAAUAUCUUUGUUUCUAAUAGUUCAGCUGAUUUAUUCUUUGUCCCAUGGCUACUAUACAACGUGUACUAUAUGCUUCGUUUCUUCUCAGUCUGCUUGACCCUAGAAUUGUACAUGCUGCUUGCUUGAAGAUAUAAGUUUUUGUAUAAAGUGGUGUUCAGGGGGGGUGAGUGUUCGGACCCCAGGGCACUUACUUGUGGGGUGCCACAGGGCUCUGACCUCUCCCCCAUGCUUUUUAACAUCUAUAUGAAGCUGCUAGGAGAGAUAUCAGGGGGUUCAGGCUGAGUGUUCACCAGUAUGCUGAUGAUACCCAGCUCUACUUCUCCUUUAUAUUGUAACUAGUGAAGAUAGUGAAUGUCCUGUGUGAGUGUCUGGAGGCGAUUGGAGGAUGGAUAACGUUUAAUGCCGAGGUUCCCAAUGUGGGGCACAGGCCCAAAGGAGGAAAUUAGAUUUUUAAGGGGGGCAAUUUGAGAAUGAGUUAUUAACAGCUAAUGGCCUUUUAGGCUUCCUCCAUGUGAAUAGGAGUUCACUUUUUGAAUAAUAAGAAUUAUAUGUCACGGGGAGGGCAUCAGGAUUUUAGAAAUGCUUAGGUGGGGCAUGGCCAAAAAAAGGUUGGGAACCACUGGUCCUAAUGGAUUGAGGUUGACUCCCAAGAAGACAGAAGUCCUAUUUCUGAGGGAUAGAGGGCGGGUGGGGGGGGGGAUUCCGGGAUAAUUAUGCCCCUGAAGAGGUACGCAGCCUGGGAGUCAUUUUGUACUCACAGCUGUCCAUGGAGGCUCAGGUCAUUUCUGUGUCCAGGGUAGCUGUCUGUCAGCUUCAUUUGGUACGUUAGCUGAGACCCUACCUGCUUACACAUUGUUUCACCAUAGUGGUACAUGCACUGGUUAUCCCCUGCUUCAUCUACUGCAAAGUACUCUAUGUGGAGCUAGCUUUGAAGUUGACUUGGAAGCUACAACUAAUCGAGAAUGCGGCAGCUAGACUGGUGACUGGAAGUGGCCGACAGAACCAUAUAACACUGAUCCUACAGGAUCUACACUGGCUCCUAGUGCAUUUCUGAGCAGAAUUCAAAGUGUUGGUGCUGACAUUUAAAGCCCUAAAUGGCCUCAGCCCAGUAUACCUGAAGGAGUGUCUCCACCCACAUCGUUCAGCCCGGUCACUGAGAUCUAGCUCCAAGGGCCUUCUGGUGGCUCCCACACUGAGAGAAGCGAGGUUACAGAGAACCAGGCAGAGGACCUUCUUGGUAGUGGUGCCCACCUUGUGGAAUGUCCUCCCAUCAGAUGUUGAGGAGAUAAAUAGCUAUACAAAUUUUAGAAAACAUUUGCUGUUUGCUUGUUUUCCCAAAGCAAUUGCUAAGAAUAACCACAGUUUGUCCCUGUUCAGAGAUAAUUACAAACAGUGGUUAGUUGAAAAUGGAAACAAAUGCUUCUACUCUCCUCAUGCCUGCAAAAGAGGAGAGGAGCAGGAAGAAUUCAUGAGCCCCAGACUCAUUCAUGUAACACCAAAAUAUAGUUUAGCAUGAUAUCUAAAAUGUCUCUUACAUCAACUACUUUUCCUACAAAGAAACUUGUCAAAGAACCACCUGAACAGAGCUGACCUAUCUAUCCUGACUGACAGUCUUCCUCUGUCUUUUCUCUGCGUGUUCUGUGAUGUUGAAUUGCUGGGCCAAAUCCUGAAAUAGAAGAUAUUCACCCUACAGUGAGAGUUUGAGAAUGUAUGACUGGAAUUUAUUUAUUUUUAAGUACAGUCAUACCUCGGGUUACAGACACUUCAGGUUGCAGGUUUUCGGGUUGCGCAUCGCACCGAACCCGGAAGUACCGGAAUGGGUUACUUCCGGGUUUCGGCGCUCACACAGAAGCACUAAAUCUUGCUUUGUGCAUGUGCAGAAGCGCUGAAUUGCGACCCGCGCGUGCGCAGACGCAGCGCUCCAGGUUGCAAACGUGCCUUCCGCACAGAUCACAUUCGCAACCCGAGCGUCCACUGUACAGUAGAACAAAUGUUUCUCAUUGAGAGUGACCCUGACGUUACUGGUGUCUGCCUGAACCAGCUCAGUCAAUACUGGCACAAUUAACAAGUACUAUUACAAUGCCUCUGGAAAAUACUCCAUUCCAUUCUCUGGUAGAAUGCCAUUAUAUGAGUUUGUAAAAUGUCAAUCAAGAGAGAGAGAGAGUUAGAAAGUUACUAUAUAGGAAUUCUCAGGAAUGCUUUGUUUUUCAUUGACAUAAUCCAUCAAAUAAUAUAUUCCUUAAAGCAAAUUUAACCAUCUAGUAGAGGUACCUUGAAACUUUAUAGGCACCAUCAAACCAUGUUCAGUAGUGGCUGUGCCAUCCCUUAAACAUUUUGUUUCCGAUUUCAAAUGCAGAUUGCUUUGUGACCACACUCUCAUUGCCUUUGUGACAUUCAAAGCUAGCUAAUAAGGGAGCUUUAGUACUAAUAGAAAAAAAGUGGUCUUUGCAUAUACCCAUAUUUCCUUCAGGUCUGUCAAAUUUAGAGCUUCACAACUGCAAACAUUUUAUUUAAAUCACUAUGUGUAUGACUUCAUAAAUGAUGCAUUCUGUGUUUUUCUCAGUUUGGGGGCCUGGUUCAGAUCUUAGUACACUGCUGUUUUCAGUGUUCACUGAUUACUUAACUGUUAAUGUAGCCAUAAUGAAGGGUUGCUAAUCCAUAAUGUUCAUUAGUAAACACACAGAGAGACAUUUCCCUCACUUAUUACCUCUGCCAGGCCUCAGAAUGGACCACCAGCAUGCCUUUAUUUGAUAGGCCUCCACAACUCGAGACAACCUGCAAAUAACCAUCUACAUCCUAUGGCCACAGGGCCCAGUAAGCAUCCCUUCUUUGCAAUCAGUAUGGGACUGCGAAAAGGGGGCAGAGCGCCACAAUGCAAGGGCAGAUGGACUUCAUUCAGCUUGGCAGCCCACAAGUUUUAGAGAUCUGUUAUAAGCAACAGUGGCGGACUUUGGGCUUUCAAAUUUCAGCAGCACCCGACGUUUGGCACACCAGCUCUUCCCUUCCAUUUGACAUCAUUGUUCUGGUGCCCUCUCAGCUCGGCGCCCAGUGCAGGCGAACCAGUAAGGCUCCCCUAAAUCCAUCUUUGUAAGCAAUGAACCCACUAGAACAUUUUAGGAGGAAGACAAGUAACAGAUGGUAUGGUGGACCGAGGUGCUUACCUGAUGUCUCAGCUGGUGAGUCGCUGCUACUUCCCCAGAGGGUGUGGUAGUGUUGAACGAACACACCAACUGAGCUAAUUUGAUGCUCCUGCUGGUGGAUUUCCUCCUCGCUGAAGUUGCCGCCACUUCACCCCAUCCCUCCUGCCUUGUGGUAAGCAGCAGUGACUCACCUGGUAGGAGGUCAGGUUAUUGUCUCUGCCCUACUACACCAUCUGCAGAGGAAGAUUUUAAUGUUAUACUGCCCAUCCCCAAUCCUCUUCAAAUCUGGUGCUACCAUUAUCCAAGCCGUAUCUAGCUCUUCAAUUCAUCUGAGGGCAGAGGGGAGGGAGGAAAACCAGAAAUUGCACUAGGAAGGAAAGUUCCUGUUUUAAAGAGUAAGUUGAGCCAUAGCAUUUGUUUGUUUUGUGUGCGUGCGUGUGACAUCGUUUGCUUGCUUUGCCUUGUGUAAUUGAAAGGAAACAGCAACAAGAGGAAUUUUUGGGAAACUGGGAUGGUGAAUGCAGAACAAGGCCAGAAGUAGCCAUGCCCCAAAUGCUGAAACAAUUCGAACUGGUUCAUGAAAGUGGGAUAUGGGAACACAUCCACAUAUGUCAGACAUAUUUGUGGAUGGAGUGACAGAGAAGUACAGAGAGAGAAACAAGGGCAGAGGAGUAGGACAGAGUGGGAUGAGGUACCAAUUUAGUCCUCCCACAGUGCCUGUGAGCAUCACUUGGGGUAAAUUUAAGACAUCUUUCUGAAAGAAUUGCGUUUAUUUAUAUUUAUUUAUUUACAACAUUUAAUCUUUUUGAAGGCAAUGUGUUUCAGAUUUAAGAAAAGCGUAAUAUAGGGUGGCCACAUAACUUUACCUCACCAAAAGGUAGCACAUCAACAAAAAAGAGGACACAGGUUUCCAUAAAAUAUGCAUGUGCUAAUUCAUGGGCAUAGAUAAAAAAGCAAAAAGAAUUACUGUAUUAUAAAUAGAAAUACAGUACAUCUCACGGUGGGGGCGAAAACUUCCUGCAUGCCUGCUCAGCAUGCUCUCCAGGUGCUGCCUGUUGAUGGACAAAUUCAAACACCUUGCUCUUUCCCCCAGUGGUUCUUUAUCUUUAAACCAGACUUGGACCAGACUGCUCUUCAAGCAGAGAAAAACUUUAAUGAAAAAAGUAGGACAAAUAGCCACCCUAGCUUAACACUGAUUUUUAAGUUGGCCACAUUUAAGUGGUUUUUUAAAAUAAUAAUAAUAAUAAUUGACAGUGUACUAUCAACUGUAAAUUGCAAGGAGGGAAAGAAUUAUCCAAAUUAUAAUUCUACAAAUUUAUGUAUCAGUGCUGGCUCCAGAAAGAAUUAUAAGAUACUAGUAUCAUUUCUCUUGCUUUAGUACUUAAAGCUGCUUGUUUGAGGAUAAUAAUUUAAUUGCACAUAUGCCUUUCUGGUAGCAAAGUUUUAUUGCUGCUAAUUGCAAUCACUGUUGAAUUUGAAACAUUUUUUAAAAAUAAAGGCAUGGAAUAAACCUAGUGUUCUUACAGUAUGUCAUAAGGCAUUUUAUGGUGCAGUGAACAACUGCAAGGGAAGCAAGCCUCUGCUCAGCCAGUCCUGGUUUUAUAAUAUUUUUACUCUAAGUUUGACCUGCCCUCUCCUUGUAAUACUUAAAUGCCCUUCAACUUGCCUGCUCUGAUUGAGCUGCAACGCUGCUUUCUUGUUUGGGCUCAUUUUUUCCUUAUCCUUAUCUGGGAACCUUAAACAAUGUCAUAAGUUCAUGCGGGUCUUCUUCCUCCGUUUUCUGUAACGUUUCUUAUCCUUGUGCCUAUCAGCCAAGUAAGUUUGUUCUUCUCACAGUGGAUUCAGAAUACCAAGUUGAUCCAGAUGACCACAAUUCUCAUGUUAUAGCCUGGUCUUUUUAAAGUUUCUAUUGCCAAAUAUUAGUGGUGGUGGUGAAUAUUAUUUGUUGCUAGGGUUAUGUUUAUUUUUUAUACUCCCAAGGCUAAUAGAUGCAGCCAGAAAGAAAACCCUAAUAUGAUGAACAACAGCAAAUAAGUUGUUCUCAGGAUAUCUGGAGCAUCUAGCUUAACAAUAUGCCUGCUGCAGCCCCUUUCAGACUUUUGCCUGUGCACAUCCAGAGAACUGUGAAGAAGCAAGCAGGGCUGGUGCACUGGUCAUGCCCCUAACAUGAAUACCCAUCUCAGUCCCAGUCCCAAAACCUUGGCACAUUCAGUUCAGUUGUGAAAUAAGACCCUAAGAGCAGUGAGAGUACCUGAUGAUAGUGCAGAGCUCCCAGUCGUUAAGAGGAGUUACCGGUAAGUGCAUAUACCUGUACUUACAUAGGUUUCCCCUUCAGACACAUGAAAUGUCAGGUGCCUUGGGAAUGGAGCUGGAAGGCAUUCGUGUUGGGAAGAGGGUUAGAGUGCUCAUCCCUUGUGCAUUCAUUCUGGACCCAUUAUCAACAUGAAUGCCCUGCCAGCUCCAUCCCCAAGAACAGGCUUCCUCAACCUCGGCCCUCCAGAUGUUUGUGGUCUAUAACUCCCAUGAUCCCUAACUAGCAGGACCAGUGGUCAGGGGUGAUGGGAAUUGUAGUCUCAAAACAUCUGGAGGGCCGAGGUUGAGGAAGCCUGCCCUAGACACCUGCACAUUUGGGUCUGAGUGGAAGCUUAGAUCUUAGAGAUGUGAAAUUUUCUGAAACCUGUGAACCAUAGGGGGAAAGAAAAGGUUUCUCCCAACAGUUAUUGGGGUGGGUUGGGGAGAGAUAUAAUUGCUAAGUAGUUUCUUAUCAAACCCAAAUCUUACUCCCCCUUGAACAACAUAAAAGUUGCAACACGUAUAACUUAGUUAUAAUACAAAAUUGUGUCAUGUGGCAUAUUUAUGACAUUUAAAAAUAGUUUUGUACAAGCAGAAUUGCAAAUAUACCAACUUGUAUUCCACUUCCUUCUGUGGGUCUUGGCUAGAGCUCAGUUUUCAACCAUACUUUCUGAUUUUACACGCAACUAGUCUCCUGUAGUUUCUGCCCUAUGUCCUUCUGACCUUUUUAUCCUCCUACAAGGCAGGGCAAUAAGCUGCUUGUUUGUUAGUCUGUAGCAGAGUGCUCAUAUCACAAGUCAUUUGAGGAUAGAGGUAAAAAGGUUAACCAUAAUGGAUCUGCCAGGUCAAAGACCACAGAAGCAACAUACGUAGUAUCUCCAAACUACCCUGAGGGUCCUCAGAAAAAGGCAAGCAGCAAACAAUAAAGAUCCUUUAUGCUCUUCUAAAGAUGGCACCACCUUCUAGGUGCAGUUUUGAGUGUUGUACUGCAUAUGCUCGAAGCUACAAACAUGAGUCUGACCAAACUGCGGGAGGCAGUGGAAGACAGGAGUGUCUGACGUGCUCUGGUCCAUGGGGUCACGAAGAGUCGGACACGAUUAAACGACUAAACAACAACUGCAUAUGCAAGAAUCAUCAUUCUCUAAUGCUGUAUGUGCAAGAAUUAUCAUUCUCUAAUGCUGUAUAUUCUUAAAUAAAAACUGUUAAAAUCAUUUUACUCAUCCAAACAGACAAAAUUUUUCUUUGGAGUUUGUUUUCUUCAGUUCAAAUCCCCCCCCCUUAACAUUGGGGGGGGGGGAGCCUCAGGGAAAAAUGGGACCCUGCCCCCGCUUUUCAGUUUUCCUCCAAGCUCUCUUGUAUCCAUCAUCCUAAGCGACCUCUGACAAACGUACUUAAGAGUAAAAUCAUCCUGACCCAUUCUGAAUUACCAGGCGAGACAUAACUGUUUCUAAGAGGUAGACAUAUAAUUCUUUCAGUAUCCCUGUUAUUCGCAUAAAGGGGGAACAUCAUCAGUAUCCUUAAAAAUUAGUCACUGGUAAACACAGUCAAUAGUAUUGACUCAUUAGCUGAUGAGUCACCAAAAAAGGCCUGCCUUUUUGUUAACAAGAUAUUUCCCAUCAUUUUUAUCACCUUUCUCUGUACGUCAAAUAUUUUAUCAGCCAGGGCAUAAUCCAUGCAAUUUAUUUGCCUUAUGAAAAGUCUCUUUGACCGACAAUAAGCUUCCCUGUAGACAAAUGUUAGAUAGAGCCAAAUACUUCCACCACGGCUGUCAUAUGUGUUUUCGUUAAUCCUGGUUGACCUGGGAUUUUUAAAUUCCACUAGUACUUUGGGCCUGGCUGGGUUGGAUUAACAGCUACUCUCCUUGUUUGGAGUAACAUCUGGAAGCACUUUGAAUAUGGAGUGAAUUCACUGAUCCAAGUUGAUCUUUGCAGAGGGGGAAAAUAGGAAGUUGAAUCAUUUUUAUAAUUUACAUAAUUCUGAUAUUUUCCUUGUGCUUUAAAAUAUAUGAAUUCACUUGAAACCUAAUUUUGAUAUGAUCUAUCAUCUUGUUUAAAAAGGGACACGGGUAGUGCUGUGGAUUAAACCACAGAGCCCAGGACUUGCCGAUCAGAAAGUCGGCGGUUCAAAUCCCCGCGAAGGGGGUGAGCUCCCGUUGCUGGGUCCCUGCUUCUGCCAACCUAGCAGUUCAAAAGCACGAAGUGCAAGUAGAUAAAUAGGUACCACUCCGGCGGGAAGGUAAAUGGCAUUUCCGUGCACUGCUCUGUUUCGCCAGAAGUGGCUUAGUCAUGCUGGCCACAUGACUCGGAAGCUGUACGCCGGCUCCCUCGGCUAAUAAAGCAAGAUGAGCGCCAGAACCCCAGAGUCGGUCACGACUGGACCUAAUGGUCAGGGGUCCCUUUACCUUUACCUUUUAUCAUCUUGUUUCGAUGAAGAGUCAGGUAGAAUUGAGAGUGAACAUAGCAAAGGGAUAAAGGCCUUCUUCAGUAUGAGUGGACAGGUUUUUCCUAAGCACAAGCACACACUUAAAAAAGGACUUGUAAACUUAUUCAGAAACACUGUUGCUACAAACAUCUGUCAAAAACCUUUAGGAGAUUUUAUUCUGUUUUCUCUUCAAAUAUUCAAGCCAUCUGCCUCAGUAUUCAGGUAACAUACUUUCCAGAUAAUUUAAGCAUUUUAAUUUUCUUCAGAGACCAACUAUAAUUUGACAAGCUUUUGCAGUUUUAUUUUUUAUGUCUAGGGAUGUGUGAAAGAUAGAGGCACAAUGCAGACAUUUUGUGAUCUUCAAACGAUGUUGUUAGUCUUUAGUUCAAUGCAGCCAUUUUUAAAUGCCAGUCCCAAUAGGUUAAUGUGUUGGAAAAUUUGUAUUAUCUUUGUUUUGUUGUAGGCUCCCUAUUUGAUAAACGUGAUACAUUAAUAAGAACUGCUACAAUAAAACAUAGUAAAGUGGUUAUAGGAAAAGACGGCGAUUAUCGUAUUUUUCUCUUACCCUAUUAGAUAAAAAUGCCUUGCAUGUGUCAUAAAAACAAAAGAGUAACAUGCAAAAUCCCAUUAGAUUAAAAUAUUAUUGAAUACUUCUCAUGCCAACAUAAUCCUAAUCAUUUCAUCUAUAGUUUAGGUAUAUUGUACUUCUAUAAAAAGAAGUCGUCUAAUUCAUACUUUUGGCAAUUCUUUAAGAGAAAUGAUGCUAUGUGUGAAGAGAAACCAUCAAAUACACAUUCUUUGUUUCUCUUGUGGGUGGCUGGUUUGCAGGUGUGUCUGUUAUGGCCACAGUGUGGGAGUCAAACUAAAUGUCACACAAUUCAUGCAAUUAGCAAUUCCCUGAAUUGUAUUUGUAAAGGAUUUUUUUUUUUAGCGUAAUUGGCAGAUGCAGUGAGCUAAGCUCUGAUCCAGACCCUGGUGGGGUAGGUAGGCUAUAUAUAUAUAUAUAUAUAUAUAUAUAUCCACUACUAGCAUAGGGGCCCUACAGCUGCUAUCUAUCAUACUGAAAAGAAAGGUUCUGUUGGCUAGAGUUAGAGCCUUUCUUUCAGCGCAUAUUGUAGGGAUGGUGUUCUAAUCCUUAUUAAAACCACUGACGCAGGCAACCAGGUUAAACUCUCUUCUUCCCCAUCAGGUUCGCAAUCCAGACUGGGGCCCUCACACUACCACUUACCCUUUCAAAGCCACACAGUUGCUCCCACGGUUGUUUGAAGUUUGGUAACAAGGAAACAUCCCUAUCCGUCCCAGCACUUAGUCUAUGGAAUGUUAAGUGCUAGGCAAAGUCUUUUCUCCCAGGCAUUUAACUGUUAAUUCCCCUUUUCAUUUGCAACCUGUGGUGAUGUUUUCUUUUUUCAUUUGAGGGCCAUGUGUUGUUGGAAGAUGGAGGGAUUGUGGCUUUACUAUUCCUCAUUGUGAUUAUUUUCAAUUAUAUCGUUUACAUAUAUUGUAUUCUUUAUUGAGUGUCUUACUAUUACUUGUAGGUCACUGUGAGGUGGUUUUAUAAACUAACUAAUGAUGUUAAGAAAUAUAAAUACACAUCUGAAUGUUGCCACUUUUAGUUUGGCCUACAGAAGGUCAACUGUGCAUGGCUUUCUGUUUUUGCUUUCAGCAUACUACAGAGCAAACCAUUUUUGGAUUGUGGUUUGCCAUGUGGUUCAAAGGGCUGUUCUUUGAGGAAGAGAGAAUGAUGUCCAGAAAUGUAACUGAAUCUGUGGAGAAUAUAGUCACACGUCUCUUUGCUUUCUGAACUCAGAUGCUUUGAAUUUAAACAGAGCCAGAGGUUGCAGUGGCUAGCUGUUCAGUUUCAGUUUGGGAAACCUAGGUUCACCAUGUCUUCAUCUAACAUUCCCCCCUGGAAUCUCUUAAUAUAAGCAAUAUUGCUCUAAGCUCCUUGGAGAAAGGACAAGAUACAAUUAUGUUAUAAUAACAGAACCAUGAUGAAGUUAAACUAUGAAGAACAAGAUCCAUCCCUCCAGUUUAUUUAUAUAUUCAUCUAAGCUAACGUUUCUUUCCCCUUCUUCAGCUUUCUAAAGUGUCUUUAAUUGUAAUCAGCUUAAAUAGCUUAAAUUCGCUUCAGGUGAAUUGGGUCACAACAUAGGGUCUUCUGCAUGAAAUAGGGCCCAUUUAUGAAAAUUAUGGCUACAUUUGAGGUAUCCUUAUGUUGUAGAAAGCUGGAUUUUCCAGAAUGGUCUCUUGAGGGGCUAGGAUACGAUUGACAGCUGGCCUGGCAGGUGGAUGAAGACAUUAGUGUGUGCAUGCGUGCCUCAAAAGAUAAGUUAAAAUAAUGUGCUCUCUGCUUGACUUAUUUUUUUUUCCUAGUAGUUUGCCAAUUUUAUUUUUGCAUCAGCCUUUCUGCAUUCAGACACAAACCUCUGCACUCAAGAACAUACUCCCUGAACUGAGUUGUCAAGCCACCUCACAACAAGUUACUUUGUUUUGCUACUCAUUCACUUAGAAUUAUGUGGCCUGUUAUCUCAGAUCAGCCUUUGAGGAAUCAGUCUUGACAUUGAGAAGGCAGGAUGGGUAGGGAUAAGUUGUGAGGCACAAUUAAAUCUUGGAAAGAGUAAUAAGUAAGUGGCAGGAAAGUCCUUUAAGGAGAUAAAAGUUUAAAUGAAUGUCCUACAGUGUAGUAGUUCUUUCCAUUUAUUGCUAUUUCUACUUUCCAUUUCCACUUACUACAACCUACUAUCCCAUUAUAGUAGAUAUUAAUAUACUGACAAUUUUAAAACAACAUUCCUGGAAUAUUAGCACCACAAAAGAUUCACCAAAAAUGAGGCUUUAGGGCUAAACUAGAUGUGAUGGGGACACCAACAUUUGCUCUCCAUAUUUCUGCUCCAUUCAAGUAUAAAAUGAAGAGAACUUAAUUUUUACAUGAAUAUAUGGAUAGGGAGAACUGAGCCCCUCUCCCCACACCAAUAACAUUUCUCCCAGAUUGACUGUGGUAUCAGAAGUGAACCAUUUUGGCACUUGAAGCAGCAGAGUCCCAGGAAUUAAUAUAGCGGAGGGGGGGGGGAUAAUGUAUCCAUUUUCAUAUAAAAUAUUAAACAUAUCCUUUUCUCCCUUUUAUGUGUAAAUGGAGAAGAUAUGUAGAUAAAUAUUAGCAAUGUCCAGUUUGGAUUCUUACCUAAUGGACAGGUCUCUGAUAACAUUAGGCAGCUGUUCAAUGUUUCAUAAAUGUAACCCUGGCUGUUAUUAAGAGCUGAGGUUACAAGGGUGGGCUUGGGACAUUCAUUAAAGUAAUUGAGGGAUUAUAUCACAAUUGGGAGCAGUUGCCUCUUUGAAUGGGACAGUUGUUCACUUAACAAGUGAAAAGUGAUAGGCGUUCCCCUGUUAGAUGUUUAGCUGACCCCAUCAUAAUAAAAUUAAGCAAUGUGUCAAAUCUGUAUUACUUAAAGAUGGCCAGAAGAACUAUUCUGGAGAGAUUCAACAUGAACUUCAAGAGUAUGGAACUAUAUUGCAUUUGGAAAUUAGUUUAAAAUUAAUGAUGGUAAAAACUCAAGCUGUUUAGAACCACCCUGAUAUGGUUAACUCCAGAAUGUACUCAAUUGACUCAAAUCAUGUUUUGGAAAUACAUGGUAAUGAUAAUUGUUUUGAAUCUGUGUCAGAUUGAGGAGAGAAAUAAUAGUUGGUUUGUGUUUUUUAACCAUUAAGGAAUAUAUUAAGUGUGGGGAAAGAUGAAAUUAUGCUUCUUUGGCAGGAUUACAACCACUAAAAUAAGUAUUCUACUUAGAAUCAAUAUUUUAUUUCAAGUAAUGUCAUUAUAAGUCUUCAAGCAAAAAACUGAAAGCAUGGAAAAAUUGCUUAAUGGCUUCAUUUUGGGUGAAUAAAAGCCAUUACAAUUGAGCUAAAGAAGGAGGUUUAGCAAUCCCAAAUAUGUCUGUAUGCAGGCCAGGUGAGAGCUGUCUUUAAAUUGAGGACAGAUUCCCUAAAAUAGGUAAUCACUGAGGAAGUCAUUUUCUAAGGAAACCUUGAACAUUUUGUUCUGGCAGGUGUAAGAAGAUAAAAUUCUCUCUUUAGGAUGGAAUCUGGAGGUUGCCUUGUGCCUAUGUGAAGCCUUUUUUGAUCUAGUGGAUGGCUUUGCUAACAGAAGAAAGGAGAAAUUAUUUGUGCCAAUUCUUCCACUUACUUGCAGCAGCACCCCACAAAAAUUGGUUCUGGAGAGUUAGGAUACUCUCCAGAGCAGGAUGGGUGUUUGCGUGUGCAAGAGGCUGCAAAUUUGCAAAAUUCACCUCCACUCCUCUUCCAUUGUAAAGACCUUCCAUAAGUACAUGGGCAACAAAUUGAUCUCUAACUUAGUCACUUUAUCAACAGCAGAGUUUGGGAAGCUCGGAAAAUGAAAUUGUCAUGAUGAAUUCUACUUCCUGCCCUCCCCCAGGAGUUCAUUAAUAAAGGUAAAAAAAACCUAGAUAAAUAUAUUGGACAUGCAAAAAUAAGAGCUUUCUAGAUGCAUGGGUGUCCUGGAUUUUAACAACUGAAAAAGAAUUUACCUGUCCAUUGGUUUAUUUAUUUACAAUUUUAAAACGAAUUCUCUCAGUGAUUAUCCAUUUUGGAGAACCUAUCCUCAAUUCACAGCAGCUCUCUCUGUGGGGAGUAGAAAGAGAUAACCUUUCUAAAUCUUUAGUUGUAUAGUUUAUUAUUUUAAUUAUGCCAUUGUGUAGUAAAGGCAGCCUUUCUGCAUAUUCUUCAUUUUUAUAUAAGAUGGAUUGAGACCUACUUUUGAAUGUUUUGUGGUAUUAAUGGUCUUCCUGGAAGAACUGUUAAAUGUAAUGUGAAAACAUGUGUAAGACCUAGAAUAUGAAAAAGAUUGUGGUAGAGUGUGUGCUAAAAUGUUGGUCUGUGUUGGCUCGUAGUCUUUCCACAAAGAUGGGAUUUGGGGGAUUCCAUUAUAUUUCCUUGCUGUUUCUCACAGCAAGGCACUUGAGCUGGAAUUUUUGGGAGGAGGAAUUUGUACUGUGUUCAUUAUAAUCUCCCUGUGGAUUGCCCAGCAGAACCUGGCAUUGCAAGAGGCACAAUGCUACAGUUGCUAAUUUUACAAGCCACUUGAUUGUUAAAGGCAGAGUGUGGAACAAAAUCAAUCUAGCCCUAGAGCAGCUGAAUAGUGCAAAAACAAAAACAACAAAAACAAAAUAUAAUGAAUAGUGCUGUGUAUCAUGAGUUUGUAGCUUGCAGUUCAUUUCAAGUGUCAUUAUUUUCUCUUUAUAUAAGCUCUACAUAUUAUUAUUUUUUACUAAAAUGGCGUAUUUGAAAAUUAAAAGGAAAAUUCAAGCUUCCAUGGUAUAUAAAACAAAUACCAAAGAAAAGAACAUUUUCCUCUUCCUACGAAUGUUCUGUAGGAAGAAUUAAAACAAACGGUAGCAGCUAAUGUAGUGGCUAAUGUAGACUGUUAAGAAACAUGCAUUAACUUGUUGGCGUAAAUGUUGGAGGUGCUUCACACCUGUUGAGUACAGUAAAACAUGGCCAAUAUACAGCUCAAGAUCAUGCCAACAUCAGGAGAACAUCAAUGACAUACGUGAAAUACUCUUCUUCUAUCAGUCAUGGCAGCAUAGCAGUCAAAUUAGCUUUAAGACUGAACUUCAUAAAUUCCUGACAGCUAUUGUGGUCUGUUGGGAUUUGAAAAGUUCCUCAUACAUUUCAAGAUCUUGGUCUUUCUUCCUUUGACACUGAGGGCUGAUUCUAAUGUAACAUUUAGCAUUAGCAUGGAUACAUUUUUAAGUUAUCCCCUAAUUGCAUAUGGUGGAAGUGGGUCACAAUAUAUCAUCGCUAGCAGUGAUCUUCUGAGCAUAGAAUUUUCCAUGUGAAGCUUAGAAUGUGCAGUUGAGAAAGGCAAUUUCUGAAAACCCUUCCAACAUAUGCAUCUACUGGUUAUAGCAACUAACGUGGAAACAAAACCAGUUGUACCCUCUUAUAAGUAGGGCUGACUUAGAGAACCUAUCUUGUUCAUAUGUUUACUGUGGGUGUUUUUAUUAUAAAAAUAACCAGUUCACCUGGAGAAACCAUUGAGUUGUUUAUUUUUAGAUAUCAGCACAGUAUGUUGGAGGAGCAUAUAUUCUGCUAUCUUUUCUAAGGCUUAUUUUCAUGACAUUUAAAAAACUAUGCAUUGUGGUUAAAGUGAGUCAGUGUUCUCAUUUAACUUUUCUAAGCUGUGAUUAUAUGGGAGUUUCUGCUUCUUGUACAGCAAGUUCACAGAAAUAAAGCUAAAUCUGUCAUGAGUGCUUGCAAUUUGUGCAUCAGGAUGCUUGCUCCCCAAACACUAAUUACCAUUGAAAUACCUAGUUCACACACAUACCAUGCAGAAAACACAGUCAGCACAAUUUUUAAUGAUUUUGCUUGAAAUGAGGGCUUGCCUUCUGCUGCUUUUCUUAAGUGAAGGUGGUGAACAUUCACAUGUAUGGGAAUCCCUCUUUUUACCUGGUCAAUAAAAUGCAUUUUCAUGUAUUCACAUUUUAUGCUUAGAUCAAGUAGAAAAUCUCUUGCUCUAUAUCCAAUUUAAUAUGCUUUAUGGAACUCCAGAACACUGAACAAAAUGAAGCUGGAUCUAUAAAAUGUAAUCCUAGCCCUAGUAUGGUGUAGGUAGGGAGAUAAAACUUAGGAAUGAAAAGGACAAAAGAAAUCAAUAUUAAACUUACAUUGUCAGAAACCUUAAUUACAUUCAUUGAAAGACACUUGCUGAUCUAACAAUUGCCUUAGCAUUUAGUAGAACCCUUGCGCAUAAGAAGCUUCUGUUCUGUGAGAUGAAACCCACUUCUUUAAGAGAAGUUUCAAACUAAAAUUUGUGCACUUAGUUUGAUAGCAUUAUAUAUUUCUGCAGAAUCAAAUUGCAAGACCCGUAAACCCUUAAUAGACAUGUCUUGAAUAGACUGUUCCUUUUAAAAAUGUUUAAUAACAGAUUUAGCUAUCAACCAGAUUCUGUGGUUUCUUGACACAAACCACAAAACAGUCUGCUGAAAUAAUAAGUAGCACCUAUCUUUGGAAAGUUUCCCAGAGUUGGAAACUGCUGCAGAAGCUGUAAUUUAUUUAUUUUUCAUUUUUAAAAGUCUGAAAAUUUAAAAGUUUGAGAAUUAAUUUGAGAGCAAAAAGUUCGUUCAUCAAAUUAUAGUUUUGAAAGUUGUUUAUCCCUGCCUUUGUUCACAUAUUGUAUUUCACGCCUAAUACCAUGUGUUGUCUUCAACAUGAAGUUCCAGAUUCAAUGUACGUAGUAUCUGAUUGACAAGCAAACACCCAUAUGUGUACAGCAUCCACUAACUUAACCUUUCCUAACUGAACAAACUAAUGGCCAGGGGGGGGGGGGGGUUGCCUGCAUGCAAGGGAAAAUUGAAAAAAGGAAGAAAGAGGAGACAGGGGAAAGAGGGUGGAAGAGAUUAUAGUGGCUUCUGUGCAGAAGGUGAAAAGGGUGCUUAGUAGUUUUAUGCAGUGGUAAGGGGAAGCUCUAGGGCAGUGGUGGCCAAACUUGGCCCUCCGGCUGUUUUUGGACUAUAACUUCCAACACCCCUAGGUAACAGGACCAGUGGUCAGGGAUGAUGGGAAUUGUAGUCCCAAAACAGCUGGAGGGCCAAGUUUGGCCACCACUUCUCUAGGGAGUUAAUAUGGAGGGGAUGGCUGAGGGGAUUGGUGAGUGGAGUGAACAGGGGCACAGCCCCAAAUUAGGAAAUAAUAUUGUUGUAACCUAUUGUUGUAACUUAUAACAUACAUGUAUAUGAUUCGUGUAUGGGAACAUACUUAAUUGUUGUAUCAAUAGAGCACCAUAGUUUGACUUGGAAUAAGUUUGCUUUUUUUUUACAAUAACGACUGGUUUACAUAUGUUUUGUAGGAUUAUCUAACCAUUCACAAGUAUGGCAAUGCUGCCAGAAAGGACCUAUGGAACACACUGUCAGAGGUAAUACAGUUUAAAGUUUUCAGGGAACUUGGGUUAACCUCAGGAGUAAAUAUCCCAUGCUGAAAUUCAUAUUCCUGUUAAUGAGUGUUUUAUUUGCGUGGCUGUAUAUCAUUUUGGAAAAUCCUUAAAUAAAAACUUAUGGAACGUGAAAGACAGAGUAUCUAGAAAUGGAUAAUCAAAACAAAUGGAUCCAGAUAUCAGCUCCUUUGAGAUGAACUGAAGGGAAGCAGGAAGCAACAUAGAAGUGUAAUGGACUAAAAGAGAAGCUGUUUAUGAAUUAGUGCAGUCAACUAUAAGUAUUCUGUGCAGCCAAAUAACUGUAAUGUCAGUCAUGAUGGAAAAGAGCAUGUGAAAAAUCCUCCUUCCCAAGUAUGUGCUAGCUGUUGCUUCACAAACAGAAAGACAGAUUAAAAUCAUAUUGAAUAAUGUGCAAAGGGGCAUGGGUAGCAAAAUGCUCUUUACAUGGAUAUACUUUUGCCCCAACGCAGCUCUAGUCCCACAUGACUAGAUGAACCAGCAUGUGGCAGGGAAUAUGCCUCUAAAUGCUCAUUGCUAAAGAAGGGGGCCAUACUUCAUUGAGAUGAAAGGGUUCGCAAAACGCGCAUCGAAAUGCAUCAUUUGAGCAUGGCAGACACAAGAUUUGAGAUUCUCUUAAAUCAGAAAAAGAAUGCAAUAGUUCCUCCCUUUUCUGAAGAACAGUUGUCUAGUGCCACUUAAACAUUACAUCAGCACCAUUUUAACUGCAGUGAAGGCAGGUCUGGGUUCCACCAUGACUAAGGUUUAAAGUCUUUGUAUAAAUUUGGUAAUUAAAAUUGUCAAAUCACAGUCCUGUGUCCACUUUCUGUCUAGUUCCUUUUAAUAUGUUGCUAGCAAUGGGCUAGCCUCUGUUGUAGGACUGGGGAACCUGUGGUUUGGCAGAUUUCAUCGGUCCCAGCCAGGGUGGCCAAUGCCAGGGAUAAUUGGGAUUGUAGUCCAGCAACAUCAGAAGAAGCACAAGUUCCUACCCCAGACAUGAAUACCCUAUGUUAUUUUGUGAAUGGUUGUUUUUUGAAGUGAAGCAAAGAGUAGUAGUCCUCUAUUCUCUCCCCACCCUGAAAGGUAACAUAAUACUGGCAGUACUCCCUGAAUAUAUUGAAUGAAAUUUUUUCUCUUCUUUUUGUUUUGAAGGCACUUAAGAAGGUUGGGAAAUUUGUGAAUAUCCAAGAAGUAAUGGAUCAGUGGACACUGCAGAUGGGUUAUCCUGUUAUCACCAUCAAGGGAAAUGAAACUGCAGAAAAUAUUGUAGGAAUCUCCCAAGAACACUUUAUUUAUGACCUUGAUGUUAAAACCAAAGAUCGUGGCCUUGGAAACAACAGGUACUCAACAUUUAUUGUUAAAAGAAUUAUGCUUUACCUUGUUUUGAUGUCAUUUUGUCACAAAACUUGUUAAAUGAAAAAUUAUAACUAAAGUAUUGAUAGCACAGUAUGGCAUUCCUGUGAUUAAGCCACAUUCCUUAAGUAAGUUAAAUCAGAACACUGAGUAUUUACACAUUUUCUACCUUAAAAAAAAAUAUUUUUGCUUUUAAUCUGCUGCAUGUCUAUUAAGAGAGAGACAGGUUUAGAAGUAAAAUGCACAUCCAGAUGGAAGUCUAUACUCCAGAACAUUUUUGCACAUAUUAAAGCUUCUGAGAAUAGAACACUAUUCUCAGAAGCCGCAGAAUACUGUUCUCAGAAACAGGUACUUCUGAUUUAUCCCAGUCACCUUAUCCUUUUGUUCACUAUGCCAAUGGGCUAAGAUUUAAAGAAAGAAUAGUUAAACAUAUAUUACAUAUGAAUGGGAAAGUUUUCUUGAUUUUGCAGUCUUGACCUCAUACUCUAUUCGGCAGCAGUAUGUAAGUGAUAAACAAGACUAGGUCCAUUAAAUAGAGCACUUAAGCAUUUUAUUAGGAAAAAAAAGGAUGCAGACAAGCUUGUUGGAUAUUAUUGACCUUAUUCCUAUGUUGUCAUGUCACUCCUAUUUAAAGUACUUGUCUAAAAUAGGAUUUCCUGUAUAUACAAGUUGAAGAAUACACAAAUUAGCACAGGCAUAAGCAAACUCGGCCCUCUAGCUGUUUUGGGACUACAACCAUCAUCCCUAGCUAACAGGACCAGUGGUCAGGGAUGCUGGGAAUUGUAGUCCCAAAACAGCUGGAGAGCCGAGUUUGCCUAUGCCUGAAUUAGCAGAAGGGUUUCAUCUAACCGAGUUACUCUAAAUUCAACCUUCAUGACCUCCCUGUAUCUUCUGACACAUAUGCCCUAACACAUUUAUUAAUGGGUGCGUGCAAAGGUGUUCUCCAUAGAUAAUAAUGAUGUCAGCCACCAAAGGAGGUGCAAGAAGCAGAAUCUGAGCCCUGAACAUCUCUCCACACUCUACAACUUUAUCAAUACCACAAAAACCCUGUUCUGUUGCUAGGCUCCUUGCGUAGGUUGUUUACUGUUGAGAUGUAAGGAUGUUUUAGAACAUUCUGCGGUAUCCCAGCAGCUCUACCAAUAGUUGAAUGGGUCGUUUCAAUACACGGUGACUUGGUCUCAGGGACUGGACUGAGGAGGAAUGGUGGAGGCCGCCCCCCUCCUUCUGAACCUUCCCUGGAGGAGGAGGACAGUAAAGAUUUACAACAGUGGUUUGCAGAAGGUCAUGACUCUGAGACAGAAGGACAAAGCUGGGAGAUAAUGGAAGAAGAAGAGGGGGGAACAGAAGAGCCAGAACAGCUGGCUGACACAUUAUCAUUAGAAAGCAUUCCAGACCCCACUUCUCCUAGGACCAGGAGGGCAGUGAAAGUGGGAGAACAGAAAGCGAAUAGACAAAGGGCCUCAUGCAGCCACCAUAUAAGGGGUGGAGCUGCUGUCGAUUGAGAGUAAAGUGGGGGAAGAGAUUACUCAGAUCAGCACCAUUAUCCUAGAGACAGCAUCCUGCACCUCUCUCUGUGAAUAUUCAAUAAAAUACCUUGGUAAGAGCUUCUUGUAUUUCCAUUACUGGUAGCCUGCUGUGAGAGAGGGGGGUUGGAUUCCCUGAAGCCUAGCACUUGGAGAGUUCUGUAACAUCACAGCUGCACAGCCUGUGCCUACAGAUGGCCUGUAAACUGUGCCCCUUAUACUAGGUUGAGCAAAGUAGGGAGGGGUGGGCUUAAUCCAGAAAGAGAUGUGACUACGUGGGGCAUUGGAGAGGGGCAACGGUCGCUUCCCCUUCUGGGGUUAAUUGUCACUUUGGAGCAGAAGGUAUGUUUGGUCCAAAGUGGAGGAGAAGGGUUUUCAGUUCAAGCAAAAAGACCGCCUGAUUACAUAGGUACCACUAGGAAUGUAGUCAUACCAUAUGUCCAUGUAGCACAUUGUCUAUAUUGACUUGCCGUGACUCUUCAGGGAUCUGACAGGGAGCAUGCUCAACCCUACUGAGAGAUGUUUAGUUUCCACCUGGGACCUUGUGCGUGCAAAACCUAUAGGAUGUGUUUCCAUGUACAUUUCCAUUACUUGGUGAGCACCUUGCUAAUUUAUUUGUAAUAAACCCAUGAGUUUCUCCUGUUUUAUUUUAUUUCAGCAUUUAUAAAGUGUUUUAGUCAGAGAAUAUUAGAGCAGUGCACAGAAACUGAAUGUAGAAUAUAAAGAAGAUAACAAAACAGUGUUAAAGCCCACAAUAAUUCAGAAAUAAAUAAUGUUUUUUCCCCAUCCUUGCCUGCUGCUAGAUGAUCUGGUAGUGCUGGCUCAGUAGUGGCAAUCCUCUGAUUUGAUUUAUGUGGCAGUGUCACUUCACUCAGCUGUCACUGCACCUCAUUAAUGAAAUGCAAAAAUAAGAAUGUGGGAGGUAGAUAUUUGGUAGAUUAGUCUUCACAAGGGCAGGUUUGGUUAUCUCAUAGCUUAUCUAUGAUUAUGAAGAUUUCUACAUGGCAGAAAAUGUCCCAAUUAAACUUAGCAAUGCCAUGUUUCUCAUUCUCAGUAUUUGGUCCUGGUUCAUUUUCUCUCUCUCCUUUGUUUCUCAUUUGAUUGACUGUUGAGCUCAGUUUCAUUAAUAGAUAAAAAGCUCUUUCACCAUGAAAAAUAGAUGAAACAUGCUUUACUUCAAAAUAUUUGAAAUCAUGUAUAUGCUUUCUUUUUAUCACUUUUAUAAAGAUUAGAAACUGCUACAGACAUGAAACAUGCAUGAUAUCCACAUGCAUAUCAUUCAGUAGCCAUGCGCUUUCAGUAGUUUAUCAUACAAAGUUACAUACGAAAAAUGAAAAUUAAAUAACAUUGUGCAUUAAUCACCAGUCUCCAUAACUCUGAGAAGAAUGUUCAAAUCAUUGUAAAUAAUGAGUGGAGUCUAAUGUCACUUUGGAACCUAUAUUUCUAAAACACGGGGAAUGUUGCCCAUUUCUGCACAUACUCAUUCUCAAGAUAAUGAUUUUCUCAAGCCCACACAUACUUUGUUAGCUUGAACAUAAGCUGCCAAGCCCAAUAUUUUUAAGUCCAACAGUGGCAGGGUAAUCGAUUUUUGCAAAUACGAUUUUAGCUUUGGUCCAUAUUUUAGUAACCAUUUCCACGUCUUUACUGUCCACACAGCCAUGUAAGUAUUUCAAAAGAAAUCUUAAGGUGUUACUCGGGAAUAGUAUAAUUUGUUCUACGUACAUUUAGUACAUUCUAGAUACUAAAAAAAACUUUUUAAAAAAUCAAGUCCAAAAAAAUACAAUCUUUGUGCAGUUCACACACUGCCAACACUAACCAUGAAUCAAAUUAUUGAUCUGUGCAGAGUAAGAUACCACUUUGAGUGUCUUUCUUUCAAGUUUGUUACUAGCAAUUUCUAACCCACAUAUCUCAAAAUUCCUUCUCUCUGUGGUGUCCACGGCACCAUACCCUUGUUGGAAGAUAGCAUAAUUCUUCUGACUUCCCAUCCUCCCAGACAAGCCCAUCUUUUGGACAGAAAGCAGUGUUUAUGUAGAGUUCCCUGGAGUGCUCACUCCAGCAGGCCUUUCAAGCUAGUUUUAUUUCUUCCCUCCACCCCCUUAUCAUAGAAAGGAUUUAGGAUUGGAGACAUAAAAAUGGGGGAAGGGGGAGAGAUGAGAGAGAAUCCUGUACUUCUUCCUGGUGUUAGGAGCUGGUGAGGCUCCAGUGAGGAUAGCUGAUCCACAAAGCAUAUAGACAUCAUCCCCCAUUACAGCUUUGUGCUGCCACCAAAAGAAUACUUCCUUCUCCUAUGACUGGAGUUAAUGAGAAAGAGAGAGCUUUCCUUCCCUAUGAGAAGAGUUUAUGGCAUCUACAGAGGUCUAUCGCUUUCCAAAUGGUCAUGCAGGAAGAAGAGGGCAGGCCUCGACUUAAGAGAACUCCUUCCCACCACAUCUUCUUACUUGAAUUAUCAAUUCUGCACUUAUAGACCUUUUGCACUAACAUGAAACCCAAGGACAUGUAAGUCAAGAGCAAAUCACCCCAGAAUUUCCAACGCUUUGGUGCUCUGGGCUGAGCAGUUUCCAGUUAUGAUCUUGGUGUUCAUGGAGCUGGCCUAGCCAUGAGGUGUCGUGAAUGAGGGCAGAAGAAAGUGCACAAGUGUCAAUGUAAAUUCAAGUCUGGACAUUACAGGCACUUCAUAGUUAUUCCAAAUUCAGGCAGCACCUAUCUGCCUCAGUAACACUUAUUGUUUUCCUAAUCCCAUCUACUUUCGGUUACAGUCCUUAUUCUAGGCAUACUGGGAACCUCCACUGCAAUUUCUGAAUUUCUCCACCAUUAGUCAUAAUCAUCUGCAAUAAAAACUUUCAAAACCUCUCCAGCUACACCUCUGGUUCUCCUCUGUCUGUGACUGUCUAGGACUGUAACUUAAAUCUCCCCAACAUUAGGGAGUGAAAUCUAGUCAGUAUUUAAGAGUCUGUACCUCCUAUAUAACUACUGAAAGCCUUCAUAGUACAAACUAGUAUACUUUGUGUGCUAUUUCCCCCCUUCAUACUGUUCACUUUCGUUGACUCUGCUGUAGUGAAUCAUAGAUAUAAUUCCUUGUAAAUUCUUUAUGGUUACCCAAGGGAUCCAUUCUGUAGCUCUUCUUCAAGAGGAGCAGCAUUUACAAGGAGAACUAUCCCUUUUAAUGAGGUAUAAGUGUACUGUUGACAGAAUAAGGCUUCCUGUUCUUUUGAUGGGAUAAAAUAAAUAUAGUAAGCUUAAUGUGUUUUAAGAAAGCAUAUUGUAGAUUUUUAAAGGUCUUUGAAACCAUCCAGUUUUGCAUUUCUCUGCUCUAGUUUUGGCAGCAGUAGGAGUAUGUCGGCUCUUUCUCUCUCCUUGAUAUGGCAGCCAAAUUGUCUUAAGAACAGAAAGAGGUGGACUAACUUAGCUUUAAAUAUGUAGUUUACAAAUUAUGCUGGGUGUUGCUUGUAUCACAUUCUCAAACUGUGUUGGUGCAUCUCAACAUCAUCAUCUGCUUGUCUGUAUAGGUACCUGCAUUGUUUCAGCCAUACUGUUAUAGCUACACCUGUGAAAUCCUGUUUUCAAAUGGUUUCAUAUGUGUGGUUACAAUCACCCUAAACUGUGUGGUAGAAACUCCUGACAGUUAAACAUUCCAAAAAUGCACGUCUUGAGAUCAUUUUCAGCCACUUCCUUAAAUAAUAUUCAAGAUGCACAUUGAGAAAUAUAAUGUCAAAGGAGUCUUCGUAGGAGCUGGGUGUCCCCAAGAGGUAACUUCUUGAUUAUACUUUUCAAGAUUAUACCUGCCAAGCUACAAGAUACAAUGCUUUUCAAAAUUAUAUGUGUCUCACUGCAGUAAAUAGUUUGAAUAGUUUGCCAUGGUUUUGGUUUUCAUCCAGAAUCCAAAUAAUUUAAAAAUAAUAAUCAAUGAGAGAAUAAAAAAUAGUUGGUUGGCGAUUUAGAAAAAUAAAGAGCUAUGCUGCUGAGAAUGCUCCCAGUGAUUUGACUUACACUGUUGUUGGAAAGUAGGUAUAGAAUCAGUUUAUUUAUAAACUGGGAAUUUGGUCCAGCCACUAGGCCAGAUCCCAACUUGCCCCUGUCUCCACAGGCCUUUGACAGAAGAAAAAUGGCUGUUUGCUUGCUUGACUCUAACCAUACCUACAAACAGACAAAGCAGGAUUUAACAGUGAGCCCCUUUGAUGAUGCACUUUCAGCAGCAACCAGCUGAUAGUUACUGAAAGCACACCUUAAAGGAGGCCAGUCAGCUUAUUAGCGCUGGCGGUGAGCCUCCGCAGCUGCACUUGGGAGCUCCUGGUGGGGAAUUUUCGAGUACAUCUGAUUCAGCAGCCCUGGAAAGGAACAAUUGGGAGCUCACUUUAAGCUCUUGAUUGGUAGCAACAUCCUUACACAUGGUGUCAGAUGUGAGGCAGGCGGGUGUGGUUUGGGGAAAACUGACUCACAGGCCAAAUUGGGACCCACAACAAGCCUCAUUAGACCCAUGGGGUGAAAGUGAGUGAACGCAUCUUAUGUCCUCCUGUCUCUUGUAAUGGCAAGUACUACUAAACAUGCAAUUUGAUACCACAUUCAGCUCCCCAACCUCUGCAAAUGGCAACCACUGAAGUGCAAUGUGUUCAAAGAAACUUGGAACAUGUGACAUCACAACAUGUUCGCAUUUCUCGACAUUAUAAGGACAGAGAUGAGACAUAGGGAUGCUGCUUUCAGCAGGAACCAAACAUCCUCUAUAACAUCUAGUUUCAGUAUUACUUGUUUAUUUUUCUCUUUUUCCAUGUCAGUAAUUUGCUGAUUCAGACAUCUAGAAUUUCUCCAUGCAGAACGAUCCAUGGUGGCAGUGAUAUGGAGAAAGUAGCAUCUGUCCCAGCAUUUCCAAGAAUGCAGGCUCCUUUUAUUGCCAGCAAUUCAAGUGAGCACAAAAGCCCCUUUUUAGCCACCUCAGUAGUACAAGUGACUACUGAGGAACAGCACCUGUUUAUGUAAUUGUGUUUUGUCAGGUGCUUUUCCAUGUCACUGAGUCCACAUGGUUGCUCCAUUUUACAGAGUUUCAGAAUUUUAAAGCAGUCCAUAGUUUCAAUAAUAGUUAACAUCAGCAAAGCCCACAGAUGUCUGGUUGAAUGCUUUCACAUUCUGUUCCUGUUUCUGGAUAACAAGAAUCCCCAGCAAGAAUUUGACCAUUCCUUCUGUUUUAAAAACAAGCUUAAUGACAAGGUUCAAAUAUCUAGUAAUUCUCCUGUUAAUGAUCUUAUGUGAGUGUUCCACCAUGAUGAAAAAGAAAUAAUAGCAUGAGUUUCUGACAGUUCCUGAACUCUAGUUUUACUUAUCUUUAAUCUUGAUGAUGAAAAAUAAUAAACAUGCAAACGCAGCCCCAGACUUUCCUUUGUCUAUCUCUUUAAUUUGACAUGGCUUCCCUUGAAGUAUGAAAUUUUAAACAGACCAAAGACCCCAAUGUAGUUUGCCUUCAUAUUUGUUAAAGCUCUUUUUAAAGGGUGCAGCUAUUAUUGAUUUAAACAAGGAAAUUGUAUUAAUUAUAACCCUCUCUUUCUGCGCAUCCUAGAUUUUUCUGUUUAUCCCAGAAUUUUAUGCCAUUGACUCUUGAGUAGUCAUAUUCACUGAAGUGCUUAUAAUAAACAGUAAUCAGUAAUUUGGCUACAUGCUCUAAUAAGCAGAAAAUGUGGAAGAAAAUGGGCUUUGAAGUAGGAAAGAAUAUGGGGGGGGAGUGGAAAAUAGAAUAGCUUCAAUGAAAAGCAAAGUAAUAUUGGAAAAAUAUGAAGACAGUAAUGGCUUGAAAGAGAAAACCAACCCCAGUUUGGCAAGAGAGAUUCUGGCAUGCAAGCAACCUUCUGGGCAAAUUGCAGAUGCCCAUCUCCACCCAUGUUGCAAUGGUAAUCCAAACUCUAUUGAACUGGCUAAGUGCCUCUUUUGCAGAGACACUCCAACAUCUCUUGGUUACUUUGAAAGCAAGGUAAGCAAAGCAAAAACCUUGCAACCCAUGAUAUUUUAAUAAUUGUAACAAUUUUUAAAAUAGAAUUCUUUUCUUUAUAAAUGGAUGGUCAAUAAUUACAGGAGGAUUUUUAAGCACAGCACUAAUAUGUACAUGAAGGACCUGUGAGUUUCUUUCAACUGUAGCUGAGUUAAAGCAAACCACCAUUGGUUUGCAUCCCGAUGUAAUCUUCUGUGAAUGGAAAGUCUUUUGAUCCAGCAGAGCCAGUGUGGUGUAGUGGUUAAGAGAGGUAGUCUCGUAAUCUGGUGAACCGGGUUCGAUUCUCCACUCCUCCACAUGCAGCUGCUGGGUGACCUUGGGCCAAUCACACUUGUUUGAAGUCUCUCAGCCCCACUCACCUCACAGAGUGUUUGUUGUGGGGGAGGAAGGGAAAGGAGAAUGUUAGCUGCUUUGAGACUCCUUAAAGGGAGUGAAAGGCGGGAUAUCAAAUCCAAACUCUUCUUCUUCUUCUUCAGAGGGAUCCUACUGACAGAGGGGGAGACACAACUUCAGCUGAUCUCCCAUCUCCCUGGAAGCCCUAAUGCUACCUCCCACACAGUUCCAGAAGGGACCCACCUCUCUGAAACAGUGUAGGAGGCAUUGGUUGGAGUGGAAGUAGAAAUUGGCAAAAGCCACGUUUCCCUGAGAUCCUUCCAUUCAAGCGAUAGCACCGCCCACAGGUGCAAAGUCUGGAUCCAAGCCAUAAUGUUUAUGCUUUAGUGCAGAAGUGCUGAUCAAUUAUAGCAGCCGUGUUCUAAUGCAAAUGACAGUUUCCCAUUAUUCUUUAGGAUUGGUGCAUUGCUUUUUAAACUGAAAAACAUUUCUGUAAUAAGCUUAAAUUAUUGGCAGGGGUUAAUUAAUCUUUAAAGAGUAGGUGAAGGAAACAGGAAAAAUCAAGAGAAGUGCAUUAAUUGCUUUACAGCAAUUCUUCAGCAAUUGCUUCUACUUGUUUCUGUUUUCCUAGUUGCAUGGUUUUGUUUUCAAGUAUUCAGCCUACCAUUUAACUGAAAGGCAGUAGCGUUCAUGUUUCUUUAAUAGUUCAUAGCAGCUGUUCAUAUAACUUAAGCAAUAUUCAAGUAUACAGGCAAAUUGUUAUAGCAAUUGAAAUUAAUUGCCCCACGAUCAGCCACAUUUCAAAUGCCUAGAAUAGUAUGCUGAGUGUUUUACAACUCUGAAGACAAAAGUGUCCAAUGACAUAAACUUUUAUCCAUUAGUAUUAUCAUGUACCUCCAGGAGGCAAGUUUCCUUUCUUGAUGAUAUACAACAAGCCAGAAUAGGUGAUGAACAGUCAGUGAAAAACUAAUAUUUGCUAUAUAGUUAUCCUUCAGUUCAGACAAAAAAUCCAUCACUCAGAAUUCUGAUACCAGGAGAGGAGGACUGAACAACCUGUGGUCCUCCAGGUGUUUCUGGCCUACAAAUCCGAUCAUCCCUGAACAUUGGACAUGCUAUCUGGGAUUGAUGGGAGUUAGAGUCCAACACAAUCUGCUGAAGCACAGGUUCCCCAGUGCUGCAGCAGAUGCUUCCUUCUGGGAAGCUCACAAGCAGACCAUAAAUGCCAGAGCUCUGAAUGCUCAGUGGUGUACUGGAGCUUCCACCUGAAAAUCACGAGGGAUUUGUCCAUUGGUGGCCAGUAUGGUGGGGCCUCCCAACACCGUCACUGCAGUUAAUGGAGAUGGCACUGGAGCAGGGCAGGGAGGUUGGGACUUCACAGGCCCAUUGGUGGAGCCACUCAGCUGCUCUUGCCAAUGCAUCUGCACAGCUGCAACUUCACCAUCACCCUGCUCCAUUCCAGCAGCGUCCAGGUAAGCUGCAGUGAUGCUGGUGUUGGGAAGGUGUCUCUGUCUCAACACACCAGCCACUACUGGAUGUCUCCAAUUGCCCCUCUUUUUGAUGUCGUCAGUAGAUUUUGAAUUAUACAGAAUUUUAAGAGAAACACAAAUAACAGACGCAAUGCCAAUUGUCACUUACAGGCAUUAAUUCUAGUUGCAUAAUCCCCUCUUGAAGCCGUCUAAGCCAGUCACUAUCGCCACUUUUUCUGGCAGUCUAUUCUAUAAGUUAAUUAUGUGUUGUAUGAAGAAGGGCUUUGUUUGUCCUGAAUCUCAUGCUAAUCAAAUUUGUUAUAUGACCUUGAAUUCUGACAUAAUGAGGCAGGAAGACACAUUUAUUUAUAUUCACUUUCCCCACACCAUGCAUUGUUUAAUAAACAUUUAUAGCACGUCCUAUUCUCCUCCUACCCGCAAACCCAGUCAUCUUUCACUCUAAACUAAAAAGCUGAAACCCUAACCCUUUUGACCACCUUUCCCCCAUAAAUUUCCAGUUCUAUAAUCCUUUUUUUUUAAAAAAGGAGUUUGGCAACUAGAAUUGUACACAGUAAUCUUAAUGCAGAAGCACCGUGUUUGUAUAGAAAGACACCACAAUAUUGGCCAUUUAAGUAACAAUUCCUAGUAUGGGUUUUCAUUUUACAUCAAUAUAAGAAGGCAAGAAGAGCCUUCUGAAUCAGGCCAAUGGCCCUUCUAGUUCUGCAUCUUGUUCUCACAGUGGCCAACCAGAUGCCUAUGGGAAACCCGCAAGUAGGAUCUGAGCACAAGAACAUUUUGGUCUUCCAAAGCAUUGCUUCCUCCAACUGUGGAUGUAAGAGUACAGCCAUCAUGGCUAGUAACCAUUGAUAGCCCUGUGAAGUGCUUGACCUUUGCCAAUAGACAACUUACCUUUGUGCAGGAAGGAGUGCCUCCCCUUUGUGUGAGGAGCACUGCUCCCUGUUGUUUUGGGCAAAGAGUGUUACAGGAAAGGAGAACAAGGGUAAGUUAAUAAGUAAGUAAGUAAGUAAGUAAGAGCUAUCCCUUUUCUGGGUCCCCAGCCAACAAGAUUUACGUUGUCCUUUCAACCAGCCUUCCAGGCUAGUGGUGCUUCUAGGUUGGUGACAACCAGGUCAGUCCAGCUAGGUACUUGGUAGGGUUCUUGUCCAUCACCAAUCUAGAGGGGUGGAGGGGUCACCAUCAUGUUUGAGGAAUAAAUCACCAUCACCAGGAAACCUAACCACUCGGUAUUUAGAUUUAAGGUUUGUAUCUGAAGCUUGGUCAGAGAGGUGGAGUAGAAAUAAUGUUCAUGUACCACCCUCCCUGCUGCCCAGCCAAGCAUCCUUUCUAUCUGAGCUGGCACAGAUGGGGUGGUGUUCUGGGGGACCUGCUGGGCUGCCAUAGUAGUACAGCUUGGGAUUUCAUGGCCACCAUGACAAAACCAUGAUGCUGCCUCAACCAACACAUUGCUAACCCGGGACAUUGAACUGGGCUUUGCAACAGGGCAGAUGGAGAGUGGAUGGAAUUGGGGAAGGUUUGAAUAACUCCGUUGUCAUAGUCAGACUACUUAGUCAGACUACUUCCAGGUGAGAUUUGGACUGCCGAGGAUAGUUCUCUCCUGCAGUGCUGGGAGCCUCUUAAGAUGGUCUGCCCCUAGAUGGCAAAGGUUUUCAAUACAGUCACUCCUAAGUGCUCUCUCAGGUGUGGUAAAGACUGUGAUGCCCCUUCAUUUUGUGGGGAGUUAAAAGACAACAAAACCACCCAGUAGAGAGAUAUAGCUUAAGUGAGGCAAGUACCACAAUGAAUGCAACCAGGCAAAAGUGAGAGGACAUAAUGCCUACUAUGUGGUGGUGAUGAGAGAAAAUAAAUCCUAUUUUGCUGCCUCCAUUGCAUUCCCAAGGAACCGCCCAGCCAAACUGUCCCAAGUGAUGAAGUCUUUCUUGAGAACUAGCCCAGAGGAGAGGGGAAUGGCAUCUUUGGAAGCCUGCUGUUCCAAGUUUGUAAAGUACGUUGAGAAUAAAGUCACUUGUAUUUGCUUGGAAUGGGAUUCUCUUCUUGAUACGAUCCCUGUGGAGUUGUUCAGAGCAGCGGCAAGUCAGACUUUGUGGGAUCAGUUUCAAUUGUUGUUGCUUGAGGAUGUGGAAAAUACGUUUCAACCGCAUGUAGUCUUGGCUUUCGCCCAUCAUAGCCAAUAACAUGUAACUUGGUGGGUUUGUGUUCAGUGUGGGUUCAGUAGGUAAUUAAUGCUGGGUUACAUCAGGGAGUGUAUCUACUGCCUUUGAGUUGCACUGUCAUCCCAUGAUUUUCCUCUGACAGCGGCAUCAUGCCAACAAAUUCCUCUCCACUUCUGUCAUUCUUCUGGCAUAUCUGAGAAGUUCUGCCAGCGUCUACUAUGCCUGUAGCUAUUCUCAAAUCCCACUGGUACAGAAGAGCUGCUGCCAAAUGCUACAGCCCUUCAUCCAGUAGAUUUUAUGUAUAUGAUUGCACCCUACAUUAUAUAGUAAUAUAAUAUUACUAUGUAGAGUAAAAGGAGAAAAGAAAAUCUGCGUGUGAUGGCUAUCUGUCAGAAAACUCACCAAUGCUAGCAUAUUCACCAGCCAGUGCCUUUAGUGAGGAUAUACGAUGGUAUACUGAAGUACAGAAAUUAUUGCAGACAUAUUUUUAACUCCGAUAUCACUUAAAACAUCUUUUUUUCAAAAAGUAAAUUUUACCUUAAUGGAAAUUUAUGACAGUAUUAUGUAUUUUAUUAUAUAACUGGAUGCAAUUUAAAAUCUGUUACAUUGCACUUCAUCUUAAAGUGGCAAUAAAAGAUGGACAGCAGUCCAGUAUAAUCAAUGAAGUUUAAGCACAUAACCAUGUUCUGAAUUGCAGCUAUAGUAAAAAGCCAGCCAUACCGAUCCACGAUCAUGUCUUCUCUUUUACUGCUUUGUAUUUUAAUAUACUGACUACUUAGCUCUUUCAGUCCUUCCUAAUAAUCCAAAGUCACUGACCUCUCAGUAAAUUUAAUAGCAUUGUUUCUUUUCUGUUAAUCCCACUUGGCUCAUCAUUAUCCUUUGCAUUUGGCAGGGAGGGCAGGGCGUGUGUGAAUAAUAUGGCCGCAUAUUCAUCUUUUAGUCACAAAGAGCCAAUCAUCUGAGGUGGUUAUUUCUCCUGUUGAGAACAUUUCCCAACAGUAGAAUUAAUCAGUUUCCUCUUAGCUAGCUAUUCUAAUGAUCAAAAAUUCAUUGUACUAAAUUAAAUUUCUAUGUCUCGGAUCAGAGCUACAUUUUACAUUGGCAAGUAUUUGCCCCCAAACCUGUGCUUGCCAGAGUAGUAUGACGUAGAUCAGGGGUGUCCAACAGGUCAAUCGUGAUCUACUGGUAGAUCCCCAGGAACAUUUGGUAGAUUGCAGUUAUCACGGGGUCCCUUUCCUUAGUGUAUGUAAAAUACGGUCCACCCUCCAUUGUUGCACGAUCAGCAGAAUGGAAGACGGAGUUUACUCAUUGAGGCUGUUUGUUUCCCUAGCAAUCUGUUGGUGAGUGGCUGUUCCCCUUUCUCCCUUGAGCUUAGGCUUGAAUUCUCAAAAAUUGGGGCCUCCCUCCUCCCUAAGAAAAGCUAAACAACUUUGACCUGAACCCCCCAAAAGGAGGUAGAUAACUGCCAGUUGUUAAUUCUGUGAGUAGAUCACAGUCUCUUGGGAGCUGGCCACCCCUGACGUAGACAGACUGUGUCAUUUGUAGGGGAGAAUCAGUAAGUGGGAUUUUUAAUUUUACAGUCUUGGAGCUGGGCUGGGUUGUUGCUGCUAUUGUAUUAAAGUAAAAUACAGUAUGACCUUCCUCCUGCUAAUUAUCUCCUGCAAAUGGCACUUCCCCAUCAGCAUUACAAGUUAAACUCGAGGCUGGGGACCUGGUGUUUGCCUCAAAACAUAUGGUUCCAUUUCUAGAAGUUCACACACCACAAACCUCCUGGUGGGCCGGAGUGUGUGUGUAUGUGUGCGUGCGUGCGCGUGUGUAUGUGUGCGUGUGUGUGCAUAAGGAAGAGGGGGCUUAUCUCUCUCCCCCCUCUCUCCCCCAGCCCCUCCCAUCCCCCUGCCUACUUAGGGUGCUGCUGAGCGGCAGAAGCUGGCGGCAGCGGCGAAGGAACAAGCAGCCUGAAAGUGCUGCUUUUGGGCUGUUCGUUCCUCCUCUGCCAACGCCAGCAUCUGCCGCUCACAAGGGCAGGCACAGGAGCCCCGCUUGGCAGAGUGGCAGCGGCAAACAGCUUGCUCUGAGGAGGGGCUGCUGGAAAUGUGCUCGGCCAGCUCAGCCCAGCCCCCUUCCUCCUCUCAGCCACACACAGCCACCUCUCGCCUAUUGGCCAGGGCCUCAAACCUUAGCAGGCAAUUGGCCAGCGAUUUGCUGCACCAGGAGGAGGGAGGGAGGAGGGGAAGAGGUUCUGCUGUGGUGAGGGAGAGGGUGGAACAGGUUGGUGGGGAAAAAUGGUGCCCGCACCAUGGCGAAAAAACCAUGGAAUCCCCACGCCGAUCCACAGAACCAGCCAUGGGCCUUAGGUUGCCGACCUCUGCUUUAGUCUAUAGUAGGGUUAGGGAAACUGUGGUUCUUCCUGUGGUUACUGGCUACAAGUCCCAUCUCACCCAAUUUUUGCUCAUGCUAGCUGGGUCUGAUGGUAGUUGAAGUCCAACAUACAUGCACACAUAAUUUUAUUUGUAUUCUGCCUUUUCACAGUUCAAACCGGAUAUACAACAUGAAAAAAGACCUAACUACAACAUAACACAAUUAGUCAUAAACAAUGAAUAAAACAUAAAAACUGAACAAAACUGAAUGGUUUUCACAUAAAUCACAACAAGAACCCUUUUCCCAACGAAAACUUCCAACACCCAAACUUCCAGCCCAAGAGGCUGUUCAGCAGCCUCAGCUUUUGUAGCGGGGAUCAUUGAGAGCCCUGCACUCCCAAGCAAGGUAGAAAAGGCUUGCAAAGCAGGGAGCAGGUCUUCCAGGUCUCACAAUCAAGAUAACGUUGCUGAGAAUCUUGUUCCCACCUAUUGACAUAUACAAUCUCCUUAAAUCCGAAAUGGUGACCCUCAUCUGUAUGUUUACAUACAACUGUAUUUGCAAUACUAUUUAAGAUUGUGUGUAUGGCCCCUCACUUUGGUUGAUACAUUUUGGAGAAGAACUACUGUGGCUGGAUAUGUUCUUUUUUUAUCUUUUACUUACGAGGAUAGAGUGUACAUCAUCCUGCAGAAACCACGUCAAAUAUUAAAAAGGGUAUUCAGUAUAAAGCAGCUCCUGUUGCAAAUGACUGCAUAAAGCUUUGGGUCCAUUAUUCAUGUAUGAAUUUUAUACUAUUAAUAAACUAGAGCUUGAUUUCACCAGUAUGUUACAUCUGUGUAAAAUGGGUAUAAACUGUAGCAUUUUACACUUGAUUUACAGAAAUACGAAUAAUUAUACAAGGCUGUAAGCAAUUGAGGAUAAAAUUUUAUCGUCAGCAGCCUUUAAGAAGAUACUAAAAAUGGCAGUAGUAGAAAUGUAUAUUGUCACUAAAACCAAAGCAUAUGCUUGCUCUAGAUUAUCUUCUCCCUAAAUUAAUUUCAGUUAUACUCUUCUUACUAUUGGAAAUCAUUCCUCUGUUUUGUAACUUUAUUUUUUACUAGAAACUAUCUUGUAAUGAUAGUAUGUAAAAAAAAGGGGGCAUCACUGUCUUUUUUGAAAGAUGAAUGACAUUCUUAUUGUUUUGUUGCCAAUAGCAAAUUUAUUUGAAAGGCAAAGUAACAUUCGAAUCAACAUCUUUGCUCUACUACUGAAAUUGUUUGAUUCCUUUGAUGUAAUCCCUGAUUGCUGUAAAGUGAGAAGAACCAGUUCAGUAUUUUUGUUCUUAGAUCGCCCUCCUUUGUCUUGCAGCUACUUGUGGCAGAUCCCAUUAACAAUUGCAGUAGGAAAUACGAGCCACAUCUCAUCAGAGGCAAUUAUAUGGGUGUCUAACAAAUCAGGUAAAAAUAAACUUUCCUCCCAGUGGAAUCUCAUAAAGCAUUCAUGUGUUUUUUUUCCUGAACUGUUUCUUCACAAUUGAUCUUAGGACAUUGAUUAGCUGUGCUAAACUUUAUUCCUGCUGCUGAAAAUGAAUGGUAAGAAAGACAUUUUUGUUUUAAAGGAGGAAAUGAAAGAAGAGUGUUGUUAAUUUUAACAAAAGUCAAAGAAUAAAUUGAAGAGGCUUUAGACUACAGAGAUACUCUGAGGAAGGUGAAAUCUUAUAUCGGGCCCCAUGCAUGGAACUCCUACAUGCAACUCAUUUCACUUAAUCCAGACGCUGAAUAAAAUAUAGAUGGUGCUUAUACAGGGUUUGUGUUUCGUUUUGAAAAUGAGGCACAAUGAAGACUGUGGUGUCUUUAUUUAUUUACACAUAUAUGCAACCUAAGCCUGUGAUAGAGGGACUCACUGCAUUAAUAUACCAAAAGGGGUCUUACUUAUCCAGUAGCUACAUUAUUGGAGUCAAACAGUAAUCAGACAUUGCUCUCUCCAGUUUGCUGCUUUACUUCCAGCUCACAUUACUGCAACUCAACUCUAAACUUUGGCUUUGUCUUCUAACUAAUCACGAGCUAGGAGAGGGGCGCCAUCCAUUUGCCAUCUCACACAAAGCCCCUUUCUUCUGUUUCCUUAAUGGCCCAUCACCCAGUCUAUCACUUCAACACAGGAAGCUAGCCUGACUUGUAUUUUAACACUUGCUGGAUCUACAGAUUAGAAGUAUCUCACUUACAGCCUACGUUCCUCCCCACACUCAUAAUCCUAUAUUAGACCCCAAGUACAGAGUACUUACAUGAAACUUAUUUCACUUAAUUCAGAGACUGAAUAAAAUAUAGUUGGGGCAAUAAAUAUACAAAACAAUAUAAUGUAUCUAGAUCAUGACCAGUGUAAUGUAGUCUAAAAUUCAUAAAAAUCCACAUCAUUAUUAGUCCAGGAAGGCUACAAAGAAUUGCUGAUUCUUCCUUGUCCACUGAUACCCCAAAGAGCUUCUACUGGCCUUAACAUAGUUACUGGAUGUUGGGCUUUAUGACAUUCACAUUCUUACAACCAUCUUUUGCCACCACCAGGCAUUUUAGGCUCUGGUAUAGCUGUAAUAACAAAUCAAUUCCAUGAUGCUUAGUGUUGCUUUCAGAUUAUGCUUUUGUAUUACUCUGAAACAGAAAGGAAACUCAUUUUGCAAGUGGUAUAUGCUGCUUCUCAUUGCUGUUUUUCUCAUUUUUGCUACUAAAUUUAUAUCACAGCUGAAGUGGCAUAGUCUGUUCGAACGGCAAGAUACAAAUAAUAAUAACAGUAGUAAUAAUAAUAAUAAUAAAUUCCUUCCCAUAGGUGGAAAAAAAAGGAAAAAACUGAACUCAUUUCAUAGAAUAGAAAAGUUAUUAAAAAAAUUCUUCCUCAGUGAAGUUAGGUGAAAGGAAGCAAUCACCUAGUCUGAGUGUCUUUUUGCUCUUUAACAGACCAUUAAGUAGUAAUAAUAUCUCAUUGUGUCCUCUCAUGUAUAAGUGAGAUCUAAGAAUACAGACUUUCUAAUUGAACGAAUAAGGUAUGGCUUUGGCUGCAGAAGGUUGGGUCAGGUUAUUUGGCCAUUAUUAUAUCAUAUUGGUGCCAGCCUUGAUGCUUUCAGUUAAUCUGUCUUUCAGUUAAUCUUUGUCUUUGUCUUUGUCUUUUUUCCUUGCCCUCAUUUGCUUACUCCAUACAUAUUUCACAUUCUCAGAAUUCAAGUUCACUGAUGGUAUCAAGAAAAAAACAAGCCAACAAUAACUAGGAUCACAGCAGUCACUGAUCAACUAUUAUAUGUAUUUCUAAGAAAGUUUAUAAGAAGUUAUCAAGCUGUGAAUAAAACUAAUUCAUUUGGAAGCAGUAUUUAUUCAUGAGCAAUUCCUUUAACUUCAUUUAUAUGCUAAUCAAGAUGCAGAUAGCCUGAGUGGGUUAGAAAGGACCAUGGGAUCUUAAGUAUGAGCAAAGUUAAAAUCAAUAGCAACUGUGAUUUUAAAUGCUAGUCAGUGUAUACAACAAAUAGAACAAAUGGUUGGCUGAUCUAGCCCAGUAAUAAGUGAGAAGUCCCACAAGCCUUUACUGAGUGGUAAAAAGUGCCCAAUUGGUAAAACAACAGAAGGGACAAAAAUGAAUUAUUCUUCUGUGUUGGGAGGGGUAUUUAGAUGUCCAUAGUUAUAACUUUAUGAUAAGAUUGCUAGGUUCUAAUAGAAGAAGAUAUACCAGGUGUAUGGGAAAAGGAUGUAGGGAUUACUCUCUCUGACAGUUGUGUUGUAUGGAUAACCAAGCAUGUUUAAUAAAUUCCCUUUAUACAGCUUCUAUUGAAAUUUACUUAUCUUUGGGUAAGGAGUGGUAGUCGGUGUAGUAGUCCUGCUAGCAGAUUUGGAAAUGCUAACAUAUUGAUUGUGACAGCCUUCCUGGGUGUGGGAUCCUUCUGAAACUUGACAAAUAUCAAAGGAGAUUAGAGCAAACUGAAAUUCUCACCUCCCCUUUCUUCAAUAUAACACCUGCAGUACCACAUUUAGUAGUAGUUUAACAUUUACAGAUUUAGAAAGGUUCCCUUAUUAUUUUGAAGAGUGCAUUCUUUUUUUGAGAGUGGCUGGAUUGAAAAAAUUGUGGUACGCUUUUACAUGGUGGUCUUCAGCAAUUUCAGGCCUCAAGCAGCCUCCUUGAAUCAGCACUAGCAGCCCAUUUCUAUUACCACCACCAGAAUAUAUAGAACACCAGGGCAUCACUUCCUAUAGGUAGAGACUCCCAGAAGCACUUCCUGCUGGUGCAAGGUUCCACAUCCUACAAGCUUUAUACUGUAAAAGCACAUAGCAUUAUCAACUUGAAAGGCCUUUUGACAUCAGGGGAUCAUGCUCAAACUCUACCUCCUUUGAGCUUCCUAUUGCCACAGUUUUUCAUUCCCCGCACUCUAUUCCCUGCCCCCAGCUUUAUUUAAUUACCGGUAAGUAAUGAAUGAGAAUGCGUAAGGAAACAUUCCCUUUGUGGGAUUUCAUAGACGGGUGAUUGAAACCGAAUCUUGUGAAAGAGCAUCUUCUCUUCCGUAAGAUUUUUAUCAAUCAGAAUCCCCCCUGAAUGCAAUAAAUAGCUAAUAAAUAACCUUGGAAGUCAAACGGAAUCCGUUCUGGAAGUCUGUUCGACUUCCAAAACAUUCAGGAACUAAGGAGCGGCUUCUGGUUGGCUGCAGGAAACUCUUGCAGCAGCCAAUCGGAAGCUGUGCUGGAUGUUCGGGUUCCAAAGAAUGUUUGAAAACUGGAACAAUCACUCAUUCAGGAGCCAGAACAGUCGACUCCCAAGGCAUUUGAAAACUAAGGUACGACUGUAUGUGUUUACUACUUGAAAGGCUAGAUUCAUUUUAAACAGAGAGUAUUGUACGCCACUGCAUCAGUGUGUAGUGAAUUCAAAAUGCAUAAAUUAUAUCUACACUUACCUUACAGCGUUUUUUAUAGUAAUUUUAACACUAAUCCUAAAUGUAUGUUCACUAGGAAUUUACUAGGAAUUAAGCCCCCCUGAACAUAGAGGGAGCUACUCCUGAGUAGCUCACACUUGAACUGUACAUGUAUCAACUGACCAAAGAGUAAAUUACUAUAGGUUGGAGAGGAAGGUUGUGGGUGCCUAUGCUGAGAGUCAGGGGGUCCUCCUGAACCAUAUGGAUGAUAUCAUGAAGUGCUGCACGAAAGGGUUAGUAAAAUAUUUCUCAUGCAGUAACUUAAUUACACACAUGUAGGGUUCUCAGUGUUACAUUUCAUGAAGCUACAGCAACAGUUUUGUAUGAAUUAUAUACAAUGUAACAUCUUAUAUUUAUAAGGGAGAUGAGUAGGGUUGGGUUGUGGAAAUUCAAAAAACAGAUUUGUAGCUAAGAGUUUAUACACAAUCCUAAUGUUUACAGAGUUGUCCCUGUACAAUGAAGAGUGGUAGGUCAGCUGCUUAUCAAAUGUAACAGCAAGCAUUUGUCCUUCCAACAUCCAAAAUACUAGUCAUUUUGUUCCAUACACUUCUGGAAGGUGUUUGCUUGCUAGAAAACGAUUAAGCUAUAUGCCCAUGUAUUCUAGAAAGCAUGUUUUUUUGCAAGCACAAAUGGACCCGAAUUCAUGUCCUGAUAAACGAAGUUUCAGACAAUACUCUAAAACCACCCUCCAUAUUUUGAACAAACAAAAAUAACAAAGAAAAGUUAGUCACCAUUAUUAGAUAUUUAUAUCUUGCAACAAUUCUAUGCAUAGGAUAAAUACUAUUUUUGGAUAAAAUGAGCUUCUACCUUCUUUUGUUGCCAACAUGACUUUUCAGUAAAUAUUUCUGAUAAUUAGAGAAAUUGCACAUGAUUUCAAUGAAGUAAGCACGCCAGAGAGGCAGUGGUAAAGAAAGCGCGUUCUAUAGAAAUGUUGAGAAAGGCUCAGACAUAAAAUUCUAGUAAAUUAUAUAGAACUUUGUGAAGAACAUUCAUCAGACAACCUUUACAAUAACCUCCUACUUAUUUGAACUAGAAUAACAUGAAAAGAUUCCUACUCUCCUUUGUAGGAAAAGGUCAAAAUAAUCAUGCCCUUAUCUAAAAAAUAAUAAUGGAUUGUGAUUGUACUGAAAACUUACUGAAAACCAUGAUAACAGAAACACUUUUCUUUUCUUUAAAGAUACUGCUGUAGCUUUCCUUUAUCAAAGAAAUGUGUAGUGAUAAAAUAGGUGUUUUGAAGCUGUCAUCUUUGACUGGCAGGUUUUCAUACUACUUUAUAACAUGUAUGAAAAUAGUCUGGAAUCUAGGUAGCUAGACUCUAAAUAGUUUGUGGCCAAUAUUCAGUUGUUCUAAUCUACAAAGGUUAUAUGCAUACAACUGUCAUUAUGCCAUAUUCAUUUCUCGGUAAAGGACUGGAAGGGAGGUGGGCAGACUUCAGGCUUGUAGAAUCUACUUUUUUAAAUAAAAAAAAUCAGAAACAAAGAUUUUACUGGAGCCUAGUAUAUAAGACAAGCACUUAGAAUGAAAGAAUUCUGGAGCCAUGGAUUUUUUCUGAGUUCCAGAACUGAGCAAAGUUCACUGUCUUUCCAUACAAAAAUCUACUUCUGGAUACUGUCCCACUCCUAUUUUCUCUAUUUCAGUAGGCUAAUUUUUGGGGGUGAGGUGUCAUUUGUUGCAAUAUUUUGAAUUGGAUCUUGCAGAAUGUCAAGCAUUUUUUAAAAAAGAAUCCCACCCCCCAAUUUUUUUAAAAAACAACACAUGCUUUCCCAUCUCACAGACAUUUUGUACUUUUAAACUAAGCUCCAAGACACUGUUUGUCUUCCCCAUUUAGCGGUUUGCCUAUUUUUAUUUGAUUUACUGAAUUUAAAUUUUACUGAAAUGCCUAUUUGUGUAGGUGAGCACCCCCAGACAAUAGUGUGUGUGUGUGUGUGUGUGUGUGUGUGUGUGUGUGUUUACUUACAUCAUUUUUGGUGGGGGGCUUUGAAGGGAAAGAGGAUCAUUAAGAUUACUUAAAAAAAAGAAGUGUUUUCCAAUCCUGAAGCAGUUACCACUCAUUAAAAGCUUGAUGGGCUAAAUAGGAUAAUUAAUUAUGCUAAAAAAGAAGAGGGAGUGACUUUAUAGAAAGGCAUGCUGGGACAUGUGUUUAUUUUUGGAUCCUAUGAAUCUGGCAACUUGUUGAUACAGAUGAUGCUGGAAAUAGUGCUUGCAGAUUGAUUUGACCUGGAAUAAUUUAUUAUAUAAGAGUACUGAUGGUUGUAGACAGUUUGAUGUGGGGAGACAAUCGGGAUCGCUCAUUUGGUAGAGUAUGAGACUCUUAAUCUCAGAGUUGUGGGUUCGACAUUGGGCAAAAGAUUCCAGCAUUGCAGGGGGGGACUAGAUGAUCCUCAAGGUUCCUUCCAGCUCUACAAUUCUAUGUUCUUAUGACUGAGUGCAGAACGAUGAAGAUGUAGUCUUUACAUAAAGGGCGGUGACCAAACCAUUUUAUUUAGAACAAACUGGAGCACACAUUAGGCCCACUUCAACAGCCUCAAGACCUAGGUGUGCAUAAUCUUAUUCUGCCUUAAUUACCUAUGUCAAUUUACAGCCUGUCUUAGUUGAUAUGUUACUAUCCAUUUAAGUUAAAACUAAGCAGAACUCUGGGGAAAGAAAAUGUCUGGGCUUCUGGGGUGGCUGAGAAGGGGUUCUAGGUCUGCUGAGUCGAGUGCUGUUUUAGGACUUUGUUAAAAUGCAGGAAUAGUUAAUUUGUUCACAUGCUCCUUGUCUGGACUGUAACAUGGCUCUGGACUGGCUCCUGGUCUUUUCCAUCAAACCUGGCCUGUAACUGCUCCAGGCUCUGACUGGAUUCUGUUAACAUUACAGUGACUUUAGAUUUUUAAAAACCUUUUGUAGGUUUCUUAAAAGUUCCAAAAGCAAAUCAGUUAAUGUGUGUAAAAUGUUUACUGUAUUUUGAAAACACUUAACAAUAGAAAACACAGGCAUAGAAAGCUGGGGCCACUGACAAAGCGAAUUAAUAAAUGAAUCUGCACUUUUAUAUGCAGUGGUACCUCGGGUUAAGUACUUAAUUCGUUCCGGAGGUCCAUUCUUAACCUGAAACUGUUCUUAACCUGAAGCACCACUUUAGCUAAUGGGACCUCCCACUGCCGCCGCGCUGCCAGAGCACAAUUUCUGUUCUUAUCCUGAAGCAAAGUUAUUAACCUAAGGUACUAUUUCUGGGUUAGCGGAGUCUGUAACCUGAAGCGUAUGUAACCUUGAGGUAUCACUGUAUCUCUAUAUACUAUAUUUUUACUACUAGUCCAAGAUCAAACUGUUUUCAUUGGCCUUUUCUAAAGGUUCUAAAGGGUGCAUGAAACAGGAGGGGUCACAAAGAAAAGAAAAAGGAGGAAACUCGUGUGCAGUAAAUGAUUGGGGGGGGGUAAGGGAAAUUCUCUGUCAGUUAAUUUCCUCACUAAAAGGGGCAAAGUGUUGGUUUUAAGCUACAGCCUAAGUUUGAGUAAAACAUGGGUGAAAGAACACUGAAAGGGAAAUUGUGAAGCUGCAGCAGAAAUUUGAAUAAAGCAAGGAUAAAAUCAUGGUGCUGACCAUCUUUAAUAGUCCAUGUGUAGUAUGAUUGUUUUUCACUCUCUCUUUGUUAACCACUAAGGAAAAGGGCAUGCCCCAAAGAGACUUUGGGAAUAGCUCAAUGAAUAUUUGGAUGAACCAGUGUGCAGGAGCUGUGGAAAAAAUGCAAAUUUGAUGUUAUAAAUAAUUAGGAGCAAGGAUUGAAAAGAAAACUUACAGCAUCAUAACUCCGUUACAUAAAUCUAUGGUAUGGCCAGACUUGGAAUACUGUGUACGGUUCUGAUUGCUUGAGCUGAAAAAGCAUAUUGUAGAACUGGGAAAGGUUGAGAAAUGCACAACUAGAAUUAUCAAAGGGCUGGAAUAACUUCCCCAUGAGGUAAAGAUGGGACUUUUAGUUUAGAAAAAAAGGGGGACAUCAUAGAGGUAUAUAAGAACCUGCAUGCUGUGGGAAAAGCGAAUAUAGAUUUGUUUUUCUUCCUCUCAUAGUAUUGGAGCCCAUGGCCAUCCAAUGAAACUGAAUGUUGGAAGAUUCAGGGCAGACAAAAGAAAGAUUUCAUUCAUAUAAGCACAUAGUUUUAGGUGUAGUGAUUGUCACCAACUCAGAUGGCUUUAAGGGAGGAUUAGACAAAUUCAUGGAGGAUAGGCUUUCAAUGGCUUCCAGCCAUGACGGCUAUGUUCUGUCUCCAUGGUUAGAUGCAGUAUGCUUCUGAAUACCAGUUUCUGGAAACUACGGGAAUGAGGAGUGCUGUUGUGUUAAGGUCCUGCUCACAGACUUCCCAUAAACAUUUGGUUGGUCACUGUGAGAACAGGAUUUUGGACUAGAUGGGCCUUUGGCCUGAUCCAUCAGGGCUCUUCUUCUGUUCUUCUAUCACUUUAUACAGGCAUAGGCAAACUCGGCCCUGCAGAUGUUUUGAGACUACAAUUCCCAUCAUCCCUGACCACUGGUCCUGUUAGCUAGGGAUGAUGGGAGUUGUAGUCCCAAAACAUCUGGAGGGCCGAGUUUGCCUAUGCCUGACUUUAUACUUGAGCUGCAUAUAGUGUGGGUGAAGUUAAUUUGUGCAACAAAUCAACUCAGAUCAGAACUACAUCUUGUUUGCAAUCCAUAUGUCAUAAAGGCUCCCUCUCCCUUGCAUUCCAGCCUGACUUUGGUCCACAAAUCGGAUAUUUAGAAUUAAGCAAGCAUUGUCCAGCCGAUUUAGUGACUAUGGUUCAAUUCCUUUAUUCACUUCGGAUGCAAUUAAGUCCACAUGAUAUAAUUUUCCUCCAUCAGUUUCAUGUGGUGAACAUUCUUCAUGAAUGAGCUCUGUCGUGGCAACAGUUGGUCUUUGCCGCCUCAGUGGUAGACACUGAGAACUAACAAGCUUCCUGAUGUGAUAAAUACUAGCUGUCACCAUUUGAGGGUGCAUUUAUAAAAUAAUAUUCACCACAUGAAACUGAUGAGGUAGAGCUUUAUCUUGUAACAUAUUUAUCACAUCAGAGAUGAAUGUAGGAAUUUUGUCCUAAGCCGAAUUAAAGCCAGCUACCUGGUUUGGAGUUUAUUAAAAUCUUGUUGUCUAGAGAGAACUAGCAUAUGGGCUUCCGUUUUUGUUAGUAGCAUCCAUGAUAACCAGACUUUUCUAGGGGGAAAAAAUAUACUAAAUGCAUUCUAUAUUUCCACUGCAAAUUUAGAAAAGCAUUUUUAUAGUCAGCCCAAACCAUAUCUAUCUGGAUAUUAAUAUCAAUAAUUGUCCUCUUGAAAGAGUGGAAUUUUUCAUCUACAGUGUUUUAUGAGAGAAAUUAAAGUAGCCUGUUCAAAUUAAAAACAUUUUACUGUGCUGAAAGAAGCUGGGAAAUUAUUUUCUAGGUACAAUAUAAAAUGUUAAAACUUUUUGAACCAGUAAUUUUAAGUUCCUCCCUCCCUAUGUUUUCUUUGCAGAGCAUCACAGGAUUGCUUCCCUUAAUGAGGGAAACUGGCUGCUGGGGAACAUCAAUCAAACUGGCUAUUUUAGGGUUAACUAUGACAUUAGAAAUUGGAGAUUAUUAAUUGACCAACUGAUGAGGAACCAUAAGGUAAGCCCAUUUCAUCAUAUUGCCUGAAUAUUUUUGUGAUUUCUGAAAUCCCUGCUGUUUUUGUGUUAUCCUGACGUGUUCAAUUUUUCUCCUGUACCCUCAUAGGUAAUCUCUGUCAGUAAUCGUGCGGGUUUGAUCGAUGAUGCAUUCAAUUUAGCCAGGUAUGUUUUUCUGUAGAUAAUCUAUUCUAAUACACCUCCCUGUAAUACUCCUAUAUUUGCCUGGUUAGCCUAGGCAUGCUUUAAGGUUGAACCUACCUUUUAAAACGUGUUUCAAAUCCCACCCAGCUUUCUUCAAUUUUCUGUCUUUCCAUGAGACGAAGCACAAACACCGUUAGCCGCACUUUCCUCAUUCCUGAUCGAUAAAAGCCUCAGGGUAUUUCUGUGUAUAGAUGCUUGAUUAAUUUCCCUUUAAAGUCAGUUUAAUACAUUGGAGAUUAAUAACGUGUUCCCAUUUCACUAAUGAAUGACUUUUUGUCCCCAAAUGAUAUUUGUGCAAUAUAUAAUUUCUGAUGAUAAAAAUCUUCAAGCUUCAGAUUUCCCCUCCCUGCUCUGACAUACACAUUUCUUGCUCUGCUUUAUGAUACUUGGUUAUCCAAUGCAGAAACAAUCCUCAAGAAUAAUGAGAAGAAAGCAAGGCAUGUAUAAAAGGGUAGUAAAUAGAUGGAAGUCAUUCAUAGAAUACGUAAAAACAGUCGUAAAUAGCUGGAACAGAGUUCGAUUAUAUGCUGAUGUAAUAUAUAUAAUAUUAGGUAUGGAAAGUAAUUAUUUAAAUAAACAUUUCAUAUUCAUAAUCUUAUUUAAUAUUUAUAUAUUUAUACAUUUUAUCAAGUGUUCAUAAGCUUGAUUCAGUUUUGUAUAUAUUCUAAUACUGUUAUAUUACGAAAAUUGUGUGUGUGUGUGUGUGUGUGUGUGUGUGUAUAUAUAUAUAUAUAUAUAUAUAUGAAUGAUAAUAUGUGUAUUUAUUGUCUACAUCCAAAAUGGGUUGCAUAAAUUAAUGGUUCUUAAAAAUUUGGCAAAAAAGAGAGAGUAGUGCCACAUUUUGCUUGCUACUGCAGAGAUCAUUAUUUUUCUUGACACAGGCCUGAUUUCUCAGUAUGAAGAAAUUCUGAGCUAGGUCCUAAAUGUUUUUAUAAAACAGGAUGAAUUGUCUCAUGACCAAAUUGGUAGCCAAUACAACUAUAGCAAUGUUGCUCAGAUAUGCUGCUGCUUCCCUACUCCUGUCAGGUACUAGGUUGUGCAUUGCCCACUGUUCUCAGCUUCUGAGCUGUCUCCAAGGAAGUUUCAGAAGUCCCGAGGACCAGCUCAAUCAUGGAUGCAAUUCCAGCACUGGUUGUGGUGUUUCAAAAGCUCCAAUACAAAUGAAGUAGUCAAGCAUUCCUUAGUUGGAGACUUUGUCAGGCAGCCACCAGGAGGAGGAAAGGGGAAUUCUUACUGUAGUACUUGGAAAAAUUCAGCAGAGUGAGUUUUGUAUACAGUGGUACCUCGGGUUACAUACGCUUCAGGUUACACACUCCGCUAACCCAGAAAUAGUGCUUCAGGUUAAGAACUUUGCUUCAGGAUGAGAACAGAAAUCGUGCUCCGGUGGCGUGGCGGCAGCCAGAGGCCCCAUUAGCUAAAGUGGUGCUUCAGGUUAAGAACAGUUUCAGGUUAAGAACAGACCUCUGGAACGAAUUAAGUACUUAACCCGAGGUACCACUGUACUUAGGGAGGAAUGAGAGUGCCAUAUAUGACUCUGUGGACUACAGGUACUAUAUUCUCAGUGCUAUUGCAUGCCACAAUAUAGAGUUCUUUAUUGUCUGUUGACAAUAGAUGAGGGACUUUUGAAUGGGAGUUAUGUGUGUUAUAUAGUUAAGGUAAUGUAGACCUUUCAAUAAAUGCUAAUUAAAUGAGAAUGGUGGUCAGUACUUUCUAUGAUCAAGUAUUUGAUGAUCACACACAUGCAGUGUAUUCCUUAUGUGUGUGUGUAUGUAUGUAUAUAUAUAAAAAAGGAAGUGAAUUGUAUGUGUUUUUAUCAUUUUCCCAGUAGCAAUACUGUUUUCGGUAGCAUCUUCAGGUUCCCUAAAGGUUCCUGUGGUGCUAGAGAUCCCUCACUGGUUACAGUUAUGUUCACAUAGCCUAGAACACCCUGUUUUGGAACCAUCACCCCCAUCUUUUCUGGAUUAAGGGCUCACCCACACUUACCUUUUGCCCCACAAUUUCCUGUUCCGUGUCAACCCACUCUUUAAUGGUGAAUUGGGACAAACGACAGUUUGGGUUUCCUGUGGAAUGGUUUCCAGUGGUCAAGAGCAUGUUUUUGCAAGGAAAGUGCCAGGGAGAAAAGAUAACACUUGGACACUGAACUUUAAAGCACAGACCUAUGCCUAGAAAUGCAGCAGUAAAGGAAGUCUGGAUGAGCACUAAAGCAUAUUUUUUUCACCCUUAUCUAUCUAAGUACAACCCCAAAACACUGGUUUUAAAGCAUGUGUCUUCUGUCUUUAUAAGUUAUAAUUUUAGCCCUCUUCUGACACUAAAGUUAGGGUGAACACAUGAGGAGGAGAAUAGGGGAGGGAUACACUAGCUCUGCCUACCAUCACUAUUCUGGUUGCUUCCAACUUAUGGACAAUGACUCCAGUACAGUGGUACCUCAGGUUACAUACACUUCAGGUUACAUAUGCUUCAGGUUACAGACUCCGCUAACCCAGAAAUAGUACCUCAGGUUAAGAACUUUGCUUCAGGAUGAGAACAGAAAUUGCGCAGUGGUGGCGCGGCAGCAGCGGGAGGCCCCAUUAGCUAAAGUGGUGCUUCAGGUUAAGAACAGUUUCAGGUUAAGAACGGAGCUCCAGAACGAAUUAAGUACGUAACCACAGGUACCACUGUAGUGUGUGCUACGAUACAACAGGGCUACCCAUGUGUUAUUGGGGCUCCAAUGCAUGUAGAAGUAUUUAUUUCACUCCUAGUUAUAAUGUCUGAAGGGGGCUACAGUGUUGCUGUGUUCUGCUUCACUUGUCAAAGCAAUGAAUAUAUUUUAUUAUAACAUCAGUUACUGUUAAUUUGCUUACUUUUCUAUUUUGUACUGUAAUAAAAGUUGUGAAGUGUAGGAACAAGUUGACCAAGAACAGGAAAUGCCAGCCCCAAAUUAAGAAUUCUUAAACUGUUUCCUGAAAAGGCUCGAGGUUUUUCCAAACCUUAAUAGAGUUUCGUGAUUAAUAAGCCACAGGGCUCUUUCUUUAAGUGCCCUUUCUUUGAAAUUGAUGUAAGGAUGGCAUUCUUAAGAGACUUGCAUCUUACGGGUCACAAUGAGGCACAUGAAAAAGGUUGUAAGUGAUUUAUUUAUGGCUUUGUAAGUCAAAAACUGACUUUGUACUGUCAGUUUUGACUUAUACACAUAAUUCUUGUAUGAUUUCCUCAUGGACAAAUAGCAGCUUCUGGGUAGGGAGAAGGGGAUUUAAAUGGGGGAAAACAGUAUAGGGGGAAGUUUUAACUUUCUCUCAGGAACACAGCUCCUAUCCAAUCUCUGCCAGAAACUGCUUUUAACUUAAAACACACAUGCACACCUACCCCUUAGGAGAGCCAAUCACAGAUCUCCAAAAGCCUCAUCUAGAUUGACCUUCAUUUCGACUGUUUGGAAAUCAUAAAGGCCUUGGAAAGACGUGUGGGAAAGUGUGGGAAUUUGAGGAACUGGGAAUGCUUGUUAGAUUAUAUUACUCACAAUGUGACAAUAUUGAUUGAAAGGAAUGGGAAAGCUGGCUUACUUGCUUCAUAAGGUAUUCUCUUACCUAACAAUGCAUACAAAGCAUCUGUUAUUGUACUUUGGUGUAGAAGGUUACACCUAAGUGAUCUUUAUUUUUAUUCAUUUCACUGAAUGAAUUUUGAACUAAACAUUUUAAUAAUGUCUAUUGUAAGGAGCAAAAGCUUGUAAGUCAUAAGCCUAUUGAUAUAUCCUUCUUUAUUUUCACAGCAAUACUUUGUAGUAAGUGGCUGUUAUUAUUUUAUUUUGGACUUCACUGGUGGGUAACUUCAGCUUAAUUAUAAGCACUUGUCUAGUCCACUGAUAAUUUCUUGAAAACUGACCUCUAAGAUACAGAGUGCAACACAUUCUUCCUCUGGUUCAUAUAGGCUCAUUGAUUACAGUAGCUAAAUGUUAUGCCUUCAUUUAUAUGAAAGAAACAUACAACCCCUUAAAUGCUCUCCGUGUUUUGGAAAUGAUAGUUCCCUGAAUUGUCUGUUGGGAGCAUCUGUGUAGCAAAAUUAAAGUGUGAAUUUGUAGUCAUCUUUAUCACACUAAUCCCUCCCCAGAGAGCCAAAUUUAAUUCAUUACAACAUCCAAAGUCUUCAAGCAUAUUCAAGGUAAUUGGAUCCAUAUUAUCCCCUAAUGAUGUUGUUUAAACCCCUGUUCAAACUAAUGACCAGAAAAGUCAGGGUUUUCAGACCAAUUUAAGCAUCAGAAAUUAGAGCAAUAGACUGCGAGAACAUUCAAGGUUUCCACCAAAGCCAGUGAAACACAUCCAAAACCUUCCCAAAUAUCAGCUCUCACAUGCAGAGUUGUUGAUAAUGUUCUCUUAAUGCAUUCACAAGGAAUAAUACGGUUUCUGUGUAAAUGAACAUUUUGUUUAUCUUGUAUUUAACCUUCAUUAUUGCCUCUACAUUAAAGUUUGAAAAUCAAGACCACAGCCCUCAAUGGUGAACAAUUUAAUUGAGUGGGAUUACUGCGAACUAAUUACUUUGAGGAGAGCAGCUUUUUCUUUCAAUAGCUUUCUGAAUUCUGUUAUGCACUAGUAUGAUCCAUAGCAAUCUAAUGUGUGAUUCACAACUUAGUUAGGCAUUGACUUUAAUACUUUUCACAUGUUCCAACACAGUCUAUGGGUUUUAAAAAAUCUCCAAUUAUUUCCUAUGAAUUGCCAAAGGCAGUAAUAAAUUGAUUGAUUUUAGAUACUGCUAAUAGUUAUGUUGGCCUGAUACUUUAUUUAAUUGUGUGGUUAUAGUCUUUUGAUAUUCUUCAUUGUGUGAUCCAUCCAGGAAUCAGUUUCCAUGAAGGGUGAUAUAAACAUGUUUAAAAUAAAUGUACCAAGGCUGAACCUUGUCAGUAAAAUAUGGUUCCAUCAUUACUAAACACUGAUGAAUUAUGUCAGUGUCAUCUUUUCUUCUAAUGUUGUGGGGAGCCAUCCUAACACCUGGCCAUGGAGCACCAGGGCUGGAUGGAGCAGUGGAGCUGCUGCUUCAUCCAAAGGCAUAUCUCUUGUACCAACCAGAUCAGAAAGUGGCUGGAGAGUAUUUUUCUUAAAUUUAGCUGUAUCAGCUCUAGACUGACACAGCAGAGGGGCCUGAAUUGGGCUUCUAUCUGGCUGCACAAUCUGUUUAGGAUCUAGUGGAUCCUUGGCUGACCUGUUGCCACCCCCAUUCUGCCCAACCAGAUAGAAAGUCCCUAUCUCUAAUCCCAGGUUUAACGUUCAGGCAAGCCCUGACUGCGCUCUCAGAUUGUCUGCAUCCAACUUAAAUUCCACCCUCUAUCUCCUGAUUGGCUGAUUGACUUGCCAGUUCCCACUGGAGGCAGACCCAGGGUGUCCAUCACAGGCACCAGCAGGGACACUGCCCAUGCCAUCUCAUCUUCUCACUGUUGCCUUCCAAGGCCUAUACUGUUUGUCCACAGCUCCCGUAGCUAUGAUGAGCAGCAGAAGAAGCACCAGGAAAAUAUGGGGCUUAAAAUUUGCCAAUAACUCAUAAUUAUGUGUCAUUCUCAACACUCAUGCCAUUAUCAUCUACUAUACAGUAAUACAAAAGAGCUGUGCAUAACCAUUGAAUCAUUAGAGUGAAAUGUAGCACCUUUCCUUUCAUGUCGUACCCAAAUAGCCUUAUCCUUUGCUUUAUUUUCAAGAGGAAAAAAUCUCUGAACAACAAAUUCCACUGAAUUUUGCGUUUGUGUCAUUUUCUUGUGUUCCAUGACAAUGCACAGACACAACGGUGCAGGCACUAAACAAUCUUUGUUACAGAUUUACAUAAGAAAAAGUAGGACUUGUCACUUUGUAAGUGGAGGUGGGGAUGUAUCUGAACAGCCAUAAGCUACUCACGUUCUGUACAUCCCAUAUGAAGCAGAUGAUGCAGAGUGCCUUUUAGAACGGUAGCACCUAAAUCACCUCAUUCCCAUUGUCUCAACACUGUCAGCCAGUUUGUGACCAGCUUGGGUUUUCUAAUUUUGAUUUAAGCACAUCUCGGGAUGGCUCUGGUGGAUGGUGGGCUCAUGAAUUUAUGGCUCACUUGUAUGUGGGACUCUCAGCACUUUACUGCAACACUGUUGUUUUUGUGACAGAGUCUGUUGGACGGGUUUUGGAUUUAUGGUGGAAAUAAUUCAGAAUGGAGUAAUAAUUUUCCCUUGGCAAUUACACUACCAUUUGGUACUUUGUCCCUACGGGGAAAAUGAAUGUACUGAGCUCUAUCUGUGAGUUCAGUCGCUCAAUGUAAGUGAAGAAACCAAGGUCAGCUGCACAACUCACAAAUCGUCCCUUCAGAAUUAGAUAUGUGGUCUUUAGCUAACUCAUUGAAAGCUCCUAUAAUCAUUUCAGCAAUUUAAAUAUUUAUUUUUGUGUCAAUCAGUUAGGAAUCUUGGGAUUCAUAUGAUGUUAUGGGGCUUUUUUUUUUCUUUUUUGUGAAUUAAUUGAAAGUAUUCUGUAGUAUUUUCAUUUAAUUGUUCCCCCCCCGAAACAGUCAUGAUGCUUCUCCACCGACUGAUGGGAUUAUGCCUCCUAAAUCUCCCCAUGUUUCAUAGGAAUUGCUAGCAAACUAAUAAUAGCUAAUAAAUAUGAAACACGUUACUUUCAUAAUUAUUCCAAGCUACUAUUAUAUCAACUAUCAUGGCAACAUUAAAAGGUUGAAUGUGGCCUAUGUCUUCUCCGUUGAAUUAAUAAAUGUUGGGAGAAUGUUGGAGCAAGAUGGUACUAUAAUGAAAAAUGGCAUCUUGGGAGUUAGCUUCUUCCCAUUUAAUCAUAAUGACCUUAUAAAUAUUUUCUGUAACAAAUGUUUGUGACUGUUCAGUUCCUAUCAUCAGGCUUUUUUUUUAAAUCCUUUUGACCUUGCAGACAUGAGUUCAUUUAAAUUAUAUGUUAUGAUGCAUAGAUUCAUUUCUAAAGAACACUCCGCACUUGAAAACUUAAAGAAUAUUGACCUCAUUGUAUAAUAUAAUGAAAUGAUUAUAGUUUUUUAUUUGUAUCUGCACAAGGAAAAGCUUACCUCAGUUUCUAGUGUCACCAUGACCUUUUUCCAAUUAAUGAUUCACAAUAACUUCUUUGAUUAUACAGAGCUGGCUAUUUGCCGCAGAACAUUCCACUAGAGAUUAUCAGAUACCUGUCCAAGGAAAAGGAAUUUCUGCCUUGGCAUGCUGCCAGCCGAGCCCUGUAUCCACUAGAUAAAUUGUUGGACCGCACAGAAAACUACAACAUCUUCAAUGUAAAUAUAUUUGUCUUUCUUUCUUGUGACCACUGAACUAUUGUUGUCCACCCCAGUAAAAUCUUGUAACUUGCUUAGGGCCUUUCUGCAUAGCCAAGAUGCAUCCCAAAUGCACUUUGGACCCUGUGCCACAAGUUCCUUUUUAUGUGUGUGUAUAUAGUUGGGCAGGGGGGUGGAUGGACUAUUUGCCUUUAAAACAAAAGAAAACCAGCAGAUAUGCAUUCCCAGUACUGAAGAGAAGGGCACACUGUCUUCCAGGGAAUUGAAAAAGAAAAGAAAAAUAAAUAAGGGGGUUGUAUCAUGAUUCGUCUAAUAAGUUAGGAAGAUAUGAAACUAUGAGUCACCUCAGUAUGUACUGACUGGCAUCUGCUUUUCAGUGUUACAGACAGGGAUUUUCCCCAGUCCUACCUGCAAUAUAGAAUAAAAUACAGAAAUUGAGGUAGCUCAGUUGGUUAGAGCGUGGUGGUGACAUCACCAAGGUCGCAAGUUUGAUUCCCAUGUUGGACAGCUGUAUAUUCCUGCAUUGUAGGGAGUUGGACUAGAAGAUGAUCCUUAGGGUCCCUUUCAACAUGAUUCUAUGAAAAAAGACACAUUCUGCAUGAAUUAAAUGCUCAACAACAUAUGGUCUGGUUUAAAUGUAGCCCAGGACCAGUUAGAAACCUAAACCAGCUAGCAACAAAUACGAGAUGAAAAUGUGUAUGUCCUAUAAAAGUUUACUUCAUUUUUUAAAAAAACUUGGCUCAUGCAUUUUGAGCUUUCCCCACCCUUUCCUGAAGGUCCUUUGCCACCUACAUUGACACAAGUAUGGGGGCAGAGGGAGGCAAGGAAUUAUUGCAGCUCCAUGCUAGCGUGAUGCCUCCAUUCUUUCAUCCUUCUAAUGACUGCCAAUGGACACUGAGCUCCAUGCAGUGUGCCCUUCCUUCCCUGUCAUGCAAUGCUGAAAUCAGAGUUGCCAGCCUGUUGUUGCCUGUGCUGAAGAAUCAUUAUAAAUUAUCUUUUGCUGACGCCCUAUUUAGUCUGACUGGGUGAAAAUGCAAUUUGAGUAAAUAAUAGCAAAAACAUUGCUGGCUUAUUCUGCAUCUUCUCAAGGUAGCAUGCAAGAGCUGACAACAGACUUCGUAAAUUAAUUUUUGUCACACGAAUAACUUACUUGCCAAAGGACGGUAUAUUGUCAUAUACCAUCCUUAUGCAACUGAGCUGCUGUGUAAAUAAAAAUUAUUCACUCAUAUUGUGCUACUAUAACGUAAACUACAUUCUUAAAACCGAAUUGAAUUUAUAUUUCACUUAAACAUGAGUAUUUGGCAGUAAGAAAAUUACAAUAUGACUAUGAUGGCAGAGGCAUACUUUACAACUUGUCAUAAAAAGUAAAGGUCCCUAUUGUGUAAGGGUCAAAAGCAGAAAACUUGUUACGCUUGCCUUUGUAAAAGUGCCAACAACUAAAAUGACAUUGAAAUACAGGCAUCGUUAAAUUGUCCAAUCUUGAUAUGCAGCUCACAUUAUUCAAUAUUAUCACAUCAAUUGGCUGUGCCUACGUAAUGGUUUUGCCAUAUCUGUGCAUAUAAAGACAGCCAAGCCUAUCAAUUUCAUCUCUGUGUGUGGCCUAAAUGUGUCACUUGUAAAUGUUUAAUGACGGACAUUACUCAAACAUGCAUUUUUAAAGUCAAGAGUAGCCUAGCAAGGUAAAUACUAGCCUGUCGAAGCUAGUAUUUUCAUACUUGUGUCAAACAUACAUCAUUACAUGUUUAAGAAAACCAGGAAUGAUCCAGCUGACUUCAAGCACUUCUAAACCCCAUUCUCUCAGGAGGAUUUUUAAGUUGAGCUGGGAAGACUUUUUGGACCCAGGUUUUCCUGUCCAUUCAUUGUGGCUGGCGUAGAAAGAAACUUGUGAACAUAAAAUGUGCCUGCUGGAUCAGCUCAAUGGCCCAGUCUGUCCAGCAUUCUGUUCUCAUAGUGGCCAAGCAGGUGACCAUGAGUAGUCCAUAAACUGGACAUGAGCACAACAGUACUCUACCUUAAAAUUUGGGGAAAACCAUUUUAUGAUGUGGCCAGGGGUUCCAAGAGUAUGUUCAUUCUCUGCUUUGAAAGUGGAUAUGGCACUAGUUAUUCUCUCUGAAGGCUUCAUCCAUUUGGAACUACAGUGUCACCUUGGUUCUCGAACGCCUUGGUACUCGAACACUUCUGAUCCUGAAAGCCGAAAACCUGGAAAUAAGUGUUCUAGUUUUCAAACGUUUUUUGGAAGACGAAUGUCUGAUGUGGCUGUCGGCUAUUGUUUCCUGGGUGCAUGUGCCAAUCAGACUGUGCACCUUGGUUUUUGAAUGUUUCGGAAGUAAAAAUGGACUUUCAGGAUGGAAUAUGUUCGAGAACCAAGGUACCACUGUACUCAGCCUCUGAAAGCUAGGAUUCCACUGAUGGCCACUGGCAUGGUUCCCACUUUAAAAUCAGACCUUCUACACACACACACACACACACACACACACAGCCUGCUGCCAAACACAAAGCCUCACUGUGCAGGUUGGUAGGUGCCACACAACAAGUGACAUUAUCUCAUACUUUGAGCCCCACUGAUGACACACAUGGCUGAAAAGAUAGGCUACUACUAUCUUUAAAAUGUCACAUGUAAUAAAACUAUUUUAAAAGCUAUCUUUGGACUGAAUGGAGCAUGUUAUCUUUUAACUAUGAAAAUAUCUAAUGCAGGGUUCUUUUCCCCCUUUUGUGUUUCAGGAAUAUAUAUUAAGACAAGUUGCUUCAAUGUAUCUUAAGCUUGGAUGGCCAACAAAUAAUUUGGACAAAUCAUUUGUUCAAGCUUCCUACCAACACGAGUACUGUAACACUUUUCUUUUCCAUUUUUAACAGUUGUAGAGCAUUUGUAGUGAACCAAACUCCAUAGGCUUAAUGAACCUGAUGCUUAUUUCUGGGCACGCUCCACUAAUUAUCGUAAGAUAAUAUAUUUCCACCUCUCUUGUUGAAUCAGUGGGACAUAAAAUUGCAAAGGAUUGUGCCUUUUGUUUUCAUUUUGGGGCUUUACUAUUAUGGAAGUGUCUACUUUUACUAGGCUCUGAAAACUAAACCGCUCCUUAGUUAUGAUUUAAGUUCUAGCUGCAUUUGGGAGAAGGACCAAGACCAAGGGGCAUGCAUGCUUGUAACUGGCUGGCUUUGUAGAAAUGUAAUUGCUUAUUAACUGAUUUACCAUUGUAGGAUACUGUGGUCUGUGCAUCACCAGUGGUCCACGAGCUUUGUUUAGGUGAACUGCAGCGAAUCUGUGGAUUAGUGGUUCAAGACAGGAGGGAGCACAACCACCUUAUUAAUUAUCAUAUAGAUUUUUAAUUAUAUUUAAUUUCUUAUAUUGCAUUUGAUUGUAUUACAGUCUGAAUUUUAUGGGAUUCAGUUGCAAUACAAUAAUAUGUAACAUAUAAAAAAUAAAAGAAUAAAAAUCUUUUUAUAUAUUAUAUAUUAUUUUACAAAAUAAAAUUGUAAAAAUACAAUAAAAAAUGCAAUACAAAAACUAGCACAGUGCAUUACAAUUGCUACAACAAGCAAGACCUUCAGCAAUUUUCAGGUGGUCCAUUGGGGGAGAACCGCUGGUUUAGAUCUUGUAAACAAUUGUGCAUUUUCAUUUGAGCACUUGAACAUAUUCAUUAAUAUGACCCUAACACAAUUUUUGUUUCUGCUUUGGGGUUACCCAGGGAGUUACGCCGUGAAGUCAUUAUGCUGGCUUGCAGCUUUGGUAACAAGCACUGCCACCAGCAGGCUGCAACCCUAAUAUCAGACUGGAUUUCCAGCAACAGAAACAGGUAAAAAAGGAUUGCAGCAUGCAUCUCCUCUUUUCCUCUUAGUUGGAAUUACUGGAAUUACUCCCCUCCUCGCUUUUUAAAAAUACAUUUUACCUAGAGAUUGACAUGAUUUUAAAAAAUUAAAAUGAAUUCAGUAGUUGAAAUGCAAAUUCCAAGAGAGAGGGGCUAACAUUAUUAUUGUUGUUAUUAAAAUUGAUAUCUCACCCAGGGCAGCAAACAACAAGCAACAAAACAAUAAAACAUCUUAAAAACAGUUCCAAUACAGAUGCAGAUGCAAACUGAGAAAGGUCUUACUUAUAACACUUGUUGGAAGAGAAAGGUAUUCAGUAGACACCAGAAAGACAACAAAUUUAAUCUUAGUACCAUUUCACUGAGCCACUAGACAUCGUUGAAACUUACCAUUAAGUGAAAACUAGCAAAACUAUUUAAAUACAUGCAUUUGUUUAAAUGUGUAUUGUGCAUCAAAAUGGAGUUUCUGAAAUUCAUCUCCAGUACUGUACUGUGAAGCAAUUGCUUUCGGGAAAUUAAGAUGUUUGCUACAGCCCUUUCAUGUGUGAAGAAGUGCAUUACUCACACUCCUUACUUAUGACAGCCUAGUGGCUCAGCCUAAAAAAUUAAAAGAAUUACCAUAAGGUCUGCCUGUGCUCGAGAAUCAGCCUUGUUAACCUCUUUAACCUUCGCAAUGCAUCAGCUUUGAAAGCAAAACGUGUUUCAAAAUACAUUAUCCUUUUCAGAGUUUCUUCUGGAGAUAGAUUCACUUAAUCUGUAUUCUUACUUACGAAGCACAAGAAAGAAAUGGUGACAGGAGGAGGAACACCAAUCAUGUACAAGUUCUCCAAUUAUAUCAUGUUUAUUUACUCAGUUUGGCUACUCCUGGAUCUAACAUUGGAGGCUCAAGUAGCAUUGGGCUAGGAGUGCAUAUUUCUGGCUCCAUCUGCUUUCACCAGCUAUGGCCCCUCUGGGACACAGAUCACGAGGACUCUGUGCUCCCUCACUCUGGUAACCUUCAGAUUGGACUACUGCAGUGCAUUCUGUGACUAUUCAAACACAUUAACUCAGGGGUCGGCAAGGUUUAUCUUGCCUGGGCCAGAUCGGUCCCGCGGAUAUCCUUCUGUGGGCCAAAUUGUGCGCGGUCCCCUCCCCCACGAUUUCUGGCAUUUGUGCAUGCACAGACGCGAUUUCCAGUGCCACAGAAGUGAGUCCACGCACUGCGCCAGUUUAGUGCAGCGCAUGAGCGGGCACCUCAGUUCGGGGGCAGCUUGUGGGCUGGUCAAACGACCUUCAUGAGCUACUUCCGGCCCAUGGGUCUUAGGUUGAUGACCCCUGCAUUAACUGAUCCAAAAUACAGUAGCCAGAUUAUUGCCCAGGGUUCCAUUUAGAGUUCAUGUAACCCAUGCUUUGAAGCAGUUGUGCUGGUUUUCACCUUAUAGAAAUAAGGCCCAAUUCAAUGUGCUUACACUGGUGUUUAAAGCCCUGAACAACUGAGGCCAUGUGUCUUCUGCCUUCAUAGUGUGUGGGUAAUAUUGCAAAUCAGAACAACUUUCCACCUAUGUUUUUAUGCUUGUUUGUUUCCUUAAACUCAUUAACAGCAUAUUUAACUAGUCACAAAAUGAAAUUGGCCUCAAUGGAACUUUCUCAGCCUUCUGGACAUUCUUGGAUAAAUUUUUAAUGUGUCAGAGAAUCUACAUCUCCCUGCACAUAUAAUUCUUUGUUCUGUGCUAUGUAUAGCCUUAAGGAUGUACUUUAAACAAAUGGUGGCUACAUUAUCUAUGCAGGUGUAAAUGAAGUCAUACAGUAUAUUAUUUUAGAAUAGCACAGAGAAAGGAUAGCAACCAAUGUUGCCGAAAUUAGUUAAUUAACAGGCUAUUGCAACAACGGAGUAGAGUCUUGCAGUGAAAUCAAUAAAGCUGUUUUAAGUAGAAAGAAGAGUGUGCUGAGUACAACUUAAUCAAGACUUUAGUGUUGUGAAAGAAGACCCAGGGCAUAUAUCCAAUAGGAUUAAGGAUUAACAUGAUAACAAGUAAAUACAGGCUUUAUUGUCUGGCAAUGUCAUUAAGAAGACAGUUUAUUCCCUACGUCUUUUAGAUUGUCAAGUAAAGCAAAGGGUUGCUUGCUAAAUGCUAUGGUCUGGAUAUAUCUAUUAAUUUAAGAACCUCAUGAGUGACUUAUAAGCAAUUUAACCACAGAACACAAGGACUAGUAGGGCCACUUAGUCCAAACACCACAUUGAAACUUAACUAUCCAUUCCAAAUAUUGGAAUAUUGUACAGACCAGUGGUUAUAGUUUUAUUUUAUUGUUUCUAAUAUUCAGACAGGGAGUUGCAGUUGUGUAGAGACUAUUACCAGAUUUGCUAGUGUGCAUAACCACAUAUCGUAUAUAAGUCCUAAUUUUUGAAUUAACAGUACUACUCGAGGAAUCUUUACUAGAAAUAAUUGUCUGCAUGCUUACUGAAUUGAAUUAUCUUGGAUAACAUUGCUUACUUUGUGGAAUUUCAAUCAGUAUUUGUGUGCUUGCUCCAGAGAGCCAGCAAUAACCACGCCUGUUGCAAGUGCAAUGUUUAUUUAUAAACCAAGGUUUAAAGGUGAUAGCAAUACAGGUCAAUACAGUCAAUAGCAAUACAGUCAAUUGGAAGUGACUUAGAAGCAAGGAAACAGCUUUGUGGGGUGAAGCACCUGUAAAGAAACACAUAAUAGAAAGGAUUCAUGCAUUACACGGGUAAGCCAACCCAUAUGCUGUCUGGACCAUGUGCUUAGUUACUGUAGCAGAGAUCGGGAAUUAUGAGGUGGAAUCUUAGAUCCAAGUUCAUUAUAGAAAAAUGAAGAUACCAGGAAAGUUGCAUGCAAAGUAGUUGCUUUUUUCAUCUCAGAGAGCCAGAGGCCGGUGAGAUAUGGAGAUAGGUCCGAGGAGUGAGGCACUGAAGUUGUGGGUCUCACUGAGGAAGGGAUAGUAUGAGGUGAGCUUCUGCAGUUGUCUCUGUGAUGGAAGGAAAAUUGUAACAGCUAGACUGAAAUGUUCUGGCAAGGGAGAAGCAGGUGGUUAAGGUAAUUCUUCCACCUGUGAAAAUGUUGCCCCAUACUGGGGUGCUUGGUUAGCCAAACCUAGGAUAAAAUCAGCAAUCCACAAUUAAUAAUAAUAAUAAUAAUAAUAAUAAUAAUAAUAUAUUUGUGGGAGGUAGGGUUAUUGAUUUGUUUUUGCUGUAUUAUGUAUUUUGGGUUCUCAUUUUGUAUUUCUAUGUUGUGAGUAUGGUUUGUUAGGAAUUAAUAGUGCUUAUACCCAAAUAGCAGUAGUAGUAGUAGAAGAAGAGUUUGGAUUUGAUUUCCCACUUUAUCACUACCCUAAUAAUCAUCAUAGCAUUUAAAAGAGCAAUUAUUACGUUCAUCCAGAAUUUUGAAAAGUUAGUUCUUAUUCAUAUGGGAGUGUUAUAUAAAACAAAUCUGUAAUCAAACACACUGAAAAGCUUUGGCUAAAUUCUCAGAAUUAAAACGGGACAUCUGAUUAAUUUCCUUUCUUAAAUGUUUCCCUAAAUGGUUUGAAGCAUGUCACUAAAUCAAAGAGCUGCCUAAAUUGCAUCCAAUUACAUUUUAAGAAAUUAGAACACCAUUUGCCUAGAAGAUAAAUAAUUAAGGGCCUAUUUUAUAAAUGUAUUUCCAUUUGUUAGAACUUAGUUUAAACAAGAACAAGCAUGUACCAAUUAAUUAUAACUUAAAAGAUUAUUCUUAACUCUUUGUAAAGCUUUAUUAUUAAUCAUUGAAAAAAUAGAUUUCUCUGUAAAGGCACAGCAUGAUUUUAAUUGUUAUUUUUUCUGUUUAAUUUUUAACAUUUUCCAAAGUGCUUAAUUUUUAAUCAGCAGCUAUGCUAGCCACAUAUUUUAUCCUUGCCAUGUCUCCUAUGCAAGAUAAAUAAAGUUAAAUAAAUCACAACAGUACAUGUAUUCAAAUGAAAGCCAUUUAAAAUGCUUUCAAAACUGAAGCAUACUCUCUGAAGUAUUGAUCAUAGCUUUGGUUUAAAAAAUGAGUGCAGGCGAGAUAGCCCAGGAGGGUUUUAUUCUAACAAAGGAAGAUCUUUGGCAGUAUAUCCUUAAAUAACACUCAGCCACCAUUUCCAAUUCCCUCUAGUUAACGUAGCAAGUGAAUGCUUUCUGCUCUUGCAUAAACACUGAAGUUGGGCGACUAGAGCUUUAAAACCAUGGAACUGUUAAACCACCAGAUGUAAACCUUGAAGAUACCUUCUGUCUAAAAAUCUAAAAAAAGAGAAAGAAACCCAAAUGAACUAGAGGGAAAAGGGUAUAUAAAAUUAUGUUAUGGAUAAGUGAAUGGAGAGAAGUUCUCUUUCCACUUUAAUAAUUCUAGAACCUGGGCUAAUCUAAAGAAGCUGAAUGGAAAAUUCAAAGCAGACAAAAAAGAGUAUUUAUUCACACCAGAAUUAGGUUACAGAAUUUGUCAGAAGUAAUAGUGAUCACCACCAACUUGAGCCACUUUGAGCCAUAUGCCUGUAAUAAUAAUAAUAAUAAUAAUCUUUAUUGCGGUCCAACGACCCAUAACAUUGAUUCAGAUUAAAAUACAGAUUCUGAAGCGUUAUUUGUUUAGUCAUGGGCCUGUUGAUCUUUGAUUCGUAUGACUACUGAAAGAAACUUUGCCACGGCCACUGUGAUAUCAUUGGACUUGUCGUCCAGAAGAUAUUUGAUAUAGUAGGCUUCGGAUUGACCCAGUCGAUUUUACAAUAGUGGUUUAAUCAACAGUUCCUUAGCUUGAUCAUAUUGUCUGCAAUGCAAUAAAAUAUGCCACAUGCAGUUGACGUCCUGAGAGCACACACAGAUCCUAUUUUGAUAAGGGAUACCGUUCAACACUUCUGAUGGGAAUACAUUUAAUCUGGCUUUGGUGAAAAGACGCUGAUAUGUUGGUACAGACAAAUUUCUCAGAUAUGCAGGUGUCUGAAACUUGAACCCAUAGUGAAUUUCUACUAAUGGGCCACAGAUAACAUGAGACUGAGAUUGGAGAUCACUAUGUGAUAUGUCCCAGAGCCUUUGCCUCAGAGAUUCAAGGGCGUAUCAUAGCCCAGAUGGUACAGAAGAGAAGGUGGCAAACCAAUCAAAGUGGCUUUUCUAACCAUAAUUUUCAUCCAUGAGCUGGUAAACUCCUCAUUGUUUAGGUAUGGAAUCCAUAUGCCUGUGGAUUCCAGUUGCUGGGCAUCACAAACAUGAGGGUGCCAUGAGCUCGUAUCCUGCUUCCUGGCUCCCCAAACACAUGGUUGGCAACGUGCAAAGCAUGAUGCUAAACUAGAUUGGCCUUUGGCUUGAUCCAGCAAGUCCUGUGGCAACUGUUAUUACAGAUAAAACUUUGGGGGAGAUUGUUGCUUUUGUAUAUUUGUGAUUCUGCUCUUUUUAAAGAUAAUUUUUUAUGUGGGUGUUCAUUGUUUUAUGUAUUUGUUUUAUGCAUGUGUGUAUUUUUAUUUUUAUUUUGGUAAUUGUCCACUAAUAAUUCAACAAAAUUGUACUCAAUGCAGUUUGAAGUAUAGUUGAAAUAGAUGUGAAGUGGAUUUGUAAAUGUAUAGUGCAAUCCUAUACAUAUCUACUGAAGAGUAAUCACCACUGAGCAAAGGAUACAUGGAGGAUGAUAAAUAGACUGAAUUUUCAUAGAAAUAAACUUUAGGAAGCAAGAGAUAAGCACCUUCUUACUGUAGGAAGUGAUAAAUAUUUUCAGAUGGUGCACUGUUCUGCUCAUGUAUACUGCUGAUUGUAUCCCAGCAUUUGGUCAGUGUGCAAAGCUAAUGAGACAAUCAGCUUGAAAGGAAUUGCCUCUAUUUUUCUUUUUACAGAUGUCUUGUUGGCUUACAGCCCUACUAGUAGGGGAAGCCUUUUGAAAGCCAUCUAAAUGAUAAAAAAGAUAAUUUUAAAUAAAAAUGUAAGUGAUAGUUGUCUGCUGCCACUUGACGGUACAACCCUAACUAUGACUUCAAGUACAGUGGUGCCCCGCAAGACGAAUGCCUCGCAAGACGAAAAACUCGAUAGACGAAAGAGUUUUCCAUUUUUUGAGUCGUUCCGCAAGACGAAUUUCCCUAUGGGCUUGCUUCGCAAGACGAAACGUCUUUGUUUCCUUUUUCUUAAAGCCGCUAAGCUGUUAAUAGCCGCUAAGCCGUUAAUAGCCGCUAAGACGCAAAGCCGCUAAUAGCCGUGCUUCGCAAGACGAAAAAAACACAAGACGAAGAGACUCGCGGAACGGAUUAAUUUCGUCUUGCGAGGCACCACUGUAUGGAAAAAAAAGUUUUACACUAAUAAAUAUAAAUGUUUAAGAAUAAGACAUAUUUUAAAGCAAGAAAAGGAGGGCUACCCAUAUGCUAUUCAUAUAAUCAGUUAUCAGUUAUCAAUAUAUUCACAUAUGCUCACAUAUAAUCAGGGCUUACAGUGAUUUUUAUAAUCCAUUUGAAUCAAGAAAAGCUUCUGCCCAGCCUAACUGCAAAACUGCUUGAAACCACAAGUUCAGACACCGACCUUUCCCCCAGUACAUUUUACACCCUAGAGAAAAGGGGAAGCCAUAAAUCAGAAGGCGCUGGUACAAAUCUCCCCCUCAGAUCCAGACUAAAAUGGUCCACAAAACAGGAAGGGCCGAACCACAAAAACUCCCUACAUGAGCAGAUGCAUAGGGGAGUUAGCGCCAGGAGAUCCCCUCCCCUGAAGUUUCGUUUCCCUGUUCCAUCAAACUAGAGAAAAGGUCAGACUGUACGUUACUGUACAGGAAAGCAGAAGUUGGGAGUGAACUCUGUGCACGGCCAGGAGCAUGGCAGAAAGCGCGCUCAUUGGUUAUUUUUCGCUGGCGUUCGUGAUUGUCUCAUGAUUGUCUCAUGAUCUGUGAUGCGCUCAGGUGUUUAACCUCAGAACUUGAAUGCUUAGGGGUCCCAGUCUUUUGGAAAGGAUUCCAGCUGGGUCUAUUAUUGCUCAGCAAUAAACCUCACCUUCUUUUUCUCCAAAUUGCUGCGUCUGUCAAAUCCUUUGUUUCAUUCUAAGUGGGUACCAUUUAAAAUUUUAUUUGCUUCAAUUUGAGAUUGGGACCAGGACGGUAAUCAUUUUUUCAUCGAAAUUUUGUAUUGGACUGAUAUGAGCAUUGCAGCCUAUUAUUCCCUCAGUUUGUGCCAUUCAGCCAAACGCUUCUAAGGAGGUUGUGCAGGUAUGAGGUAGACAGGUGAUGAAUUAUUCUCCCAAAUCCUCUGCCUAUUUUUUGUUGUUGCAAGUCCAGGUCAGGGAUCCUGUGAAGUAGACAGCAACAUAUUGCACCUUUCCCACCCCCAACUAUAAAGUUUAUCCCUAUCUUCAGUUGGAAAUACUCCACCCCACUGAGGAAGGACGUUUCACUGGCUUUCCUUGGGAGUAGAAGGGGAGUUUCUCCUUCACACUUGGUCUGAAAUAGGAGUGGGAGCUUGCAUAAAUAGCUUGCUCCUCCCCUGAGACUUCCUUCUCUGAUUCACAGUGGCAUCAUGCUCUCCUCCUCUUGAGCAAAGUGGGCUUAGCCAGUUUCCAAAAUGGAGCUGAGUGGGGAGCAUCCUAAUUUGGGGGUCCCUUUUAUAACCCACUUUAGUCUGCUCUGAAUUUGAUUGGUUUAUGGUGGGUUAGGGCUUAAUUUGGCUAUUUGGUUGGUUUGUCAUUUCGUGCAAGCAGAUAAUGGUCAGCACCCUGAGUUAUGUUGGGUGGAGGGCACCCCACUAACCGUCCUUUAUUCUCGACCGCUUUGUAGGGCUGUUUGGUUUGGUGUUCUUGGGGCCUGGCAGGUGCCACCUGUUGAACACUGAACAGGGGUGGGACACGUACCUAUCAGGACAGGUACCUGCAGCUUCCCUUUAUGGGAAGAUGGCUUUGCCUCCCUUCACAAUACCUUGCAUGAGGGAGUUUCUCUGGGGUGGUUUGGCCCUUAGCAGCAGGCAGGAGGAGAUUUUCUGCCUGUUAGCACAGAUUAUACCUGCCCAAAUUUUAAUUUGGUUUGGUUCAAGUUUUCCUUGUUAUAUUUCCUACAGGUACAAAAAUUUUGCGCAUACUUCCCUGCCCCCCCCCUGCAGUUUAUAGCUCGGGGAGGAUAUUUUAAGUCAGGGAAUCAACAUAAGGGUCAUAAGUUAUAUUCCCUUACCCUUUCCCCAUUUUAAAGCAUAGGGAAGUCAAAUCACAAAAACAUAAUUUUAACCUGCCUAGUCCACUUGUGUCACAUGACCAAUAUAGCUUUAAGAUGUAUAUUCUUUUGUUGGAACAUCUUAUUAACAUAAUAUUACUAGGAUAUGUUUUUUCUCCCUUCUUUUUUUAAAAAGAAUACCUCUUAAUGUAAGAGACAUCGUCUACUGCACAGGAGUUUCACUCAUGGAUGAAGAUGUAUGGGAAUUCAUCUGGAUGAAAUUCCACUCUACUACGGCAGUAUCGGAGAAGAAAAUAUUGUUAGAAGCUUUAACUUGUAGCGAUGACAGAAAUUUGUUAAACAGGUAUGCUAAUUUAGUUAACAUUUCCAGUCCCCCCCCCCAAAAGCUUGUUGUUGACAUGAUCACUCCUGACCGCCUUCUCCAGCUUUGUGGAGCCCAUUUUGCUCCCUGUUAUGCUCCAGAGCUGAGGGUGAGGAAACAAGAUGGGAGACUGCUCAAAUGGAAGUGAAGGAAAACUCCAAUCAAAUGCAGUCGAACAGUGGUGAGGGCUCAUUAUCAAGCCUAGCUAGUGGCAGUGAAGACAGCAGAGAAGGCAUAAUUUGCUGCCUCCCUUAAAUUCUCAUUGGGCCAUCCAGGUAGUGCAGGCCUUUUACAUUCUGUUCCGAAGGAGGUGACAGAACCAACGAUAGCUUGCUGUGGCUUGUUUGCAAAGUAUUUUGAGGAUAAAAUCGCUUGCAUCUGCCUGGACCUUGAUUCUACUGUUACAGCAGAUGAAUCUCAAGAGGUGUCCUGAGCACCGUCCAGGCCUGUUAUGUUGGUUGAAUUUCCGUUAGUAAGGCUCAAGAUGUGGACAAGGUGCUUGGAUAGGUCAGGGCCACCACUUGCACUCUGGUUUCUUGCCCUGGUUGGCUCAUAAAAACUAGCAAGGAGGGGUCAGCUGGCUGGGCCAGGGAGGUGAUUGAUGCUUCCUUGCAAGAGGCGGUGGCCCCUGCCUGCUUGGAGGAGGCAGUGGUAAAACCACUCUUCAAUAAAUACUCCCUGGAUUUGGAAAAUCGAAGUAAUUACUGACCAGUCGUCUCCUCUUCUUUAGCAAGGUUCUAGAGUGGGUGGUCACAGAUCUGAUCUAGGUGCUCUUGGAGGAAACUAAUUUUCUAGAUGCGUGUCAAUCAAGGUUUAGGCCCAGUUUUGGUGCAGAAACUGCUUUGAUGCCUGGUGAUUUCUGUUGGGAGAGGCACAGAGGAAUAUCAGCUUCAGCUAGUGGCCCAGUUGCGCCCCUGUCGGAACAGGGACAACCUAAACAUCUGUCAUCUAUGCUAUGGUUUCCUGUAGGUUAGAUUACUGCAACAUGUUAUACAUGGGGCUGCCUCUGAAGACAGUUUGGAAACUUCAGCUGGUGCAGAAUUCUCCAGCUAAGUUGCUCACCGGGGUGGGGCAAUACAGUUUGAACAUACAAUGCCAAUCCUGGUCUUGACUGCACUGGCUGCCAAUUAGUUUCCAAGCCCAAUUCAGAGUGCUGGUUUUGACCUAUAAAACCUUAAACAGCCCAGGAUCCCAUUACCUCAAGGACUGCCUCUCCCCAUAUGGACCAAUCUGUACCCUGCAAUCAUUAUUGGAUGUGCUUCUUCGUGUGCCUCCUCUGUGAGAAGUCUGGAGGGCAGCAACACAAGAAUGGACCUUUUCUGCAGUGGCUCCCUACUUGUGGAAUGGUUUCCCCUGGCAUCUUUGUUACAUAUCUUUAGGCACCAAGCAAAUGCUUUCUUUUUCUCUCAAGCCUUUGGCUAAUUAAACAAUCUAUGGCCUUUUAAACUGGGGGUGGGGUAUUGCUUUCACUUGUUAUGGUAUGUAUUUGUGUGUUUUUAUAUUGUAAACUGCCAUGUAGUCUUCAGACGAAAGGUGGUAUAGAAAAUUAAUUAAUUAAAAGUAGGAAUAUUAGUCAUAGUAUCACUUUGUUCAUUCUUUCACAAAUUUAAGCAUUUUUAAAUCUCUCUUGUGGAAGUGUUUGUGUGUGUUUUAGUGGUUUUUCUUCUUCAGAUUAGUUAUUACUUCAUUAGUUCCAAGAGAAUAGCAUAUAGCAUAGAAGAAAAAACAGAGCAAUACAAAUAAUAGUAUUUCAGAUCUGCUCAUGGCACAAGAAACACUCAGGACAUAUUUAAAGCUUUUUCCUAAUAAUCAAAAUUGAUAUCUCCUUUUUGCAGAUUUUCAAGACAUAUUUGUGUUAUGUGGAUAGCAUUUCUUCCAAAUCAUAUAUUCCAAGUUUACUUGAAAAUGAUUGCAAAUCUCACUUAAAUUUUGGGUAAGCAUAAUCUCAGAGUAGCAUUUAGGAUGACAUCUAAAAUGAAGCAAUUCAGUUUCAGGUUUUAUCAAAUAUUUGCCAUAGACCAAUAGUGGAACAAAACACUUUUUUUAUCACACAAAGUUUUACUUCUUUUCUGUACUUAUAAAACAAAAGUCCAGGAAAGCUUCUGCAAUGAAUUUCAAAAUCAUGUAGCAAUUUCUAACCUUCAUUGGGAAAGCCAGGAUGUCUAAUAGCUCGAUAUUUUAGUAUUUAUGCUGGCAACAACUAACCAUUUCUCCUCCCUUCUCUUAUUAUUCAAGGCUUCUUAACCUGUCUCUCAAUUCAGAAGUUGUCCUGGAUCAGGAUGCAAUUGAUGUCAUAAUCCAUGUAGCUAGAAAUCCACAUGGAAGAGAUCUUGCUUGGAAGUUUUUUAGAGAAAAAUGGAAAAUAUUGAAUGCAAGGUAAAAUAUAUGCCUAUCAAUACAAAACAAGUGAGAGUACUGGCCGCAUCUUUCUGACAGCCAUUUGCUUCUUCAUUGUUUCAAAUGUUUAGUUUAGUAUUUAUUUUAUCUUAACAAUAGUACAUAUUAUACACAUGCGUAAGUAAGCGUUUUGGAUCUAAACCUCUUGUACAUGGGGAAGUUAACACACAAACACACCCGUCUUCCCACCUGCUGUAGUGAGAGUUGAAUCUGGGGAGAAAUCUGUGACCAUCCCCUCUCAAUGCAUUAGCAAAGUUGUCAUUUAUUACUUAUAAUGACAGUUAAAAUACAUUGCAGUUUUCAUUACCAGUACUAAUACAGUACAGUUUAGCCUGCAUAUACGUUAUUUAGAGUUGGAUCCAGACUAACAGAGCAAUUCUAACCCUCAAUCCUCCAUGCUGAAGAGGGUUAGGAUGUGGUGGAGGUUUCCUCCACUCAGAUAUGUUCAGCUCUACAAGCAGAGGGGGCUGUGUUGCAACAGAAAUCCCCAUUGCCCAUUGAAAGUACAGCCAGGUGGUAGCUACCACCAUUGGUAUCCGCACCAGAGUAGCCAGCAUAAACCACUGAAACAAGGUGUUUUGGGAACAUAUCUGGCCCAACCAAGGAACCACUCACUAAAUCCUAAACCAGCCCAGCUACUGGUCAUGGACCUGAUUAAAGGCUCUUUAAUGUGCUAGCAAAAGCUGGCUCAGUGAACUGGCAGUUUUACAGCAGCCCACCCCCCACAUUUGCAAUAAAGUUCCACCACUUUAUUGCAAUAAAGUUCCACCACUUUAUAAUGUUCCCAGGCAUUAUUUAGGAUUGCAGCCUAAAUUAGCUGAACUUUCUCCUUUCCUUUCAAUGGGAAGAAAUUAUAAUGACUGCAUAGUGACAUCCGUGGGAACCGAGUUCCAUUAACUUAAGUCUGGAUCUAGCCCAUAAAUUUUAUGAAAUGCCUUCUUUUCAGGUAUCAGAUUUUUCAUUUAAUACAAUUUAUUCAUUCAUUUUAUGAAGUUUAUUACCAGGGACCCGCUGGCUGCAUUAAGUUAACCGUAUCCAGAUAAAUAGCAAAGCAACAGCAGAGAAGAAGCAGGAACUUCGAGUUGUAUCCAAUUCUGAGUACUGAGUACUUAGUUCAAUUCAACUCUAUAAAUUGUUGUAUCCAACUCUAUAAGAGUUGUAUCUAACUCAAGAGUAGGAAUAAACAUACUGAAAUUAAUUGCCAUCACUAAUCUAAGUCUAUUGAUUACAGUGUCUACACUAAGUAGAACUCAGUUGGAUACAACCCCUAAUUGCUUUUCUUUACCUGCAAAGGAGGGGAAAGAGAAAAGAAAAUGUGCCAAGUCCAAUGCUCACAGCAAUUUAUUCAUAAUUUCCCAAGUCUUGGUUUUGGAGAGUCAUCUGAACUGAGUUAUUGUUUUUGAUACCAUCCAGCUUUAUUUUACUUUUAAAAAAGUUAUGAGCUGUCAACUUCACUAUUGUGGUAAUAUCCCAAUCUAAUAUCUGUUCUUUCUUUGCUGAUACAGCUCUUGGUAUCCAUUGUUUUGCAAGAAGUAUGUUAUAUGUUAGCAUAAUACCCAGGGGACCUGAUAUUGAUUGAUUUUUUUAGUUCUUUUCUUUCUCAAUAUCCUAUGAAUCUAUGACAAUCUAACAAACGAAUAGCCAACAAAUUACAAGUCAAAACGGUUUAUUUUGGUAAGGGUGGGCUGGAAAAUACUUCUUAACAUUCAAGCAAUGUAUAGGACAAACAUGGCGGGGGGGAGAGAACAACAUAAAUUAAAAGUGAAUUUAGAACUAGAAUCCUUGAGGCAACAUAAUGUGAAAGAGAAACGGCAAGCUGUGACAAAGAGCAUGAUCCUUUGUAACAAACGCAAAUGAUAUCCUUAGUGACCCACUGACAGGCCAUCACAGAGCCCAGUUUCUCAUCUUCCUCCUUGCUAUACUGGCAUAGGUACUCAGUACACCAAGUCAUUGUGAUAGGUGGUCUCCCAGCUUGUGUUCCAUGAGUAAGUGGAGCGGAUCAUGUUAGAUGGAGAUAUGGGAGAUAUGUUCAUAUCACCCAUUUCCCAUGACAGCCUGGCUUGUUCCCUGUGCAUAUGCCAGAGGCAGGGGGGCAGGACUUACUAUGCCCUUGGAGAGUAGGCUACUGCACCAUCACAAGAGCAGAGAAAUGCCCAGAAUACCUAUAAUACAACAAAAGCAGAAUUAAAAGCAUCAGUAUUUCAUAGGAAAAAUGUAUCAUGGCAUUAUUCACUUGAGAAGGGCAAUGAAGGAGUCUUAUCUUUUCCACUUAGAAUACAGAAUCACUGCCAUGUAAUUGCCAUGUAAUUUAAACAAUUAAACUUAGAACAGUUGUGUCUUCCAUUUUUAAGCAAAAGAGUGGAUAUAGCCUGUUAGAUCCAAUAAGUGUUAGUUUAUAGUGGGAAAGGCCAUACCUAAAUGGUCAUAUAAAUGUUGGUGAGUUCCCUCCCCUUUAGACUGUUAAUGCCAGCAUGUAUCAUGCAAAGAAGUUACAAACCAGCCAGAGAGUCUGUAGUUUGAAUAUCAGCUGGUCUUCCCCUAACUUCCUAUUUUUAGUUUUGCCAUUAAUAAGCAGGUUCUUGACCCAGUGUGAUCGGCUGGCUAUGCUGCAUAGAGAAAAUUAUUUAUUUCAUAUUGCUUCAGUGAGCCAAAUUGCUUUGAAUGGAGUUUAGUAAGUAUAUUCUGGUAUGAUGAAUUCAGAUUUAGUGGAUUCAUAUGCUCAACAGAAAGCAUUUAAUAAGUUUAGUGACAAAGGGGAAAAAACCAUUAUGCUGAUGUAAAUGUUUUAUGUUUUAGCCUUAAGGAUAUGACCUAGCCUGGCUAUUCUCUGCUUUUAUGGAUUAGACUGUAUAUAUGGACCAGAACAGGGACGCGGGUGGCGCUGUGGGUAAAACCUCAGCGCCUAGGACUUGCCGAUCAAUGGUCGGCGGUUCGAAUCCCCGCAGCGGGGUGAGCUCCCGUCGUUCGGUCCCAGCUCCUGCCCACCUAGCAGUUCGAAAGCACCCUUAAGUGCAAGUAGAUAAAUAGGUACCGCUUUAUAGCGGGAAGGUAAACGGCGUUUGCGUGUGCUGCUCUGGUGCCGGUUCGCCGGAGCAGCUUCGUCACGCUGGCCACGUGACCCGGAAGUGUCUGCGGACAGCGCUGGCUCCCGGCCUCUAGAGUGAGAUGAGCGCACAACCCUAGAGUCUGUCAAGACUGGCCCGUACGGGCAGGGGUACCUUUACCUUUACUUAUGGACCAGAAACAUAAGGAAAAACUGUAACUGUCAUAAUAAAACUUAAAUGUAAUAGAUAUAUUUUAACAUGUAAAUAAUCAAGGCAUUAUUGUUCAAUCUAUUUCAUAUUUGCAUUUUUGACCUGGUGUUGAAGAUAUGGGGAAGCGUUAUUUAUGAAUUCAAAACUUAUCAGUGGAGUCACAGAAUUUCUUAACACAGAGAGUGAACUAAAUGAGGUAAAUAUUAUGCAGUUCGGUGCUUGAAGUUAUUUUGUAUUCAUGUUCGUUUUGAUGUCUUAAGUCUUACAUACCUAAAAGUAGCCGGGCUACAUACAGUAGCCAUAGUGUUUUGCCAUGUAAUGAUGCCUAUCUCGGCUUCCUCAGCACCUUAUAAUGGUGUGUUUACAGAAUGGCUGCACUAGAGUUUCAUUUAAGGGAAAGGCAGCCUUUCCCUUAAAUUCCCAAAUCCUUUGUGUUUCUACUCAAGUACUUAAGUAUGUUUUACUAGCCUAAUCGAGCACAUCUUUUAUAAUGGUUGAUAAACUGGGGCUCUUCAGAGAAGAGCCUGAGUGUUUUAGUUUAACUUUAGCUUCUAAGUUACAUUAGGAGUGUUUCCAAUUUUCUGUAUUUAGUUUCUUAUGUAGGAGUAAAACUUGAUAAGAGCCCAGCUGUCUGCAACAUAAAGCAGCUGGGCUACAGGAGAGACGGAGGAAGUGAUGUUAAUAUAAUCAGGCAUUGGCGCGUCAAUAUCUUCCAGCACAAUUUGAAGCAAUUGCAUCACACCUAAUUGAUGCAGUCUGUUGCCUUAUUGCAUUUUGUAAUAAAUCUCCCUGUAAAAUAUUACAAGAACUUAUUUCAAAUGUAGAGCUUUGUCGUCAAUAUCCAACUUGUUCAUAUGCUUUGGAAGAAAAUAAAAUAUGCACAUCUAUUCAAGUCCAAAUUAACCUGGGAAAAUUGCAUUUCAGCUAAAGAACUUUAUAAAGACCUACGAGGAGGGAUCUGCUGCCUCUUUCUCACGAGCUGUGGAAACAGUGGAAGCCAAUGUCCGGUGGCAAAUGCUUUAUAAAGAAGAAUUAUUUCAGUGGCUGAGAAAAUCACUGGCACACUAA